CUGAGAUGAUUUUUGGUGCAGAAGCACGAUGAAGAGGCAGUUAGGAAAGCAACCACUAGAGGUUAUAUCUCCAGAACGGCACUGUUUUACCUUGUAGAACUGUAGCAACAGGGCCACUGCACACAGAACAUUUCACUGAGAUGAAGUGGUUUGGAUGAGUACAGUGGACCUUUUUAAAGUACUUCUGCCAUCAGAAACUAUUCCUGCCCCAAGAAAUGGAGUGCCAGGAUCUUAUUGGCUAAAAAGCGGCAAUCAUUUCCUAUUGGUUCUCAGUAUCCUUUUAUUAUUAGUCUGUUACUGUCAUUGAUGGAAAUGCAAGAUGGCUGCUGCCUUCAUUCUGAAAAUUUGUAAAUCCUUCCAACGGUAAAGGAGUUUAAGCAUGAGUGGGAUAGGCAUAAGGCUAUCCUAACUAUAAGAUAAGGCCAGGGACUAAUGAGAGUAUUUAGAAAAUUGGGCAGACUAGAUGGGCCGAAUGGUUCUUAUCUGCCGUCACAUUCUAUGUUUCUAUCGUGGCUGCUUUUAUGAUAGCUCGUAUAUGAGACACAAAAACUACAGGUGCUAACGUAUUAAAAAAAAAAAAAACAGCAGAAGUAAGAAUAGUAAGUAAGAAAUACCACAUUACCUACUCCCAAUAAAUAAUACCACUUUCUGAGUGAGUUUCCAAGUCUAUGGGCUGAGCUCUGAAUCAUCCUGUUCAUCAAAAUGUGGGCCUACUGAUCACAGACAGCUGCUGGUAUUGAAGUUCUUCUCUUCAAGCCACUUCAACAGAAACAAGCAAAAAUGGCGACUCUACUAGAGUUAGACUCCAUGUUGUUAAGAGGAAGACAUUCUUUUUUUUUUUGUUUUUUAAUUUCUUUUUUUUUCAAUCUUGACAAGGAUAGCAUGAUAACAUUAGCAACAUGGCUUGUGCAAAAGCCUAUUAAUUCACAACAUAUUUGAACACUGUUAUACACAUGAUAGCUCAAUGCGUAUCCAACAAAACAUUAGUAGUAGGCUUGUCUAGCUACUCGUCAAGGGUUUUUACAUUUAUUAGACAUAACAUACGUCCUGUGUACUCAUCUCGUCGUUAACAUUAUACAAUUUGUACAAUGCAGUAGGGGUGCAUACUGUAGCGAGAUUUCUCAUUCCCCUUGCGUUCCCUUUAUUUUGCAUCCCGGUUUAAUAGGACGAGCUCUGGUUUCAAUAGGACGGUGCACUUUUGGUGGUUAGUGAUUAUCACACUGUACAAUAGCGGUUGGUGUCCUACAUUAUUUAGCACAUUGUAGCUUGUAUUAUUGUAUGGUAAAGGUUUUAGUCUGGAGGGAACUCAGUCACCUGUCCCUUGUAUAGUGUACCUGGACUGGCCCGGGGUCGUCCAAUUCGCUAAUUAUGUAAAGUUCGGUUCCCGGGCUCCCCCACGAUAUUAUGAAUCAAGAAAAAAGUAAAAAAGAGCAUAGAGUAGAAGAAAGUGUAGAGGGUUAGCUAGAAAGAUGGGAGGGGGGAGAAGAGGGGUGGGGUUAUACUUCAGUCCCGUGCAGUGUGGCAUUGUGUGAGGUUCCCUGGGGUUUGUCAGUUUCCUCUGGGGGGCCCUUAUGUAGCUCCUACCCCUGUCUCAUGGCAGUUGGGUGGAUGUAAUUUCGUCAGAGAGAUCGCUGUUCUGCCAUGGGUCCCACAAUUUGUCGAAGCUGGUCAUGGUCCCUCUUAGUCGGGCGGUCAAGUUGUCCAUUAGAUAUACCUCUUAUGUUGGAUAUGACCCUCCGAAUUGGUGGCAUUAGUAUUUGUAGCCAAGUCUGUGCUAUCGCUCUCCUGGCGGCUAGAGUGAUCUUAUGGAUCAAUUUCUGUUCCCUCCUUGUCCAGUCAUUUAAGGAUCUGUUAAGCAAGUAUGUCCAGGGGUUUAAGUUGGGCGCUCUAUGAAUUUUUUUUUUAAAGAGGAAGACAUUCUUGAUGAUCCUUGGUACAGGCUUAGGUUCUCUGCACUGGAAUCCAGAUAUAGUCUGCUUAGAGUUACCUUUGUGGAAGCCAGUGGAGGGAAUACCCCACAGGCCAUAUUAACAUACUUCUUGGAUUAAUGCAGGCAACUGUAGCUUGGCAUCAGGUAAUGUACCUUGUAAACCUAUACUGGUCCAUCUGGGUAUCACUUACAAAUAGACUGAUCCGCAGCACUCCAUGUAGAUUCACACACAUUCCUAACCCAGAUGCCUACGCAGAUGAAAAUGUCUGGAAAACCAAAGAAGACAACUCACUUUGGUACUUUUCUAGCAUCACCCCUCUUCUCCCAGCAACUGCGAUUACUUCUCUCCGCUUCAUGUUGAUUUGUAGCCACUUGGGGUUAGAAUUAGGUUUUACUUCAGUGUGAAUGCUGGCUACUUGUUUAUUUUGUUAAUUUUCUAUUUUUUAUUUAUUUAUAAUUUCUUCUUUUAUUGAUAUGGUUGGCCUCUGUGUUUAUUGAUUCCAUUAUUCUGACCCUUUUAGUUAGACAGCUGUAACCAUUGCACCACACCCCGCAACAAGGUGCAUUCUUAAACUUUCCUUAAGACACUAGGCGCAGUAAAAAGGAAAACAUUAAGUGCAGAGGUCACAUCCAGUACGAAAUGUCCAUUUAAAGUCACAUUAAACUUUCAUUUUAAUGCUUGUGUCUGUUAUGAGAGCUAAAGUAAAAAUGAGUUGGCAUAUGAGUGCUGUUAAACAGAUACAAUCUGUUUUAUCCUGUCCUGUUUUAUCCUGUCCACUAUCCUAUCACCUUACAGCUGAUCAAGCCUGACGCUUGCAAUCCAGCCAAUCACCUGUCGGAAUAGUGCCGUUGGAAUUAUUGCAGAGAAAUAGCGUAAGACGUUCUGAGAAUCUGGGAAGGGUCCCCUUUAGAAAUGCUAUAUACAAAUGAGUCACUCUCUGUGGAUGGCAUUGAGUGUCUGUCGGAGACCAGGACAUCCUGUGUGUUUCACACAAAAUGAUGGAGACAGUCACAUGGAACAACAGCCAGACAUCCCACAUUACUAUAGAUCUACCACCAUGUUUAACAGCUGGCGACAGGAAUACUGGAUUAAAAAAAUCCUUUAAAUUUCUCCAAAUGCACACCAUUUGGAUGUAGAAUAAGACAAAUUGUGUCCAACCUGAUGAUUGUAAGUUAGUCAGUGGCUAUAUGGAACUAAGCGGUAACAGAGAGUUUGCCAUACUAUGUGCGCAACACUGAGAGAUGGCUAUGAGUUAGCCAGUAUCUAUAUGUAGUAGUGAGGAGUGUCUGUGUGUUUGCCAGUAUCUGCAUGUAGUGGUGAGUGACCCGUUAUUUAGUCAGUUUCAGUAUGUAGUAGUGAGUGGUGUCUGUAUGUUGCAGUGAGUGGAGUCUGUGAGUUAGUAUCUGUAUGUUGCAGUGAGAGGUGUCUGUGAGUUAGUAUCUGUAUGUUGCAGUGAGAGGUGUCUGUGAGUUAGUAUCUGUAUGUAGCAGUGAGAGGUGUCUGUGAGUUAGUAUCUGUAUGUAGCAGUGAGAGGUGUCUGUGAGUUAGUAUCUGUAUGUAGCAGUGAGAGGUGUCUGUGAGUUAGUAUCUGUAUGUAGCAGUGAGAGGUGUCUGUGAGUUAGUAUCUGUAUGUAGCAGUGAGAGGUGUCUGUGAGUUAGUAUCUGUAUGUAGCAGUGAGAGGUGUCUGUGAGUUAGUAUCUGUAUGUAGCAGUGAGAGGUGUCUGUGAGUUAGUAUCUGUAUGUAGCAGUGAGAGGUGUCUGUGAGUUAGUAUCUGUAUGUAGCAGUGAGAGGUGUCUGUGAGUUAGUAUCUGUAUGUUAGCUGUGAGAGGUGUCUGUGUCUGUGAGUUAGUAUCUGUAUGUAGCUGUGAGAGGUGUCUGUGAGUUAGUAUCUGUAUGUAGCAGUGACAGGUGUCUGUGAGUUAGUCAGUAUCUGUAUGUAGCAUUAAGGGGUGAAUAUUGAGUUAGUCAGUGUCUAUUGUUAGCCUUUUUUAACGCACAGUUUUAUGCUCAUAUAUAUUCAUGGCCAGGGCUAUGCCUGCACAAUCACCUCUCACACCCCACUAGUAGCCCUUUCACUGCAGGUUUAUUUACUCUCAUAAUGUUAUUCACUGAAGUGUGGAUUGUUGACAUUUCACAUUGUAGACCACAACAGCAAAACAAGUCUCGAACCCAUCAUUGCGUUCAGUUCAAACUCUCUGGCCUAAAAUGUGCCAAUUGCUUUGACUUUCUGCCUGUUAACACUUGGAUGUGGGUGACAGUGGAAAUCCCUGUCAUUAUAUCCGUUUACGACAUUUAAAGGAUCUCCUCUAUCUGUAUUUCACAUUAUGGUACCUGCAGAAUUAGGUAUAUCCUUCCUCUGUUUGUGUCAAUCUCUUGUACUUAAUCAGAGGACAAUGUUGGUUUAUAAAGACACUGUUUUAGUUUUCAUUUUUCCAGGUAUUUCACACUUUUCUUUUUCAUUUAAGGGCAUGUGACCUUGUCAUCAGAAUCCCAACUGAAAACCGUGCAACAUGUGACAAGAACCACCGCAAAGGCGAAAACUGGAUUUAGACAUUGUUUAUGAUACAGAACCUAGAGAAAAGUGAGUGUUAAGGGGGACAAUAACUUCAAGAGCAGCAAAUUAUUUUGUGUGGUUGUUGUAUCUCUUGUGCAGAGGGCACCUUCUUGCGUUCAGAACUGGCUUGUCCUUGGCACAAGUAAGCGAAAUCUGAGCAGUGACUAAUCAUAGAACAAGUUAGUAUGUUGUGCAACGCUCUCUCUGUGAUCAGGAACUGAUUUUAUUCCAUUAUAUAACAUUACUGAAACCAGCUAAUAUUUAUAUAGACCAUUCUUUAGAGGAGAACUGACACUCUUUGCAAAUUACUCCAAUAAAUCAAACUCCGAAAAUCACCUGUAACUUGUUUUAACCUUUUUGAAAUAUAAAUGUAUAUUUAAAAUGCAAUAAUAGACAUUACAGUCCAGUUUAGCCCUGGCAUAGCCAUGGCAUACAUUGCAAUGGGGCGAAAACAGAAAGGGAAUAAGUAAACGUACAUUUUUUGUUUUUUGUUUUUUACUAAAGUAAAGAAUUCCAAGUGACUUGAAAGCGAAUUUCAAAUUUAAGGUCGGAGUAGCCAAACUGAACGCUUAGCUGACAUAGAGCAUAUUUCCAUUUUGAAUAAUAAAAAUCCUGGGAAAUCUGUUUUGUUUCUUAAAAUCGAAUCUAUAUAAUCGAAUCAUUAUUUUUUUAAACGUAUUUAAUGGAAAGUAUAAUACAUUUUCUUGUGGCACUUUAUUCCUAUAUGUAAGGGUUUUCAUAUUUAUGUAUUUUUACUGGAGCCUUGUUCUGUACAUUUUCCUUAUAUGUUUAUUUUUUUUAGCAAACUGAAUGCAGUCUUGAAGAGUUCUGUGUAAGUCCUACUAGUGACUCACUAAGCUGAUCAUAUUGAAAUACAUUUGAAGGAGCUUUAAAAAAAGCAUAGACUCAUUUCUUUCAUUCUCCAUUCUAUCAUUUAUGCAAAGUAUGCAUUGGAGAAAACAAACAAAAAAAAUGCAGAAAUUAUUCCUGUUUUUCCUCAUAUAUGUUUUUCUUCACCUUUAAAACGUUGCUCUUUGCUUUAUUUUCAGAUGUAUUGCAUCGUCCCUCUGUUUUUCGCCUUCUGGCUCGCUCCGGUUUACGGAGUCAUGGAAAACAGCACAACAGGUGAGAAUAGAGAGGUCAGAGAGUCUGAUACCAAAAUAGUAAAAUAAUUAAUAUAUUGUGUAAAGCAAUGCAAGAUUACCCAACACAUUCAAUGAGAACUCUCUCUCCUAAACGUAAUCUGUAAUUAAUAGAAUGGGCUUAAUGGAUAAUGAAAUGCUAGAUUACUACUGACUGCUGUCUGUGUAUAUAAGGCGAGAUCGUAGCCAGAGAUUUAAUGCAGGAUCCAGCUCAGUCUGGGUCUAAUAAACAGACUUUUUCUUAAACGUGUUAACCGUACAGAUUCAUUUGAGUGAUGGAAUGUUGGCUACAUUUCAUUCAGUGAUUCAGAGGAGGAUUUUUUUUAAAUGAUAAAAUGUGACAGGUCCAUUAAAUAUGAACUGUCUCUUUGCCCCCACACUCCAUUUGUGUCACGGGUGGCGGUACGGAAACCGGGACCCCAGAGUGCCUGAUGAGAAGUGGGAGUCUUCAGCGGAGAAUUGGAUUACAGGGCCCGGUGCAGGGUAACCGCACGCCCCCUGGUGUUGAGCACCAGCGUUUGUGCGGCCACAUACCAGAACCCUGAUGCAGCUACUGCGGAUCCCAAAAGCUAGGAGCAGGAAUUAAGCAGACCUCCCAGGAGCUGAAUAGGGAGGCUCUGCAGCAGGAGUGUAUCCAGUACUGAAGCAAGGCAAGACUAGAGAUAGGCACCAUACAAGAAAACAAGACAGAACUAGAAGAACAAGGCAAGACUAGAGCUAGGCACCAUACAUGAAAACAAGACAGAACUAGGAGAACCAAGAACCAGAGCAGGACAGAAAGCAGAACCCAGAACAUGUACACAAGACAUGAGGAAAACAAGAACAUAACAUGGGCAUGACUGAACAGGACUGUACAUGGACUGGGAUUACAAGACUAAAUAAAACAAGACAAGAGAUACAAGGCAAAACAAGAGGAAACAUAACUAAGCACUAAUCAUGAAAAGUAUGGGGAUUUAAUCACAUUAUAUGAUCAUACAUUGCAUAAGCCUGCCAACAACGCCAAUGUACCCCAUAUCUGGCAGGUCCUACACUGCCUAAUGCAUGCUAAAACAACCAUACUAAACCACAAUAUAGCACUUACCUGCAAGAAAGGGCAGAGGCUUGAAACACUGCUGCAGGUCCAGGCUGAAGGAAAAUGGAAAACAAACGGGUGCGGCAACAUAAAACAAACAUUUAAAGGAAACCUGGACACUGGGAAUCCCAGGGAUGGAUUACAGGAAUGAACCCAGAAAUCCCAGCAAUAAAGAAAACCAGACAGACUAGAAAACCAGAAAAACUAAACAAGAAUUGUAAAAAGAGUACUGGAUACCAGAAGCCAAAGCCAGACAUCUCCGCAGAACAUGGCAUGAUGUGACAAUUUGCCAGUUUCCCCCUCCAAUAUAUUCCUGAUGCCACUGGCAUCUGCUGUCAGAUCAGCUUUCUGUGAAUCUGUAGUUGGGUCAGAUCAUUCAGGCUCAGAUGGUGAAGGGGGAAAAAAAAGAUUGUACUUCAAGUGCGGUCUCCCAAACUGUCCAUGUGACACCAUCAUCACUCUUUCCAAGAGGUGAAAAGCAAAGCCCAGAUCCCUUUAAUAUGAAAAACUACUUAUUUUUCAAACAUUUUCCCAUGACUUUCCCAAAUUUCCAUUUACUAAAGGGACCUUGGUUUCAGGUUAGUCUGCCCAAAUACUGAGUAUGCCCUGAAAAAGGUUUGAGGCAUUGAACUGACACAUUGAUGCAUUUUUUUUUUUUUCAAUUCUUUAUUUUUGCUCAAUAGACAAAGCGAGUUUACAUCAACUUUUGGGCUUACGCAGAAGCCAACUUGAAAAUAAAUUUUUGAAAACAUAAUGCAGUUCAACAGAUACAAUACAUACCCGUUCCUUAAGAAGCUAUUGGUACCUGCCGUCUACUGAGGGUUUUUAUAUAAUUCCCUAUUCUAUGAAAUUCUUUAUUUUUCUUUUUUGAAAUUCUUAAUUUUCACAAUAAACGAAACAGGUGUAUAUUCACUUUUGGGCUUAUAAGGAAGCCAGUUGAAUUACAUAGCUUUAUAAGGAAAUACAAUGCAACCUUAUCAUCGCAAGCGCUUUCUACUAUAUACCUUUUGGGAUCCGCAGUCUAUUGAGGUAUUUUAUGUUUAAAUCAAAGACAGGCAGUUAAGUAGUUCAAGUAGCCUUUGUGUUUGCUUAUCAAUCUAGUACUUAAGCUACAUUAUUCCUCCGACCGUGUGAUCCUGCCUGGAAAAAGAAAACAAAAACAAAGAGAGAGGAAGAGAGAUAGAAGAAGAGAAAAGAGAUGGGGCAAGUAGAGCCCAGAGAGAUAGAAAAGGGAGAGGGGAGUUGAGAGGGGGGGGCAUCGCAGCCACUUCAUUGACAAUCAAGUCACAUUCAAUAAGGGUGUUUAUAUCUUAGGUUCAUUCCCAUAUGUGGGAGGCCCUCAGUCUCUACUCGUGCCCACUAUACUAUUGUCCCACGGUUCCCACGUUUUUUGGAAUGUCGUGAUGGUCCCUCUCACCCUUGCCGUAAGAUCGUCCAUAAUUCUACAUUCUUUGAUUCUGGAAAUAACACCUGUGAAUUCUGGGCCCUCAGGUGUGAGCCACGCUGUUGCAAUUGCUCGGCGUGCACACAAAGUAAUCUUGUGUACUAAUUUCUGUUCCCUUUUGGUCCACCCGUCCACAGAUCUAUUCAACAAGUAUAUCCACGGAUCCAUUGUUAGGGGCCUUUCGAACGUCUAUCUCAACAGAUCUUCCACGGAUCUCCAAAAUCCCCGUAGCUUCGGACAUUCCCACCACAUGUGGAUGUAUGAUCCUCUGGCUCCACAUCCCCUCCAACAAUCAUCAGUCUCCCGUUUGUGCAUUCUAUGUAGUUUGAUUGGGGUAGUGUACCACCUAAAUAUAGUUUUCCAUGCCUGCUCCUGGAGGGUGACACAUAUUGAGCGUUCGCCUCCCAUAUCGCCUGCCAUUCGACUCCCUCCAGAGUCUCCCCGAGGUCGGUCUCCCAUUGGUCCGUGUAUGACAAUCUUCCCCAUUCUCCAUUUUCUUCACAAAGGUGUGCAUACAAUAGUGUGAUCAUCCCCUUGGGGGCUACCCCGUCCGAACAUAACCUCUCGUAGAAGGUGGGUUUCCCCAAGGCUGCUGUUUUAAUGUGUUGUUUUUUAACGAAAUCCCGAAUUUGAACGUACCUAAAUAAAUCUGCGGGGGUUAGUUGAUUACCUGAUUGAAGAUAUGCGAAUUGUAUAAACUCCCCAUUUUGAUAGAGUUGAUGUAGCCGUUGUAGUCCCGUUCUUUCUAUAUUGCGAAAAUCUCUGGGGGUCAUGCCAGGUGAGAAUUCUCUGUUUCUAAGAAUCGGGGUUAAGGGGGAGGGGGAUGAUGCCAGCCCGUAUUUGGUUUUACAUGUGUCCCAUAUUCGAAUCGAGUUGAGUAUCGCCGGGCAUGUUAUCCGUAUCGCCGGUCUAUGUUCCUUGGGGACCCAUAUCGUAAACUGGGGCACGUCGACACCCACCAUCAUAGACUCAAUUUCUACCCACCUUCUCUCAUCCGGUGUGGAGUGCCACAUGGCUAUCUGCAUCAAUUGAGCCGCUAGAUAGUAGAAGUAGAGAUUCGGGAGGCCCAGGCCCCCUCUAUCCUUACGUCUGUAUAAUAUCUGUUUGGAGAUUCUAUGUCUCUUAUUCUGACAAACAAAGUCUCCUAUAGAUCUUUGCAGGGGGAUCAGUUGCGUCUUUGUGACUCGGAUGGGCAGCGCCUGAAAGAGAAAUAAUAUGCGUGGGAGGAUGUUCAUCUUUACUAAAUUUAUCCUGCCUAUCCAGGAAAUGGGUUUUUCUGUCCACUUGUCUAGGUCUCCCAUCAACUCUCUAAGCAUCGGGGCGUAGUUAGCCAGGUGUAGACGCCCGGGGUCCGCUGUCAAAUGAAUCCCUAAGUACUUCAGGGAGUCUGUUUCCAUUCGAAUUUGGUAGGUCUCCUGUAAUCUAGCUGUGUCAGUUUGCGUCAGGCAGAUCGGGAGGGCGCUGGACUUCUGAAUGUUUGCUUUAUAUCCUGAUACCGUGCCGAAUUCUGUUAUCAUUUCCUUUAUUGCCGCCAUUGAUUCAAGAGGGGUCGUAAUGGUCAAGAGGACGUCGUCCACAUAGGCUGACACUUUAAACUCUUUGUCUCCCACCCUAACACCUGCAAUGUUCGAAUGCCGGCGUAUCACCUGAAGCAAGGGCUCAAGCGCUAGUACAAAAAGAAGGGGAGAGAGUGGGCAGCCCUGUCUUGUUCCAUUGUAUAGUUUGAAAGGACGCAGUGGGGCUCCCGAUAUCUGUACCUGUGCCCGUACGUUGUGAUAUAUCGCUCUUGUUAUUGUUAAGAAUUCUUCUGGGAAGCCCAAACUCUUUAAGAAUGGAAAUAGAAAUUGCCACCGGACUCUAUCAAAGGCUUUUUCUGCAUCUAUGGAUACCACUAACGUGGGGGUCUGUGAAGCCACUUGUUUCCAAUUCAAGUCGAUGUUCCUUCUAGUAUUUUCGAAUAAUUGUCGACCUUGGAUAAAACCUACCUGGUCUGAGUGAAUAAGAGAGUGUAAUAACGGAUUCAGUCGGUCUGCUUGUAUUUUUGCCAAGAUCUUCAGAUCGUGGUUGAUCAAUGAUAUGGGCCUGUAGUUUUCGGGGUAUAGUGGAUCCUUUCCCGGUUUGGGCAAUAAUACUAUGGUCGCCAGUGACAUGUCAUGGUCUAAUUGUCCGUCCUGCUGUAGGUUAUCAAAAAGACGGACCAGUUGAGGUGUCAGCUCUUCUCUGAAUAUUUUGAAGUAUGAGCCGUCGAAUCCGUCUGGUCCUGGUGCUUUAUUGCCUUUCAGGCUCGAGAUAGCUUUGUCUAUUUCUUCUUCUGAAAUAUCUGCCGCUAGAGGGUUUGCUGCCUCCCCACUCAAUUUGGUCAACCCUAGGUUGUCCAAAUAUUGCCUUAUAUACUCCUCCUCACGCUCCCCGAGGGGGCUUCCAUCCGGCGUGUGGUUAUACAGUCUCUUAUAAAAAUCUUCGAAAAUCUUCGCUUUCUCGACUGGUCUUGAUCUCGUCGUGCUGUCCGGGUGUUUAAUCGCCAUUAUGUGGGACCUCUCCUGCCUCGGCCGAAGCGUCCUGGCCAGGAGGGUGUCCAUCUUGUUCGCUUUUUCAAAAAAAGUCCUUUUUGACCAGGUCAUGGAUCUAGCCGUAUCGUCCAAUAGUAGAGUUCGGACGUCACGUCUAACUGCUUCCAGUUGCCUGAGAGAGCCCUCUGUUGGCGCAAUUUGGUGUUUUUGUUCUAGCGAUCUCAGUUGUCCCAGAAAAGUUUCCAGUUUCUGGUGCUUGAUUUUCUUUCUUCUGGUGGCCAGUUUAAUUAGGGUCCCUCUAAUGACCACUUUGUGGGCUGCCCAGAUCAUGCUUGCGUUCACUUCGGGAGUAGUGUUCAUCUCGAAGUAAUCUGUGAUACCCUUCCUAGUCUGUUCCAGUAUCUCCGGCUCACGAAGCAGUGACGUGUUCAAUUUCCAUGUCCAUGGUGAGGCAACACAUAGGUUGCCCAAUGUAAUGGAUAUAUCUGCGUGGUCCGACCAAGAUAUAUUGCCCACCUGUGACCCUACUGUUCGGGACAUUCCCACUGCGUUAGCCAAGAAGAGGUCUAUCCUCGAGUAUGUUCCGUGGGGAGCCGAGUAAAAAGAAUAAUCUUUAUCCCCUGGAUGGUGAGCUCGCCAUAUAUCUACCAUUCCCGUUUCGGCCAUGAAGUCUUUAAGUAGACGGUCCUGGCCGCCCCUACCCUGUGAUCUAGGUGUUCCCUUCCGUGAGCUCCUGUCCGCCGCUGGGAACGGGGCUGCGUUAAAAUCGCCACCUAAAAAUACCAUUCCAUGGGGCAGCCCCGAGAUUUUCUCGCGAAGUACUCUCCAAAACCUUCGGUCUGGCUGAUUCGGUGCAUAGAUGUUUAUCAGAUGAAUGGUAUGCGAGUGUAGGAUGCCCGAAACAACAACAAACGGACCUUCCGGGUCUGCUUCGUAAUGUGUCUUACGGAAGGGGCAGCUACUUCUAGUAAGAAUUGCCACCCCGUUUCGUUUGCAGUGGGACCUGGCCUCGUAUGAACCGGCAUAUGCGUGGUCUCUCAACCGAAACCUGGCCUGUUUUGGCAAGUGGGUCUCUUGGACAAACGCAAUGUCCGAUUUCAUUCUCUUCAGUUCUUUGAACAGGAGUCGACGCUUCUUUGGGGUGUUAAGGCCCUUAACAUUCAGGGAAGUGAUCUUAAUCUCCAUCGGGCGGAGCUUUUGGGGUUCUAUAUUUAUUUCUCAUGACCUUAGUCUCAUCUUGCUCCCUGUUAGGGCUCUGAAAGAGAGCCGCUGUUAGCCCCCCACCCUCACCACCCCUCAGAAUAAGAGUAAAGAGUAAAAAAGGAAGGGUAGAGAGAAGAAAAAGUAGAGAAUAAGAACAACAUCUGGACUCAGUCCGAUGUACUGAAGUUCUGGACUUACCGAUUGCCAGAAUAUUGUGGGGAAUGUCGUCCCACUUCCCUGCCACGAUCAACGUUGGGAGGAACAAUGGGACCCUGAGCUCCUCCACUUAGGCGCCACUUAUUAUUUGCUUGGACCUCUAUGUGGACCGAUAAAGUAACAGCAUUAUCUAGCCUAUUUGGUGCCCGUUCCCCUCUUUACAGUAGUUCUGGUUCUGCCCGGGGAUCCCUAAACAAGUCUCUGCCCUUCAUGGGCCCAGGAAGAAACUGAGACUGUCUGGUCUCAUUACCCUGUGUUACCGGGGUCACCUCCCCUUGUGCAUUCACCUCCUCCCCACCACCACGCCAUUAAAACAUAUGGAUUACUGUACAAUAAACAAACUAUUAACUUAUAACAUUCGUAUUACGGGCUAUUAGUUUAAUUGUGUUCGGUAUGGAUCACUAACGCAUUGGAUCCUCUUUUUUCAAAAACACAAUGUGUGCUGGCACUCAAUUAUGUAAGGUGCAGGUAUUCGAGGUUUAACCCCACAACAACCUCCUAAUCUAAAUCAUAAACAAAUAUGAAUACCGCACUCAAAAGAUUGCAAUGAAACCUAAUCCUGUAUUUAAUUUCAAAGUAUUUAUUGUAAUGAUUUUAGAUAAAUUCAUAAAGUUAAUAGUAUUAUAUCAUAGUGACACUCAUUUCAUCCUAUAUACAUAAACUAUUUACAUAUAUAUAUAUAUAUAUAUAUAUAUAUAUAUAUAUAUAUAUAUAUAUAUAUAUAUACACACAGAAUCCUCCCUCAUCCGUGCUGAAGUUCAUGAUCUAUGUAUCUAUUUACAGUAGGUAAUGAUCCAAAAAAUAGAAAAAAUUGAAAACCUAGAAAAAAUGCAAUGAAAAAAAUAAAAAAUGGAAAAAUGGAAUGAAAACAUUGAAAAAAUAAAAAGAAAAGAAAAAAGAAAAAAAUAAUAAUACAGUCCUGAUGACUAACAGUCCAAAAUAUAGUGCACUAUAUAAUUCAUUUGUAUAUGGAUGGAUCUCACCAAUGUAGAAGUUGCUUUAGGGUGUACACAGUAGGAGGAUAUUGAAGUCUGUAGAUGGUAUGUGAUAGAUGGGGAUGAAAACGAUUGCUGUUUAGUGAAGAAACAAUCAAUCAUCAACUCUCUGUAUAAUCUGGUCAGUAUAGCAGGUCACUCGGUAAUCCUUAAAGUAGGCAAUCCUCGAAGUGGGCUGCGCGCUCUGGACGUUCCUGUCCCUUCGAUGGCCCCUGUUCCUCUCCGUCCUGAUCCUCUUUUUUCUCUUUUUUUUUUUGUCUGCCUUCUAUCCUUACUCCCCUUCCCCCCCCCACCCCAUCCAACCCCCAUGCCCUUAAAAAGCCAAUCCACCCCGUCAACUUGUUGUUCAUAACCUUCCAUUGUUGUUUGGGUGUCAUUGAUUGGGGGAGUAUACAGAAAUAUUUGCGGCUAUUUCCAUCGUAACGUAAUUAACCAUAUCUAAAACCAUAGGUAAGAGGGUUACACAUGUAACCGUAAUGUGCGCAGAUGCCUUAUUAAUACGGGGAUCUCAACACAGGACCCUGCCCGUCAGGAGCCCGUUAGGAAAACCAAGAAUGCCGAGGUCACCCCGCGCUUCACCGUUAACCACCAUAGGUUACCGUACAAUAUAAAUCAAUCAACGAAACAAUAGUAUUGCGGGCUAUCAGUCUCGUCGCUUUCAGUCGCUGACAGUCAUAGGUCCUGCCAGAGGGGGCAAGUAGCCGCACAGGAAACAGUCCAUUCUGCAGUAAACAAUCAGUAUUAAACUCCCUGCCUGUGCCUCCCAAACUAUAUACUCGGUGAAGCUGUAUGGUUUCGGAAUUUCACGGGGCUUGCCACCAUCUUUAAGAGUGCCGAGAUGGGGGGUCUAUCUAGUGAGUCUAAGUAAAAUCAUUGUCUGCAGGUACCUUUUCUCUGGAAAGGCCUGUUGAUUUAGCAAUUUUAAGGAAACCUGCCCUGUAGAAAAGACACUUGUAGAUUUUGUAUUUUCAGAGUCUAAUUACUUUCUUUUGUGAUUUUCGUAUAAGUUUAACUAGAAACAUUGUAUGUCAGUCCCGCCUUCUCUCCCUCGCAUUCUUUUCCUCUCCUUUUUUUCCCCCCCUUAUAUUGUUUAAACUUAAGCAAGAACAGAAGGGGGGGGGGGCACUGCACCCCCCACUUAACAAUACUCAUCUCAAAUGGUCAUAUCAGUGGGACAUUCGUAUAAUACACCGAAACUGUCCUGGGGUAUCAAUGUCCCUUAGUAAGUCCCUCUCCGCUGUCCUCGCCCGAAAAAAGAAGGGAAGAGGUGUCGGUGUCCCAUUUCCAAGGGCAGUUACAGUGGUGCCGUGAGGCAGCCGUGGACCUCCCAAGUCAGCCCCUCAGUCCGGAGGAAAAAAAUGCCGGCUUUAAGAUGUGCCCCAAGGGCCCCAACAGGGGGCUAGGUAAACGACAAGCACUUUAACAAGGGGGGAGGAGGGGCAAAAUGGGGGGAACAACGAGAAAAUUGGGGAAACCAGGGUCUGUCCCGUUACCACCUCAUUCCCACCCAAACAAUACAAUAAAGCUCUUCUGGCAUAAUCGGUGCAAUUGAGCAUAUUCAAAGCCACUGAGAGAGGCCGGGAUCCCCGGGUCAGUCAAGAUAGGGCGAGUGGCAAACAAGGUGGCUUGCCUCGUGCACUUCUGAAACCCUGUACCCGAGCCCCCCGCCCAACAAACAAAAGAUCCGAUCACCCAAAAUAAGGGGAGACAAGGCUGGAGAAAAGGAGGGGUACACGAUACCGCUAGCCGUCAGCGCUGGCUUCUGGGCCCUACUCUGGGCCACUACGCCUGAAGUUGUGGAAGCUCCGCCGGACACAUCGCCAAGUCAGGUAGGUCUGGGGGGGAUGGAUUCCCAAGCCCUGGAACAGGCGCUUCGGGUCGCCUCCUGGUGACAGGACGUGCGCUCUCCCUUCGCGGAACACCAUUAAUUUGAAGGGGAAGCCCCAGGCGUACUUCAGGCCUGCCCCUCGCAGAGCCCCAGAUAUGGGUCGCCAAUCUCUCGUCCGCUGCAAUGUCGAAGGAGCCAGGUCUUGGUAUAGUGAGAUUGUAGCUCCGGCGUGCCGGAUCGGCCCAUCACGGCCCUUCUUCAUCAAGGCCUCUUUUGUUUUAUAGUAGAGGAACUUUAUUAUAGGGUCUCUCGGGGCGUUGGCUUGGGCUCUUUGUGUUUUCAUUGCCCUGUGGGCUCUCUCCAUAUGCCAAUGUUCCUCUGGGAUGUGCGGAAGGAGAGGCCUAAAAAUCGAUAAUAAAAGCCCCUGCAGGUCUUCAUCCGACCCUUCUGGUAAGCCUCUCAGGCGGAGAUUAUUUCUCCGAGAACGAUUGGCAAUGUCUUCUAGGGCCAAAUCCAUGUCGACCAUAUGCGCUGUCAUGCGAUUCAAUCUAUCGGCUACCUCAUUGUGGGCCUGAGUUGUCGCUUCCAUGCGGUCUUCUAGUUUAGCCGUGCGUUCUCCCAGGGUACUUAUGUCGGCCUGCAGUACGGCCGUCGAUUUGGCUAUUUCCCCUGCAAGGAAAGAUCUGACCUCCGCCAAUUUAGCGAGAACAGUGCUUUGUUCCGCAGAGAGGGCCUCCUUGUCUGCGCCAGGCGAUAUGUGUGGGGAGACCCCGUCGCCAUCUUGGCUGUCGGCUCGUCCAUGCCGAUGGGCUGUGAGCAGGUCAAGAACUGAACCUCCAGACUCCGUGGUCCUCUUUGCCUGUUUCUUGGGGAGUCUCUUUUCCAUGGUAGGGAGGUCAGUGGGGGGGAAAUCUCCAGAAAAAAGGUCGCUUUUGGUAGCUUAUGGCGCCGUUGGGACGGAGCUCUAGUGAAGCACGUCUGGUCUCAUCAACAGUCAGACCACGCCCCCGAUGCAUUUUUUUUUUUUUAAACGUCCUUAUGAUUUAUUUAUUUUUUUAACAAUAAUUAUGGUCCAUUCUUGCUGCUAAUAUUUGUAAUAAUUACUGAAAAUAGUGAUAUGUUUACAGAGAUCACAAGGUGCAAACAAAUACACUCACAAUUGUGCUAAGUGUAUUAAAUAUCAAUAGCGCGCUAACUCACAUUUGAAAUCAUAAAUUUAUAUGCAGCACCAAACGUGUUUAACAUCUCAAAACGCAUAAAUAGCAAAUUACAAAUCGAAAAACGGUGCGCAAAAUAACUGGUACUAAAUACUUAUAGCUAGAAAUAAAGAUUUCAUUACUGAAUAAAUAGUGUAAUUUUGUCUUGCAAUAUUGCACUAUUUUUUGUAUUGUAUUUUUCAGAAAUCAAAAUCUUUAUUUUUGGCUAUAAAUAUGUAGGAACAUUUUUUUUGUGCGCCAUUGUGAUCCACAUGAUGUUUUUAAAAGGUGCUAAGAAGAUUCAUUGUCUGCCAUCACAAUGCAUAUUUCUAUCUCUAUUUGUUGGUGGUAAAAAAUAAAUAAAUCUGCUAUAAUGUAGGGGCUGCAUCAUUCUCGAUAUGAGCUGUAUUACUGAUAUGUAAACUAGGCAUGCUGUAAUUUAGAUAUUUAGUGCUAUGAGCUGUGUCUAGCUGAAAGAGGAGGCAUGCAUUUAGAUUAUAAUACACAUGCCUUCUGACUUAUAAGUAAAUAAUGGUAUUUAUUAAUGCAUUACAUGCCUCAUAUUCUUGCUUGUACUACAUUUUUUUUUUUAAAACUCUGCAGUCUGGAUUUUAUAUCAGAAAAGGUCAAAUUUUCAGACAAAGUGGGCUUCAAACUUGUGUCCUUGUUUCCCCUCUUCCUUAGUCCUGAUGAAAGCUCUACACUAUGGGUUUAAAAUCUUAACAGGAUUAUUAACUAAAGUGAGAAUUUGGAGUGAAUUUGACAUUUAAGGCCCGAGUAGCAGGACUAAAACCAAAUCUGACUUAGAAAGUUUUCAGAUCGGCUAUUUUAACCUUAAAUUUAAAAUUCACUUUAAAUUCAUCUCGAAUUCUCACUUUAGUGCAUAAACCUGCCCCAGCCCCGAUAUCGACCUUGUAUGGUAACGUCAGAAGUUUGAAGUCUGUCUUUGUUUAGAAUUGUUCUAAUCCUGAUGAAGACCCAAUCCUGGACUUUGGUGCCAAAUCCUUCAUCAAAGACUGACUAUGUUAAAGGAUACUAUUUGUUUACAUAGAAACGACUGUGCACAAAUACAGCUUUGAUCAUUUACUCUGUAUGCUCUAUACGCCUUUCCAUUCUUACAGUAAAUUACUGUUUAGAUACAGUAUUUUCUAUUUUUUUAGACCGUUUACAGACUGGACAUUCUGCAGCAUUUAGAAUACGGAUACCGCUGCAACCAUUUAAUGUCCAUCAGCGCCAGGGAACUAGAUGUUACUUGAUAAAUAAUGAAUGCCAUUAAUAAAUAAUUCAGUUUUAAAUAGCUGGAUAGUUUAAAAGUAGCUACAAACACAUUAUUCAUAGGAAAAACAUUACACUUAAAAUAUGAUUAUAGUGUACCAGUUCCCAUCUUUCCCAACACGUAAUUUUGGUGUAUAUAAUGCUUUAUCGUUAAAGGACCACUAUAGUGCCAAGAAAACAUACUUGUUUAAAACCAAAGGAAAAGGUACAGUUGGUGGCGUUAGAGAACAGCUGCUAGAACACACUAGUGGGAUUUAAUCACAAAAAUUCCACAAAAACCAAAACACAACCAUACAAAGAAGUGUGCAGCGCGUAUAAUCGAUUCACAAAGAUAUAUAUCAGUGGUGCUACCACCUAAAAUUAAGGAUAAAUACAGUUCUUUUGCUAACAGGCUCCAUCAUAUGUGAGUUGGACUAUAUAGACUACUAUAUUAGAUCUACUCACUGUUGCAGUAUUAUGCUAUGAUUCUUCUGUUCUUUAUAUACAGGAUUUAUACCUAUUGACAACUAUUACAUUGGCGUAUUUAUCCUUAAUUUUAUUUUGAUCCACAUGUUCACCUAAGGUUGUAGCACCACUGAAACAUUGUUUUCCUGGCACUAUAGUGCCCUGAGGGUACCCCCACCCUCAGGGCCCCCCUCCUGCUGGGCUCUAGGGGCUGGAAGGGGUUAAAUUUACCUCUUUUUCCAGCCCUGGGCGGGGGACUCUCCUCAUCCUUGUCGUCGUCAUCGGCUGAAUGCGCAUUCGCGGCAUGAGCCGCGCGUGCAUUCAGCCAGUCUCAUAGGAAAGCAUUCAUACUGCUUUCCUAUGGACGCUGGCGUCUUCUCACUGUGAUUUUCACAGUGAGAAGCACGCAAGCACCUCUUUCGGCUGUCAAGAGACAGCCACUAGAGGCUGGAUUAACCUAUUUAUAAACAUAGCAGUUUCUCUGAAACUGCUAUGUUUAUAAAAAAAAAAAAGGGGUUAACCCUAGCUGGACCAGGUACCCAGACCACUUCAUUAAGCUGAAGUGGUCUGGGUGCCUAUAGUGGUCCUUUAAGCUGAAGUGGUCUGGGUGCCUAGAGUGGUCCUUUAAUGUUAGCAUUCUUUCUUCAAGAUAUAUGAUAAGUCAUUUAAAAGACAUAAGGGAUAAACCAGAUCAAUGACCGGAAAUGGACUGACAGGCUUAUGAUGAACAGGAGACAGAAAGGGAGAAAGAGAUAUUGAGAACAGAAGUACAAAGAAGGAAGGUUGAAGAAUGAGACUGUUUUAGAUGGUGAUAAAGGCUGCAAAGAAGAUGAUGACAAAGUAGGAUUAGACAGAGAUAGAGAUAUGUAGGCUUUAAUGAGAAGAUUAAGAGGUAGAGCUUAGAAAGCAAGAAGUACAUCCAGUUAUAGUAAAGGAAAGCAGAGGAAUAGAAGAGAAGGAAGGAGACUGUGGAGAGUUUUAGAUCGGUAAUUAAGAAUGAGAGGGUCAGGAAAAGAUGGCAAAAUUAGGAACGAGAUGGAGAUUAAAACCUUGGAAGAACAACUAGAUGAUCUUCUGGGUAGAGAGAAAAGGGGACAGACGCCUUAGACAUGAAGGAAUGGUACUUUCCUUGUGGACUGCAGUUUUGUUAAUUGGAGAAUGGGAGGAAACGUUUUGUUCAAACCAUAAAUAAAAAAAUAUAUAAAAUUUGGCAAGUAUCAAAGAAUUUAGAAUGAAAUUCUAAUCUAAAUCAAUUUUCCUCCCUUUUGUAAAUCUGUUUUCUGUCAGGUGAGUGCAGAGACAUCCAAAAACACAGAUUCACAUGUAUCAUUUGCUGGAAAACGCCAGAGGUGUUAGAAAAGUUCUCAGCCUUAGAGAGUUACUCCAACCACCAUCACCACUUCUGUUUUUAGAAGUGCUCAUGGUGGUAGGAAUGUGUACAUGCAGCUUGUCUUCUCUGGACAUCCAGAGAUAUUUGCACUUUUGUGCCAGGGGCUAUUUACACCGUCGGCACACGUAGCUUAGGCAGCCAGGUACUGCAUAAUGUUAAUUCUGUGCAAAAAUGAGGUUUGUCGUCAUUUCGGACUGUGUGCUGCCGACAGGUGUUUUCAGCUUCUCAACUUGCAGGCAGCACUGGGAUUGCGUCUGCAAGGACAAGCAUGAUAUCUUCUCCCUCUUCAGUUAAUUCCUCCCUGUCGUCCCCACCUCCCUAUAGUGCUCCGUCCUGCAUUUUUUUUUUUUGUUAAAUCCCUUCAUUCCCCUGUCCACCUCUUUUUUUCCCUCCCUCUCUUACUGGCUCAUAGAGUGCAAUGAGUCUAAUCAAAUACUGUUCCACAAAAUUUGUCCAAUAAAGGAAUUAUUUUGUUGAUAUUAAACUGGAGUUUAAGCUUGUAAUUUUUUAUUUUUUUUCUGAACUUCUCGUCUGGCUUUCUUUGGAUGUUUUAUCAACUGAUAAUGAAUGUGAGCUAAUUUCUCUCUAGAAAUAUCAUAGAGGUUGUGCGUCACAAUAUUUGCAAUGCCUACACACACCACUGACACACAAAGGGUUAAUUCAAGUUUCAUUCAUUGACAAAUCUGUCUCCAUUUUGUUUUAUGCCUCCACUAGGCUGCCGUAUUAUACACCCGCCCCGUGAUGGGGGUAUACGCUACCGGGGCCUGACACUUUCUCAGGUGAAAGCAGUGGAAACGCUCCCUGUGGAUUAUGAAAUCGAGUUUGUGUGUCGUGGAGAACGUGAGAUUGCUGGUCCCAAAGUGAGGAAAUGUCAGCCAGAUGGAACCUGGACAGAUAUGGACAAACCCAGCCGUUGUCGUGAGUAAAAAUGCACUUUAAUACUUUGAUAUGAUCCCCCUUAUUCUAUAAAACAUUGUCUUCCUGCACACUUACCUGUUAAUACACUCACAUGAAGAAUCCUCUUGGUUAAAGCUCCCUCCGGCCCACUCUAACCCAUUACUGCUCACAUAUUCCUGUCCUUACCAUUCCUGAUGUCAUAUGUACUAUUUUACCUAGUAAAAGCCCUCACAUUUGUUACCCUCAAUCUUCCUAUUUAUUGCUAUAAACCCAUGACCUGUUAUCAAACAUCUACCCCAUACUCCAUCUGUGAUCGGACAUCUACCCCAUCUGUCUCCACCUCUUAAUCCUUAUAAAGAGAGUGAGUCCUUGUUGAUCUUUGAAUUUGCUUUUGUGCGCUCCAAGUUCGUCUUAAAACACAUCUUAAGCGACUCCUGUUUUAGAAAGCAGAUUUAGUUUAGUGACUGUUGUUGCAGUACUCCGCAAGAUGAUUAUGGCAAAAGAACAAAAAUUUUCAUUUCACAUUGGAAUGGCAGAAGACAGUAACAUGUGAGAGGGUAGGGAACAUGUUAUGAGAUGUUAUAAUAUAGAAAGAUUGAAUAACAUGACAAUUGUCUCUGUAUGUUUCUUUCACAAUUAUUUAUUAAAGUGUGAAAUAUCUGGAAUUCAAAGUGACUUUGAAAUGUUAUGCCAACAAGUCAGCUAUGUUUUUUUUCACUUUUGAAAUCUGAAAUUCAAAUUGUAUUCCUGACAUUCAGAUUUUAAUAAAUAUCCCUGUGAUUACUUCUCUUCUUUGCAACAUUUACAUGUCGAGUGACUGUGUGUAUUUAUUACUAAUCCGUGUUCCAAAUACUCCAGUGUCUUCCCCUAUUCAUGUACACCCCAUCCUCCACACCUUUGUUCUAACUUGUAUCUCCCAUCCGUGAUGUCUACCUAUCCUUUUUAUCACAGGUUUAUCAAUCUAUGUAUCUUACAUUUUUUUCUUCUUCAGUUCACACCUGUCCCCGAAUGCACUUGAAGCUGGAGAAUGGACGAGCAGAGGUCAGAAGCAUGGGUCGGGUUCCAAUGGAGGGGACAAGUGUCUUGUUCACGUGUGAUCCUGGUUUCCUGCUUGUGGGCUCCAGCCAUAGCCUAUGCACCAAGGCUGGAAAGUGGGACCAUCCAAAACCCACAUGUCAAGGUGAGAUACGUUCGUAAAGCAGAGUAAGCUUUAUAAGCAGAAAUUAUGUCAAACAGAAAUAAGCCAGAAGUUAUUGGACAUGUAGAUAGUUUGAUAGCCCUGACAAAGCUGCCUAUUGCUAUUCAUGCUAUGGUGUGCUUAUUCUUAAACAUAUAUAAGGCCAUGGAGAUAGAUAAGACAUAGUGACACCAUAUUUCAGCUAAGUAGUUGGACGUUCAAUGGGCCUACUAGCCCACUCUGUAUGGCCAUGUCGCUGCAUCCUACUGAUACUGUGAACCUAGUGUGUAUUUUCAGAUGUCUUUGUCAUAGUCUGCCAUUCUGCUAUGGCUCUCAGUGUCUUCAUUUAAUCAUGAUAGAAAAAGUGACAGCAUACAAAGUAUUCUGAGAAGUAGCAGCCACAGGAAACAGCAGACCGGUGGUGAGACUGUUUCUGGUGAUGCUGCCUUCUGCAGGUCAUAAAGAUGAUUUAAUCAGUGCUCAAAUUUCCAACUAUCCACUAGCCAUUGCUGAGUGAAACUUCAGCCCUGAUACAUGUGUCAUGGGUCCUCCAGGGUAGCAGUGGCGAGUACAAUUUAAGCCUUGCUAGCAGCGUAACACUUGAAAUUGUAACCCCUGGUUAUUUAUAGUGCAUAGUCCUAAUGGAAAGGAUUUUAUAAUGUGAACACGUGCAUCUUGGACGUUACAACUGAAAGUUUAUAAUAAAUAAAAUAGGUAAAAGGUUAAUCAGAAAAGCAUGUUGACCUGAUUUGAACUAUAUUUUGCAGAACAUGUGAUAAAUACCUUGAGUAUCUCUCCAGCAGGAGUAGCAAAGAAUGCUUAAAGGACAACUGUCACCAGAAUAUUUGUUUUUAUUAUAAGAAUCCUUGCCAAAUGUAAUGAAAAGAUAUGGCAUUAUUUAAAACUGAAGUACAUGUAAAAAUACCUGAAAAUCUGUCCCCUACUUUCACAGAAUACUAGCUCCCUCUGCCAUAUUUAUACACCCACGGUCACCCUGAGAUAGAAUCCGGCCGUUAGGCUUCUGUUUCACUCCCUGCACACAGCGGUGAUGUGCCAUCGCCCUGUACAUAGUGAACCUGGUCCUUUAUCCUUCCUAAGCAGCCUUUUUAUUUUUUAGCUAAAGCAGCUCUAUAAUAUACAGUCUGAUUCUAAUUGUGAAUGGUGGGCAGAACAAACUGACCCUGGGGAGUGGAGACAAAUGGAUGGAAACAGGGAUAGUGAACAAGCAGGAGAUCUCAUCUGGUAAAAGAAAGCCUCCAUAAAUGCUAAAAGGAAAUAAAUAGAUAAUAGUAGGGAAAUGAAACCUACACGUAACAGGAGAUCUCUUACCGGUUAGUAUAAGUGCAAAUACUGAGAAUAUCUAAAAUGUCUCGACUGAUAUUUAAGAUUACAAGAUAUAGUGUCAAAAACCGAAAAUAUGCUAAAAUAGCUAAAAUUAACAGACCUUAGAAUCUAAAAGGUUGGUUGAAAUAUACGGUACAUGCAUACACUAGAUGGCAGCCUUGCAUGAAAAACUGGGGUUGAAAAAGGUCUUCUCCUAAACAGUGAAAAUGUAUAAACAUACAAAGUGGAAAAAACUUUCAAGGUUGACUCCAAUAAAAGUUUUCAAGAUUGUCUCUAAUAAAAAUAUAUGUGCAAAACAAAGUGAAUUUUCCAAAUCUACUUGAUUGUCCAAAUAAAGUCCAAAUCGAUGAAGGAAUGAGGUAAUAUCCAGUAAAUGCUUAUAAUAAGCAAUGUCCAUAAAUGCAACAGUAUCACAUCCUACACCAUAUGCUUCUGCUAAAUAAAAAUAACAGUAGCAAAUAAGUGUCAGGCUGUGGGUAUAAUUCAACCAAUACUGGUAUCAAUAUUAGUGAAAUAACGGAUAGCAGCAACAAACUAGCAGUUACUAUUAUACCACCAAUGCAGGUAUAUAGUACUAUGAUCUUUGAAUAAUUGGUGAUGUUAUUGAGAAAGUCCAAGGAAUUUAUAAUAAAAUUCCAUAUUUAUUAAAAGUAAAAUUAAAAUUCAAACACACUUACAAAAUAGAAGUGUAAAGUCCCAGCAAAUGAGUCCUUAUUUGGAGCGAAAAUCGGGUGAUGUUCAGCGAUCUGAGGGAGAGCUUUCUCCGGCCUGUGAGAUGAUGUUCCUGCGAUAAGGGAGGUGAGGCACCUCUCGCGUGCGUUCCACUCAGUGCGCCCGAUUUGCGUUCCACAGUUGCUCGGUAGCUGGAUCAAUGUACGGCAGUUGCCGGAAAAUGCCUUACGCGUUUCGUGACAAUGCACAGUCACUUCUUCAGAGGCGAAUCUGAUUCUAAUGACUGGCAGCUUGUUUGAGCUCUGAUGAUUUCUCAUUGCAGAUUUUCAGAAAUCGGCCUGUUCUGUCUUGCAUUAUGAGUUACAGUCUGUAAUGAAUGCUGCCACCAGGCUGAUCUUUCUAACCUGUUUCUUCUCUAAUACAUUGCCCCUCUGUUCAUCCUUACACUUACACUCUGUCGAUCUGUACACCGGCUUCCUUUAUCCUAUAGGUGUCAAUUAAAAAACUAACCCUUACCUAUAAAGCUCUAAACAACUCUAGCCCUGUUAUAUUUCUUCACUGAUUUGUAGUUACACCCCUUCUUGGUCUCUCCGCUCUGCCAGUGACCUUCUCCUGUCCACUGCUCGCACCCUUACUACUAACUUGCGCUUGCAGGACUACUCGAAGACUGCUCCAUUCUUUUGGAUCAACCUGCUUGCCACCAUCAGACUCUCCCCUAGUCUUCAAUCAUUUAAGAAGUCCUUAAAACCUGGCCUUCUAGAGUAACUUCUAUUUUACAAACCCGUCUCUUGCUCCCUGCUAAAGGGCCGCAUCCAGUUCUGCUACUUUCCAACCUUGUUUGUUGUCCUCUUGAUGCCCUAUCGUGUUUUUAUACCAAAAUUCCUCUACAGUGUUAAUUUUGGUGGCAAAUUUAAAUUUAGUUUUAGUCAUAGUCUUUUGACUAAAAAAGCAAUUUUUAGUUUGUUGUAUUUUAGUCAUCUUAUUUGUUUUAGUCAACUAAAUCUCCAGUGGACAUGACUAAAAUGUAAUGGGUUUAGUGAAAACCUUUAUCUGUCUCUUUUGCCCCUUGCCCAGCCGCUCUGUCUCCCCCCCACAGUCCCUCUGGGUGUCUCUCUCCCAACCCUAAGUCUGUCUCUCUUUGUGUACCCCCAACCCUUCUGUGUGUUUCUUUAUCUCAAUAGCCCCAUUUGUGUGUCUCUCCCCCCCCCAUCACCUAUAGCUUUUUCUCAAUAACCCCGUCUGUUGCUUUGUGUCCCCCAGCCGCUCCAUGAAUCUCACCUUCCCCAUGUCUCCAAUUCCUCCAGCUGCCAAUGUGUCUCAAUUCUUUCCCCCGAGCCUCUCCACGUGUCUCAUUCCCCCAGCCCUGAUGUGUCUUAUUUCCUUUUCUCCCUCCUCCUUGCGUCUUGCCCUCCAGUGUUAAUUUUGGCAGCAAAUUUCAAUUUAGUUUUGUCUUUUGACUAAAAUAACAUUUUCGUUUUAGUCGUAUUUUUUUUAGUCCUCUGAAUUGUUCGUUUUAGUUGACUAAAUCUCAAACAUUUUAAUCGACUAAAAUUGUUAGACGACAAAACUAACACUGCUCCUCUAGAUUGGAAGCUUGUUUUAGUAGCAACCCCAUCAACCUAUUGUUCCUGUAACAUAUUGUUACUGUCUCAUUUAUUGUUAAAUUUCAGUCUUUUUUAUAAUAUUGUGUAGCGCUAUAUGAAUACCGAUAAUAAGUUUAAUUUCUUUCAAUGCUGUAAGAGACUGUUUUUCUAUUUACAUAUUUCUAUUUGCAAUGUGAUAAAUCACGUGAAGUUGGAGUGAUUUAACACUGGAAAUAUGACAAUUCGGAAAACAAUCUCUUACCCUAUUGAAACAAGUGAAACUCAAAUUCCUACACAGAACAAGCUAAUUAUCAAAAAUCAGAAAUGAGAAACUAACAGAUUUAUUUAGCGUCAUGAUCUCAAGCUAGUAGCAAGGUUGUUAAUAGGGUUAUUUACUAAACGCCAGAUAUAUUCUGAAUGGUGAAAACGACCAAAUUCUGACCACGUUGGCAAUUUUCAUUUACUAAAGACAAAUGCAGUCAGGAUUCGGUUGGUCUGACCGAGUCUGUGAUAUCGGUUGAGAUGAGUUUGGAAAAUCUGUGAUUUCCGCAUUCGGACCAAGCUACAGCAUUGAAAUUGUGAAUUUAUCAGUGACUGCAUUAUCAGCAUUAUUUGUGAUAAACCCGAAUGCAUCCGGCAGGAUACUCAUUCGCAAAUUUAUUAUCAUUUGAACAACUAUUUGCCUGCUGAGAGCACUAGCAGCCAGCAGUCAAAUACCAAAACACCCUCGGCGACUCGAGGGUCAAUUAUAUGGCAUUUGGCCAGCUCUUGCUACCUUACCACCACAUGAAAAUUGUAAAAAUAAAUAAAUAAAUUAGUAAAUAAAAAUCCUAUGGGGUUUCAAGAAGAGCCCCAUAUAGCUAUAAUGGACGUAUUUUACCUCCACGUGCCCCCACCUGCCAUACGGAGCAUGUCUACAAAAUAUUAAAACUAGCGACUAGGCGUCCAUUGCUGCCCAGUCACUAGCAAAGGCCCCAUCCCAUAGGGAUGGAGCAAGAAAAAAUAAGGGGGGACGUGCAUGGCAGGGGGCAUGGAGGGGACUACGUCCCCCCUUAUUUUUUCUUGCUCCAUCCCUAUGGGAUGGGGCCUUUGCUAGUGACUGGGCAGCAAUGGACGCCUAGUCGCUAGUUUUAGUUUUAGUCGCAUUGGGUGGGGAUAUGUUUACAUUUUAGAGGUGGGUGGGGUCUAGCGUCCUUACCCAUGCCGGCUGGUGGAGCCCCUGAUAUUUGUAAUAAAGGAAGGGGGCCUAACAGAUAGUUAAUGUAAUAUCCAGUAGAAUCAGAAUAUCCCUUUCUUUUUUCUGUAACUUUGCAAAAUGUAUUAAAAAAUUUAUAAAAAAGAAAUUUACAAAAGGAGGGGGGCAUAGUGUCCCCUACCUAUGCCGGGGGCCCUAAUAAGUAUAAUAAGGGGUGUGGGAGGGACCUAGUGUUUGUAUGGAAGAGUCUAAUGUACUAAUAUGGGUAAGUGUCUGAUGUAUUAGUGUAAACAAUGGUGAUGUGGUAGUUGACACUAAUCUAAAACUAAAAUUCGAAAAGUUGAGCAAGUAUCAUAAACAUUCCAUUGGUUUCCAUGGUAAUUGUGUUGCCCCCAGACUGUGCUUCAUGCAUGAGCUUCACUAUUUACUUGGCUCUAUGGUAUUCACAUUGCAAACCUCAGAGCUGGAUUUCCAGUCAUUCUUAUGGAGGUAUCUGUGCUGUAUGUACGUAGGGUAAGAUUUCUCAUGGGGAAUGGUAGAAAGAGAAUGGCUACCUUAUGGGACCUGUUUCCUAGAACUCGUAAAGGGAUACUCCAGGCUGGACUUGGCUCAUUAUUCUUCCAUGUAUUAUGCAAGUAUAGAAUUGAAAUGAUAGUUGCCAGUAAAUGAAAAAAAACAAUGAAUUAAAAAUUGUAAAAAUAAAAAUGGCACUUACAUAUGAAAUGCUGCGUUUUCUGCAAAAUUCAAGGCUGUGCAGGGUUUGUGUUGCCCUCUCACUAAACCACCCACUGACUGAUUCCUACUGCACUUUCUAUAGCCCUGCUUAUGAGAGAUGUAGAUUCACAAUAAAUGGACAGAUGUUGUAUUGGGCAUCCCUGCCCCAGGCUUCUGUGUUCAGUAUGGUUUAUCAGAAUAUGCAGAGUGUGUUUUAUCAUCUAGUGAGAAAUAUAAAACAUAUAUAAAUAGUAGAUAUCAUUUACCGUAAAUAUAUAUAAAUGUAAGGUCUACUUUCAAAUUCUUAUUAAUUACCAUUAUAUUGCGCACAUUCUAAAAUUUACAGCUGUGCUCUAUGCAAUAUGAAGCUAAACAGUGAAAGUUACCAUUCUCUACGUACCUUUUUAUAGAUAGCAAUAACGCUGAGGGUGUUCCUAGAGCAUGAGGGUCUAACUGCUGGCACUGGCAUGGAAUUGUGGGAGUUGUAAUUCAAUGAAAAAGAUAUUUGACACAAAGGAAUUUGAAAAUAAUUUCACCACAAAUUGUGAGGGCUUUAAAGGAAACUGCACCCACAGUACGUACCCACAAAAUAUGUCUGUAAAAAACAUUUUACGCUAAUGUUAGCAUAUUCACAGAAAAGGGAUUGUAUGGCAUUGUAUAUUACUGUACAGUGUAAAAGCAAGGUGUUUUUUUUUUUUCAUAAAUUGUCUACUUUGAGUAAGCUUUGGGAACUCCUUCAUGUUCAGUGGUGAUAUACGUCUAAAUUGCUCAACAUUGCUUGCGGAUGUUGCACCAUAACCACUCCAGUGAACUGUAGUGGUGAUGGUGUUUUAGAGUGCCUCUGUAAUUAUGUAAAAAUACCACUUGUACCUCUCCCUCCACUCUUACAUGGGCCAGUACUCCAAGAGACUUCAAAAUAUUACUUUGGCACAACACUGCAAAAGGUUGCCUUGCCUUGUACUAGUAUACACCGAACCCUGGUGGCCAUAUGUGGCACUGCAUGUGAAAUUAUGUGUCUAACCCAAAUUCUCAGAAGUAGGACUGUAGGGAAUAUUUUCUCCCCCAUUUGCUUUGCCAGAGUCCUGCGAAUGAGGCCACAGAGUCUGUACUGAGGCCUUCAGCAAGUUUCCAUACAUUACAAUGGUUAUAGAUACAGACAAUAAUGCUCAAACUAAUGUUUAAUGCCUCAUGCGUACUUACAGCUGCACACAGCCUGUGCAUUGCUCUGUGUUCCAAGACCUGCUUUGAGUUGAUAUUUUGUCUUCGUAUUUAAUUGCUGUUAGUGCGGUGUGAUUUUAGGGAAAAGCCCUGGUAAUAUAACAUUAAAUAUUUAGCUAAACAGAGACAUGUGUAUUAUGAAUGUAACGGUAAAAGAAAACCUAAUAUGUUGUGAAAACUGAAAAUUAACAUUUACCCAAGAAUGAUGUUACAUGUGAAUGCCGGACAUGUGAAUUCCAGUAAUGCUAGACAACACUGGAAGUAAAUUACAUCUUUGCGUUAACAUAGUCUGCUGCUUAUGAGGGAACGCUGCAGUAUCAUAUCCUGCCACAGGGGGGCAGCUAAGGACUUCUGUUAGAUUGCUAUUCCCAAUGCAUACUGCAAGUGCUGCUGACUAUAUACGUUUCCUAUGUCUGUGCAUACUUUGAUUUGUGAUUGGUGAGAAGCAUUAAUAUGUGUUAAUAAUAUGUGAUGUCAAGAUGAUUACUAGAUUCUCAAAAUGCACUAUAAAACAAAAAAGCAGGCCAAUCUGUCAGAUCAGGAGAAAGGAGGGCUCCGAUGAUUUUAUUUUUACAAUUGACGACUAGCAUAGCUCCAUUAUAUGUGGAGUAUUUUCUGAGGAUUCUUCAAACAGCAGUCUGCCUAACUGUUAAAGGACCACUACAGUGCCAGGAAAACAAACUCGUUUUCCUGGUACUAUAGUGCCCUGAGGGUGCCCCUCAGUGCACCAGGAACUGGCUGUAAUUCCCACUGACAUGGUGCUUUCCUAUGGACGCUGGGUAUUCUCACUGUGAAAAUCACAGUGAGAAGCGCGGAAGCGCCUCAAGAGGCUGUCAAUGAGACAGCAACUAGAGGCUGGAUUAACCCAUUUGUAAACAUAGCAGUUUCUCUGAAACUGAUAUGUUUUCAGCUGCAGGGUUAAAACUAGGGGGACCUGGCACCCAGACCACUUCAUUGAACUGAAGUGGUCUGGGUGCCUAUAGUGGUCCUUUAAGGACAGAGCAGUCUGAUAUGCAGUGUAUAGAGGAGGGACAUAGCACUCAAUGAGAAUAGAGAGACUGGAUGGGGUAAUGAGAAUACCAAUAUCUCUUACACCAAAUAAAUCACAUCGUUGCUAUGUAUCUUGCAUUAACACAAUUCCCAAAGUAACAUUUUCAUGAUAAGCCCCAUUAAGUGGUAAUAUAAUGUUAUUUAUUAACAUGUUGGCGAGUAGCAUCUGAUUAUCGCCCUCACUGUAAAUAAAGAAUCCACACUAAAACAAUUCAACUAAAUAUUGGAUAUUUGCAAACGCUGACCUGGCCCUAUCCUUUCAUAUGACUAUGGAUGCCCCGAGCCACUCUUUUAGGAUUCAAAAUGCUAAAUGUGGCCUUCUGGCUGGAUGUAUGAAAUCCCUCUCUCUCUGUAAUGGGGUACAGUAUAGAAGGGUUUCAUCCUCUACCUACAGUCUCCCCCUCAUUGCUUUAUGUUUGGGUUUUGACACUCUAGUGUUUAUUUGCUCAUUACACCUUCUGUCACUCUGGUGACCCUGUAUUUAUUUAUUACACACCUUGUUGCCCCAAUGUUCUUGUAUUCAUAUCACUCUGGUGUUCCAUUAUUUAUUACACACACACUCCGUGUUUCCAUAUUCAUUUAUCACACCCCCUGUCACUCUUGGUUUCUCUUAUUACUUUAUUACACCUCAUGUCACCCUGGUUUUCCCUUAUUGAUAUAUUACACCCCAUGUCACUCUGGUUUUCCCUUAUUGAUAUAUUACACCCCUUGUCACUCUGGUUUUCCCUUAUUGAUAUAUUACACCCCCUGUCACUCUGGUUUUCCCUUAUUGAUAUAUUACACCCUCUGUCACUCUAGUUUUCCUUUAAUGAUUUAUUACACCCCCUGUCACUCUGGUUUUCCCUUAUUGAUAUAUUACACCCCCUGUCACUCUUGGUUUCUCUUAUUACUUUAUUACACCUCAUGUCACCCUGGUUUUCCCUUAUUGAUAUAUUACACCCCCUGUCACUCUGGUUUUCCCUUAUUGAUAUAUUACACCCCCUGUCACUCUUGGUUUCUCUUAUUACUUUAUUACACCUCAUGUCACCCUGGUUUUCCCUUAUUGAUAUAUUACACCCCCUGUCACUCUGGUUUUCCCUUAUUGAUAUAUUACACCCCCUGUCACUCUGGUUUUCCCUUAUUGAUAUAUUACACCCUCUGUCACUCUAGUUUUCCUUUAAUGAUUUAUUACACCCCCUGUCACUCUGGUUUUCCCUUAUUGAUAUAUUACACCCCCUGUCACUCUGGUUUUCCCUUAUUGAUAUAUUACACCCCCUGUCACUCUGGUUUUCCUUUAUUGAUAUAUUACACCCCCUGUUUCUCUGUUUUUCCCUUAUUCAUUUAUUACACCUCCUGUCAUGCUAGUGUCCCUUAGGGGUGCCCAACAGGUAGAUCCCCAGAUGUUGUAAAACUACAACUCCAAUGAUGCUUUGUAUGCCUUUAGAAUGAUAAAGCAUCAUGGAAGCUGUAGUUUUAGAACAUUUCUGGAUCUACCUUUUGAGCACCCCUGCUCUAGUUUAUUACACCUUCUGUCCCUCUCUUUGUCUUUUUUACUCAUCUUCAUUCAUUAUAUACUUGGUGGAUCAAGUGUCCCCCCCCCCCCAAUAUUUGUUAUAAAUAUUAUCAUUAUGGUACUCUUCAUUAUUACCCUAAUAGUGUGUACUCUGUCUCCCUCCUGCCCAUAUAACUAUACUGGGCUACUUAGUUUGAAACGUCACUGCUUGGUUUCUUUCUUUCUUUUUUUUUGUUUCGUCUGACCUCUGCUUCAUCUUAGUGCCACCUAUGGGUGGUGGCACACAGCAAACCUGGUUUCUGUCUUUGUGUCAGUGUUUGCAGUCUCCCCUGGCACUCAGAUCACUGUAACAGGCAGAUAAAGCACUGUGAUAACAUCUGCUGUCAGUGCGAUAAAGCAAUAGCCAGCCUGCCCUCCAGGGCUGUGAGCUGCUCCCUGCAUGAAAACCAGAGCGGUAGGCUGUAUAAUCUACAUGCAGUCACAGCCACAGCCACACUUCUCUGGACACAGAGACCUGCUGUAUAUUCCACUGCUGCUGGAACACGCCGCUGGCAGGAUCACAAUGAGUCCUGUUCCGUGCUCUACAUUGGUAUUAUGUCUCUGUUGACAAUGUAUAUACAGUGUGAGAUUGAGCUUGCUGGGUCUGGGUUUGCGAGCCCUGCUUUUACUUAUUUUACACCAAACGUUCUCCAGGGCAUUAAAUAUUGUAUUGUUAUCCAAGUGACCUCCUGCCUUCCUGUUAGGCUACAAGUCAGUGUGUGUAAACAGCCUUAGUCUGCAUAAUAAAAUACCAGUAUCUGACAUUUCAUAUUAACCUUUAACACAAAUUGUAUAUAGGUUUAGAUAUUUAUAAAAUUCAGCAAAAGACAAACAUCCAAACGGGCUCAGUGACGUGAUGGGUGACCGUCACAGUGACUCAGAUAAUACCCUUCCACCGCAGUCUCAGAGUAACACGGUGACACAUACUGAGUUACUUAUUAAAGACACCAGUGAUUUGCAUUUUGAUGCCAAAAUAGCUGAAAUGGGAAAAAUGUUCUAAGUCAACAAUGUUUCUAAUUUGGCUAUUUUGUAGUUUGAAAUUUCCAUUGAAUUUGCUUAACUUCCGACAAUUCAGUUUCGUGAGUCACCUUUACAUAAUGGGGACACAGUGGAUGUGGUUAUGUGGUGUGGAGGCCCACCCUUAUAGUCUGCAUUGAACCAUUUAAAAAAAAAAAAAAAAUACAUUUUAAACAAGACUCCCCAGUGGUCAAUCCCCUCUGAGUUGCUUGGAUUAAUGAGAAAGUAUUAGCCUGGGCAGUAAUGGACAGCUGUGAUUGGCUGAGAGUGUCAGCUCUCUGCUUUCAGCCUAUCACAGUGCCCACUGCUGUUACGACUUGGUAUGGCUAGAAGGGAGUACGUAAUCUCUGAUUUAGCCAUACCUCCAGAGAGGGCUGGUCUGUGGGUGGCCAGGGACCCUUAUUUAGUGUUAAAUUGGUUGAGCAUUGUUUGACUGCAAGAGGGAGAGUGUCACUCGACUCUAAGAACUAUAAAUAAUUCAAGUGACAUGAAAUGGUCAUAGUGCCUACACUGUCCCUUUAAAGGAUUGCAAUGGCCGAAGGAUGCAUCUCUUGCCUGCAUCUCUUUAACACAGCAACACUGCUAAUAGGUGGCAGUGAAUCUGUGUCAAUCCUGGCAGAGUGGGACGUAUAGAACCUAGUUGGUAAUAUGUCUAUUCCACUAUAUGGUGACUGUGUGACUCAUGUUAAAAUUAGUCCGAUGGGACCUUCUACUAGUGGAUGGCACUGGCCGGUACUUACAAAGGAGCUUCGCUAUAUCUAGCGCUGCCAGAUCUGUCAUGUUUCCUCGAAUAUUGUCACUUUACACAAAAAUACUGCCCUGCAAUAUGUAGGAUCCAUAUGCUACAACAGUCCUCUUUGAGCUGCACUCCAAUGUGCACUGUACAUGACAUGGCAACACUUUUCAUGCAGUGACCAUCAAUACACGUAAGUGACGUGUCCAGAAUAACCUGCAGCCCUAAUUACUGUAUAUCAGAACAGGUGGCAAUAACAGUUCCUACUUUUUACCACUAGGGGUCUCUCUUGUACAUUCAUCAUCGGUUUUAGCUUCUUAUACCAAAAGCAGAUUUUAAUGUACUCUCAACAAUAUUACAGCAAUAAAGAUCAUUUCUAAAAAAAUAAAAAUAAAAUCCUGUGGUCCUGUGGUAUUUUACGAACUGUUGUUUUAAUCCUUGCAGCUAUUGAUUUAAUGAUUACUCGUUAUCUGCAUAGAUCAUUUUUUGUUUAUCUCCAAACUCUGUGGGGUCUGUUUUUACUAAGCAUUGAGGUCAGAUUACUUGAAAAUCGACUUGAUGAAUUAAGGCCCAAAUGAUUCCGUUUGGUAAAAUCUCAACCUUGACUGAACUGGUGAGAUUUAUCAAACUCUGAUAUUUUGAUCCAAAUCGUCCCCUUCCGCUCAGAUUGUGAGCUUGUUUGAGCAGGGGCCUCUGUAUCCCUUGUAUUUAUCAAUAUUUCUUUGUAUAUUCAAUAUCCCCAAUGUAUAAUUGUAAAGAAUAUACAAUGCUGUAUAAAUCCUAAUAAUACGUUUUGCUAGGCAAUUCUCCUGUCAUCAGAAUUCACAGUUUAGUGAAAAGACCCCACUGCUCAUUGUUUAUAAACCAUUAAUUAGACAUGAGUUUUACAAAGAAAAAUGCAACGAUACAUGUCUUUUAUAUUGAGAUUUCCUCCACUACCCAUCCUACAGCAUGUGUGAAGUAUGUAGGCUUGCCAAAUCAGACCUUCUUUUUUCUUACCAGACACACAACUUCUGUUUUCACUGAAGCAACUCAUUAAAAGCACUGAGCUGCACUAUAUAGAAUUUUAGAUUUCCAGAGGGAAACCAGUUGAUUAAUCACAGUUGUUCCUGUGGGAUCACUACUGUGAUUAAAUAAUUGAUUUCCCACCGGCAACACAUGAAUUCUAUAUACAUCUGUUGGAAAAUGGCCUGUCCAGCAAGUGUUAUUAUAUGUACCAGGUGUAUAAUUAACUUCCAGCAAGAUCACUUUGUUACAGAUUACUUGGAAAGACUAUGUUUUCAUUGUCUUCUCCAGCCAAGGGACCUUUAAAUGGUUAAUGUAAAUGUCUGAGAACUCCUCUGGGUGUCCUUUUGCACUCAUCAUCAUCAGAUAGAAUGUUGUGGUUUAUGUGGGCCUUGACUGAAUCGUGCCACCAGGCCACAUGAAUUAAUGAUGAUGCUUUGUGGCUCCGUGAUAACGUGUGCUGGUUCACUGGGUGUGAAAUUCUAGAAGUGACAGGGCUGGAAUGUCAAUUUUCGGGUUUAGUAGUGGUAGUUAAGGUAUCAUUUUACUGUAACGACAAAAUAAAAUAACAUGGAUAUUACAUGUUCGUUACUUGAUAAGGAAAUGUAAAUACCGUCAUUAGAACUCUUCAGUAAUUUGUUACCGCUUUGUCAUUCAUCAAGUGACAGACAUUAACUGUCAUUAUAUUAUAUAUCUAGGUCUAGUUUAAUCAUAGUCCGCUUGGACUGUAAUUUGGGUUUCUUAGAGUGUGAGACGUGGGAGAGAUUUUAGUUUGUUGUGUUCUCAUGUUGUUAAAGCUACUUCAUAAAGUAACACCCAGUAGACUAUCACCCUCUUUCGGGAGUCCUUAUUCUAACUAUCUCUCGCUCUCUUCUGAACAAGGUUGGGGAAGGGAGGGGAGGGGAGGGAGGGAACCUUUUUUUGAAAAAUCAAAUAUAAUUUUAAAUUUAAAUUCUUUUAAUUUAUUAUUUUUAUUUAAAUCUCUUUCUGGCCCUGGACAAUUUUGCGAUGUGAUUUCAGCUUGGACACAAUCCCUUGUGUGACGAAUGCCACUUCGCCACUGGGGUUUGGAGGGGACUACUUGCCAGCCUUUUACCCUGUGACCAUGGCUGCCCCUUUAAUUAAUUGUGGUUGAGAGACCCUAUUUGUGGCUAUUGGGACUUUAAAAAAUGCUUCUUAGAACUCCCGAAGAGUCGAAGUGGCCGCCAUUUGACAUUCGAACACGUGGUGGCGGCCAUCUUGUUUGCAUGGACCAAAACCACGAAUAGACUUCAGGGCGACUUAGCCGCAAAUGCCCUGGAACUAUUUUCGACAUGAAAACCUCGUGGUUACCGUUCGGUUCUCCAGCUGCACUUAGCCGCGAUUCUAUGGAACUGUUGGAAAACUAUGACUUCCAUAAAAUUUCUGAACUCCUGAUCUGGGGGAUUUUUGGAUAUGUUGUUCACCCAGAUCAGUGCUAUCAGGGGAUGUAAUGGGGAUGUGUUGUGUUUUGGGGUACUUAUUGGACUUUAUAAAAAUGUGUGGGUUUUUUUCUGCCUGGGGAUAAUUAAGUUAAUGCAUUAUCUGUCUUAAUUAUAUCACAGUCAGAGGGGAAGGUUUGUGUACUGUAUGUGGGAGUGUCAUUCAUUGUCACAUUUUUUUUAUUGGCUUGUACACAUUGUGUCUCUGUGCCCAAAAAGGUCCAUCUGGGUGUCACCUUUGUUGGGAAACUUGCAUAAAAGGCCAGUGUGCAUCCAUUAAAAUUGAGCUCCUGUUUAACCUUCAACACGUAGCCUCUAAUCACUAGCUUUUGUAAGUUCUGUUCCUGCUACGCUCUCUGAAGUAGGAGAGGUCCUUCCCACGUGGUCCUGGAUAUCCGAGGUUGGUCCAGGGUGGGAGGAAGAUGGCAAGAUCCCAGCUAAGCUACGGUGGUUGUGGAGUCUGCGGUGCUUGUGGUGUCUGGUGUGGUGCUUAUGGUCCUCAGCGUCAGCUAGGAAGCAUCUGUUGGCGGAGGUGCCCAGUCGGGGUGCCCGGUGAUCCCUUACACCCUGGAUCACAAUAUUUGCAUUUGCCGUUAAGCCUUUCCCACUGGCAGCUGAAAUUUCCAUGAAAUACACCCAAAUAGGGUAUUUUUUCCAACCAGCUAAUGUUGUCAACCAAGUUAAGCACACCUACAUUUCUCCAUGGCGACUUUACAUACCAAACAUUGGAAUCCCGGGAAGCAGGACGCUGGUGGGAAAGGGUAAAGGGGGUGGAUUCCAUCAUUGGCAGGAUUACCGGCAGGAAUACACACCAGGCUGGUUGCCAAUCAAUAAAUGUGGGUAUCCAGGAGCUUCAUAGUUAAAUCACAAUAAAUAAGUGAAUGAAAAUAAAUAUAAAAAUGAAAAAACAUUUUUUAUAUAUAUAUAUAUAUAUAUAUAUAUAUAUAUAUAUAUCCUAUACCAAAAAUAUACAAAUUGUAAGAGAUAUAUAGAUAACAGAAAACAAAUGACUUCUUAAUAUUUAAAACCAUUAAAACACAGAAGUCCAAAAACAAUUUGAACGUAAUAGUCACUUGAAUAUAUCUCAGUCCCAGCAGUAUUAAGAGUCUCUUUUUUGUAUCAUAAACAACCUAUGUCCUGCUUUCAUAAACAAUACAUAAUUGAUUAGGUCCUUAUGAAAUUAGUAUACUUUACAUAUGAGAAAGAUAGAUAGUAAUUAAGAUUGUAACAAGGCGUGUUAGUACAGAGAACUAACAGCCUCGAUCAGUGUCUUCGAUGACACAUUAUGAGGCUUGCUGUCAAACUUUGUAAAAAUGGAAAAAUAUAACAGUGCAUAAAAAGGAUACUAAACUAAUGUUAGUAUCAAAAGUGUAUAUAUAAAAAAAACGAAGGUGAUUUGUUAAAAAUUUAUACAUUUUAUUCAUAAAUACUAAAAACAGUUUCCAAUAAAAGAAAUUCAAAAAAUAACGAUCAGAAUAUAAAAUCCCUAUGGAGUCCAGAAUAAGGAGGAUAAAAAAAAGGCAAUGUGACCUGUUUCACCAACCCGGAUGGAUGAGGAUGAUAAUAGUUGGUUUCCUUAUCGGUAGUGCAGCAGCCGGUGAGGUCCUGGAUAUCCGAGGUUGGUCCAGGGUGGGAGGAAGACGGCGAGAUCCCAGCUAAACUACGGCGUCUAUGGAGUCUGCAGUGCUUCUGGUGUCUGGUGUGGUGCUUAUGGUCCUCAGCGUUAGCUAGGAAGCAUCUUUUGGCGGAGGUGCCCAGUCGGGGUGCCCUGUGAUCCCUUACACCCUGGAUCACAAUAUUUGCAUUUUCCGUUAAGCCUUUCCCACAGUCAGCUCAAAUUUCCAUAAAAUACACCCAAAUAGGGUAUUUUUUUCCAACCAGCUAAUGUUGUCAACCAAGUUAAGCACACCUACAUUUCUCCGUGGCGACUUGUGUCAUGUUACCUUUACAUACCCAACAUUGGAAUCCCGGGAAGCAGGACGCUGGUGGGAGAGGGUAAAAGGGGUGGAUUCCAUCAUAGGCAGGAUUACCGGCAGGAAUACAAACCAGGCUGGUUGCCAAUCAAGCUGGCCAGCCCACUGAGGGCAGGAUGUGCAGGGAGCACUGUUUCAGUACUUUCUAGGGCCCUAAAUGCAGCACAAGUGCAUCUAUGAUGCUACACUAUUUGGUGACCUUUUCCUGGUUUCUUCAAAAGCAGGAAACUAAGGAACAUAAAAGAAACUGAGUGGUGGGACCCGAAAAUCUUGAAUGUACUGCCGAAAUCAGUAUGGAUGGGAAGCAUGCUUUUAUUUCUGAUCUUAUGUGUCUAGUUUGGUUGGUUGUUAAUAUAUUUCUCCUCUUAUUUAUUACUGGCAUUUAUAAAGCGCCAACAUAUCCUGCACGUUUUACAAUUAGAGGAGAAUGUACAAUAUACACAGACCAAUAAAAAAGUUAAAGAGGGCCCUGUCUGCGAUCUGAGAUCCGGUGUAGCCAUUGAAGCUCUUUUGUACAAAGCGAUUAGUUAGAUUGCUUAUGAGCUAACAAGCUAAAGGUCAUCUUUAUUCUGGCUCCUCCUCCUUACUGUGUCACAUGGUUCUCCAGACUCCAUUUUAGAACAUCCAGCAGUCCAUAAAAACUUACUUCUUGUUGCCCUAACAACCAUGAUUUCAAAAUAUCCCACUUACUUACAUAUUGUGCCUACUAAUACAGGACUUGAUAAGGUGUCGUAGUGUUUCUGUUAGACAUAAUGUACUAAACUGUGCGUGCAUUUUCUCUCACGCCAUCAGAGGGUAUUGGCAACUAUCUUGUCAGAAACGGUAGAUAACGUCCAGAAUACCCGCUGCAUUUUGUAUCUACUAUUCUAUUUAUUAGCCUGUUUAGUUUUAUUUGCUACUGUAUCAGCUUAUUGUACAGCACUACUGAAUCUUGCUGGCGCUAUAUAUAAAUUAUAAUAAUUACAAGUGUAGUUAACUGAAUGGAUUUUACAUUCUUUACCUUAUUUAAAUCACAUUGAUAUAAAUCAAACAGCCCUGCUUUCUAACUACCCCAUCCCUCUCUCCCCACCAGCACCUAUACCCUCUCUCCCAUUUCCUUUCUAUCUACCUUACUUAGUAUCAUAGGGAUGUCGUUUCACAUCAGCAAAGAAACCACAGACCACCACAGUGUCACUGACAUAAGCACCUUCAUUGAAAUCAAAUCCAGUAAUUAAAUAAGGAUUUGCAACAUAGUUACUCUUGAUUGUUCAUGGUGUAAUCUUCCGCAUCCAGGCUUAGGGUGAUGGGAGUUGCUGUACAACAGGUGCAGUGCUGUAAUUACCCGACCGUGAUGUAAGCCUUUAUCUGUCGUUCCUAACUUACCAGCAUCCUUUCCGGCAUGUAAAUCACUGAAUAGGUCUGUCUCUUUUCCACAUUGCUGUCUAACACGUUUUGCGCUUUCUUUCUGCAGUCAGGCGCUUGGACUCUUCACGUAAGUCUGUCUUCUCUCUCUGCACGUUGUGUCAGUUUCCUUGUGCAUGAUAUAUCCUGACUGUCUCUGUGUAUAAUAUUUCCUGACUGUCUCUGUGUAUAAUAUUUCCUGACUGUCUCUGUGUGUAAUAUAUCCUGACUGCCUCUGUGUAUGAUCUAUCCUGACUGUCUCUGUGUAUAAUAUAUCCUGACUGUCUCUGUGUAUAAUAUAUCCUGACUGUCUCUAUGUAUGAUAUAACCUCGCUGUCCCCGUGUAUGCUAUAUCCUGACUGUCUCUGUGUAUGAUAUAUCCUGACUGUCCCUGUGUAUGAUAUAACCUUGCUGUCUCCGUGUAUGAUAUAUCCUGACUGUCCCUGUGUAUGAUAUAACCUUGCUGUCUCCGUGUAUGAUAUAUCCUGACUAUCCCUGUGUAUGAUAUAACCUUGCUGUCUCCGUGUAUGAUAUAUCCUGACUGUCUCUGUGUAUGAUAUAACCUCGCUGUCCCCGUGUAUGAUAUAUAUCCUGACUGUCCCUGUGUAUGAUAUAACCUUGCUGUCCCCGUGUAUGAUAUAUCCUGACUGUCUCUGUGUAUGAUAUAUCCUGACUGUCCCUGUGUAUGAUAUAACCUUGCUGUCUCCGUGUAUGAUAUAUCCUGACUGUCUCUGUGUAUGAUAUAACCUCGCUGUCCCCGUGUAUGAUAUAUAUCCUGACUGUCCCCGUGUAUGAUAUAACCUCGCUGUCCCCGUGUAUGAUAUAACCUUGCUGUCUCCGUGUAUGAUAUAUCCUGACUGUCCCUGUGUAUGAUAUAACCUUGCUGUCUCCGUGUAUGAUAUAUCCUGACUAUCCCUGUGUAUGAUAUAACCUUGCUGUCUCCGUGUAUGAUAUAUCCUGACUGUCCCCGUGUAUGAUAUAACCUCGCUGUCCCCGUGUAUGAUAUAUAUCCUGACUGUCUCUAUGUAUGAUAUAACCUCGCUGUCCCCGUGUAUGAUAUAUCCUGACUGUCUCUGUGUAUAAUAUAUCCUGACUGUCCCUGUGUAUGAUCUAUCCUGACUGUCCCUGUGUAUGAUCUAUCCUGACUGUCCGCGUGUAUGAUAUAUCCUGACUGUCCCCGUGUAUGAUAUAACCUCGCUGUCCCCGUGUAUGAUAUAACCUCGCUGUCCCCGUGUAUGAUAUAUCCUGACUGUCUCUAUGUAUGAUAUAACCUCGCUGUCCCCGUGUAUGAUAUAUCCUGACUGUCCCCGUGUAUGAUAUAUCCUGACUGUCCCCGUGUAUGAUAUAUCCUGACUGUCUCUGUGUAUAAUAUAUCCUGACUGUCUCUAUGUAUGAAAUAACCUCGCUGUCCCCGUGUAUGCUAUAUCCUGACUGUCCCUGUGUAUGAUAUAACCUCGCUGUCCCCGUGUAUGAUAUAACCUCGCUGUCCCCGUGUAUGAUAUAUCCUGACUGUCCCCGUGUAUGAUAUAUCCUGACUGUCUCUGUGUAUGAUAUAUCCUGACUGUCUCUGUGUAUGAUAUAUCCUGACUGUCCCUGUGUAUGAUAUAACCUCGCUGUCCCCGUGUAUGAUAUAUCCUGACUGUCCCUGUGUAUGAUAUAACCUUGCUGUCCCCGUGUAUGAUAUAUCCUGACUGUCUCUAUGUAUGAUAUAACCUGACUUCCAACGUGUAUGAUAUAACUGGACCUUUGUCUUUAGUGUGUUGCUAUAACCUUGCUGUCCCUGUGUCUUUAAAUUCCCUUUCUCUUCCUUCACUAUAUUUGUAUUUCUAGUCAUAUACUUUGUGUACUUCCCUCUUCGUCUACUUACCUCAAUGACCCUUUGAGCUACAUCUCACUCUUUUUUUCUGAACUUUACUCUUUAUAUACCAGCUUCUCACGCUCCCCCAGUCUUUCAAUACCAGCUUCUCGCCCUCCCCCAGUCUUUCAAUACCAGCUUCUCGCCCUCCCCAGUCUUUCAAUACCAGCUUCUCGCCCUCCCCAGUCUUUCUAUACCAGCUUCUCGCCCUCCCCCAGUCUUUAUAUACCAGGUUCUCACCCUCCCCCAGUCUUUAUAUACCAGGUUCUCGCCCUCCCUCAGUCUUUAUAUACCAGGUUCUCGCCCUCCCCAGUCUUUAUAUACCAGCUUCUCGCCCUCCCCCAGUCUUUAUAUACCAGCUUCUCACCCUCCCCCAGUCUUUAAAUACCAGCUUCUCACCCUCCCCCAGUCUUUAUAUACCAGCUUCUCGCCCUCCCUCAGUCUUUAUAUACCAGGUUCUCGGCCUCCCCCAGUCUUUAUAUACCAGCUUCUCGCCCUCCCCCAGUCUUUAUAUACCAGCUUCACACACCCUCCACCAGUCUUUAUAUACCAGGUUCUCGGCCUCCCCCAGUCUUUAUAUACCAGCUUCGCACACCCUCCCCCAGUCUUUAAAUACCAGCUUCUCACCCCCCCCAGUCUGCACCCAGAGAUCUCGUUACCCCUAUGUAUAAUUUAUAGCUUUCUCUCCUGCCAUUUAUGUAGCUUCCCAACACUCUUUCAUCUAUUUCUCAUGCAAUCCACUCAAUAAUCUAUACCCUUUUAUCUCUUUAACUUCCUUUCUUGCCCCCUUGAUCUUACUUGCACGUGUCCCAUCUGCCCAUCCAUCCUAUCAGGCACCUUUCAUUUCUGUUCCUAUCUUCCUUUCACCCAUAUUUCCAUUUAGUUAACUAGCUCCCUGUAACUACUUUUUUUUUUUUCUUGCUCAGUUUUUGGGUUACCUCUUGCCCAUUUCUCAGAUUAUCCCAUCACCUACAUUUCAUACCUUUACCCACCUCACCCACUUUUCUAGUGACACCUCAGCACUUUAUCUCACUACCUCUUCUUCUUCUUGCGGAGUCUUUUUUUUUAAUCCCUCUCACCCAGCAUCUGCCCUCAUCAGCAACGUCCAUCUUUUACAUUCUCUCACCUCGUCCUCAUUCUAACUACCUCUUGCUAUCUAUAGACUUUCUCUAUCUGCUCCUUUCCUCCCUCCCUACAAGUACUCCUCUCUAACCUUACCUGUACUCCUCUCUAUCCUUACCUGUACUCAUCGCUAUCCUUACCUGUACCCGUCUCUAUCCCUACCUGUACCCGUCUCUAUCCCUACCUGUACUCGUCUCUAUCCCUACAUGUACCACUCUAUCCCUACCUGUACCCAUCUCUAUCCCUACCUGUACCACUCUAUCCCUAGCUGUACCCAUCUCUAUCCCUACCUGUACCCAUCUCUAUCCCUACCUGUACCCGUCUCUAUCCCUACCUGUACUCAUCUCUAUCCCUACCUGUACUCCUCUCUAUCCCUACCUGUACCCAUCUCUAUCCCUACCUGUACCCAUCUCUAUUCCUACCUGUACCCAUCUCUAUCCCUGCCUGUACCCAUCUCUAUCCCUGCCUGUACCCAUCUCUAUCCCUACCUGUACCCAUCUCUAUCCCUACCUGUGCCAUCUCUAUCCCUACCUGUACUCAUCUAUAUCCCUACCCGUACCAAUCUCUAUCCCUACCUGUACCCAUCUCUAUCCCUACCUGUACCCAUCUCUAACCCUACCCUGUACCCAUCUCUAUCCCUACGUGUACCCAUCUCUAUCCCUACCUGUAUCCAUCUAUAUCCCUACCUGUACCCAUCUCUAUUCCUACCUGUACCCAUCUUUAUCCCUACCUGUACCACUCUAUCCCUACCUGUACCCAUCUCUAUCCCUACCUGUACCCGUCUCUAUCCCUACCUGUACUCCUCUCUAUCCCUACCUGUACCCAUCUCUAUCCCUACCUGUACCCAUCUCUAACCUUACCCUGUACCCAUCUCUAUCCCUACCUGUUCCCAUCUAUAUCCCUACCUGUACCCAUCUCUAUUCCUACCUGUACCCAUCUGUAUCCCUACCUGUACCCAUCUAUCCCUACCUGUACCCCUCUCUAUCCCUACCUGUACCCAUCUCUAUCCCUACCUGUACCCAUCUCUAUCCCUACCUGUGCCAUCUCUAUCCCUACCUGUACCCAUCUCUAUCCCUACCUGUACCCAUCUCUAUCCCUACCUGUACCCAUCUAUAUCCCUACCUGUACCCAUCUCUAUCCCUACCUGUACCCAUCUUUAUCCCUACCUGUACCACUCCUAUCCCUACCUAAAAUUUGACAUCUCUAUCCCUACCUAGCUCCCAUCCUAUCCCCUACCUUGUACCCAUUCUUAUCCCUACUCCAGCGAUCCCUACUCCAGCUCCAUCUCUAUUCCUACCUGUACCCAUCUAUAUCCCUACCUGUACCCAUCUCUAUCCCUACCUGUACCCAUCUCUAUUCCUACCUGUACCCAUCUCUAUCCCUACCUGUACCCAUCUCUAUCCCUACCUGUACCCAUCUCUAUUCCUACCUGUACCCAUCUCUAUUCCUACCUGUACCCAUCUAUAUCCCUACCUGUACCCAUCUCUAUUCCUGCCUGUACCCAUCUCUGUCCCUACCUGUACCCAUCUCUAUUCCUACCUGUACCCAUCUCUAUCCCUACCUGUACCCAUCUCUAUGCCUACCUGUACCCAUCUCUAUUCCUACCUGUACCCAUCUCUAUUCCUGCCUGUACCCAUCUCUAUCCCUACCUGUACCCAUCUCUAUCCCUACCUGUACCCAUCUCUAUCCCUACCUGUACCCAUCUCUGUCCCUACCUGUACCCAUCUCUAUUCCUGCCUGUACCCAUCUCUAUCCCUGCCUGUACCCAUCUCUAUCCCUACCUGUACCCAUCUCUAUUCCUACCUGUACCCAUCUAUAUCCCUACCUGUACCCAUCUGUAUUCCUACCUGUACCCAUCUCUAUCCCUACCUGUACCCAUCUAUAUCCCUACCUGUACCCAUCUCUAUUCCUACCUGUACCCAUCUCUAUCCCUACCUGUACCCAUCUCUAUCCCUACCUGUACCCAUCUCUAUUCCUGCCUGUACCCAUCUCUAUUCCUGCCUGUGCCAUCUACACAAGGAACCCCUCUCUGUCUCUUGUAUGUGUUACUUUAUUACUUACACUGCCUGCCAAUCAUCCCUUUGUAGCUACUCGAACUAAUUUUCUAUCUUCCUCUUUACCUUUCUUUUUCACCUUUCUAUUUAUGCGAUUCACAUCCAAUAUAUUCCUGUGACAAAUAAAAUUUGCUAUGGUGUCUGCUUGGUGAUAAGGAACACUGUCUGUCAAUGAGUCAAACUGUGAGUGGCCCUGGUCUCCUGGGGUUUGUAUGGAGUGUCUCUCAACUCGCAGCAAUGAUUGACAUACCCCACAGCUUGUUCUGCUCUGGUCUCGUCAUGUCUCGGGAGACUUGGCAGCUUUUGUUUUCUUCUGGAGCUGAAAUUUGGGAUUCAAGCUGUAAUCUCUUAAAGCGAGUCUUACAGCUCACAUAGUGGAUUUUCUAUUGUAUCAGAUGUUGUAUGUUGAGCUCCUGCCCCCAGCUCACGCCACUGAUUCCAGGCCUGAUCUCUUGUAUGUAAUCUCCUGUUGCCACUUUUACUUUCAAUAUUUUUCACACUCUCUGUUUUUUUUUUGUGUCAUUACUCUGUUGUUCUCACCAUGUCUAAUGUUUCACUCUACAGACUAAGGAACAGCGCGCACACACAAAUACAGUUUUAAAUUUUACAAGGGUUCUUAAAACCGCCUUUCUCUGUGAUUUGGGGGAUAUAUGGGGAUUCAGUUCCACAAAAUGACCAUAUCGUGUUAAGCCCACCACUAUGUCAUAGUACCCCAAAAUCGCUGGGUCCUACACUAUUUUUUAACAUGGGAGAUAAACAACUACUUAACUAGUGACACUGCUAAAUGGAUAUAAAUUAAAGUCCAUUCAAUGAAUCCUUUGUCAGUGCUUUGUUAAUAUAUCACUCAAAAUGCAAAACAAUAAAAAAUAAAAAAAUAAGAAAGUGCCAUAACUAUCUAAAUAAUUAAAGUCAGAGUACUUUUAAAUAUAUAUUGACAAUGCAUUGUGAUAAAUCUGCUCUCUAUCCCCUUUUUAAUAUAUUUUUUAAAAACUGUCAUCUUACUAAUUACCAGCUAACUCUACCUUUCACUACGUUCUUACUCUGUCUGUCAGUCUUUUCCUAUCUGUUAGUCUUUCAGCCUUAUCCAUCUCUCUCCAUCGCCUGUCUUUCGAUCAGUUUAGAGUCUGUCUAUCCCAUACUCCAUUUGUCUUUUUCUACCUAUCUCCAAAUCUAUCCGGCCUCAUCCAUCUCUACUUUAUCCUUAUUUUUGCUCUUUCUCGAUUUUCCGCUAACCCUUCUUUUAAAACCUCACCCUCGUCGCCCCUUUUACUGCACUUCCCUGGUAACUUCUGCCUUGCAUCUCUAACACUUCUCGGUGUACAUUUAUCCUCUCCAUCGAUCCAUAAUUACUACAAUUCCAGGAUACCUUUUAUAACGUGUAAAACAUAUUGCAUUUAAAGUACAAAUGGAACAACACAAUAGCUAGCUCAAAGUUCACUUCCUUUCCUAUCCAUAUUUAUUUUUUAAUUUACCUUGUAAUCCUGUACCUUGUUUUCCUGGCACAGCUAGAGCUGUGCAUACAGCGCUGCGGAAUUUGUUGGCGAUUUAUAAAUAAUAAUAAAAGGAAUGCCAAGGAAUUCUGAGCUCAGACACUGCUAUGCUUCAGUGUUUCACUCUUUUUUUUUUCUAUGUGGUUGGCAUUUCUUUUUUGGUUCAUGACUCUUUUUUUUUUUUGCCCUCCGUGUUUCAUCUUACCAACUCCUUCUCUGGAUAAUUCACUUAUCUCCAGUCUCUAAUUCUCUCCUUCCCCCACCUGCCUCAUUCUCUCGCUUACUCUGUGUCUGUGAAGUGUUUUCCUGGUUUCGUUACACACUCCUCACAUUUUCACCGUUCUCCAAUCGAGCGAUGGUUCUAGUGUGCGAUAUUUAACCCUUUGGCAGCCGAUGGUACUGCACAUCGCACAGAGUAAUUAACCUGCUGAUAUUCAGAGGGUUCAUUUACCUCAUUUACAUCUCCUUCUCUUCUCCUGAUUUUCUCUUUCUCACCCCUUGACAGCCUCGCACUUUGUACUCGAUGAUUUCUGGGUCUCAUUACCCUCUGUCCCCCACAUCUGCCCUUUAUACCAUAUCACACUGCUUCCUGCGCAAUGUUUUAUCCCCCACUGGCGGGUUUUCUUCUUUCACUUACCUCUUUUUACUUGUUCGCCUUUCCCCAUCCACCUCAUUAAAUCUUAUUUUCUUUAUUAAUAUUUUUUUUUCACUACAUUCCUUUAUUUAUUUGUUCUUCUUUUUUGUCUUGUUCCUUCCUUUCUUUUCUAUUUUUUUACUUUUAUCAUUCCCUUUUUUUCUUUUAAACGAUGAGUUUUCGUUCUCUUACCCACGAAACUCGAAAUCCAAUCGUUGUAUUAAUUUAUUUCCGUGGCUGUGUUUCUCCCCUCAUUAUUCUUCCUUCUAUCCCAUUCUCUAAUUGCCUCCUUUUUACUUUCUCACUCACACUUCCUCUCUGUCACCCCUCCCUACUUUUUACAUUAAAUGUAUGUAGAUUUUUAAAAGAUUCAGUAAAAAUCCCUUUGACCUAAAUACAGAUUGAAUGAGGUAGAAGUGAAGCAUGGGAGGGGGAAUGGACAUAUUUGGGUAGCAGGAUCACCAGUCAUACAACACUCUGCUCUCACAUAUCACUCAUUCAAACCCAUUAUUGCCCUUUACCUGCAGGUCAAUUCCUUCUGCUUUACUUACGCCACUUUAACUUUUCUUUCUUCAUGCCAUCUUUACAUUUUCUGCUACCCGUGACUAUAUAUAUUGUGUGUGUGUGUGUAUGUAUGAAUAUAUAAAGUAUAGAUAUUAUGGCGCUCCCCCAGUAUUCCAAUGUGUAAUAAUCCACUUGGAUCUCAUUCUAAAAUUCUGUAUUUGGAUCUGUAACUGUAUCUAUUUUCAUAUCUAUCAUUUUCUUCCUGUAUCCCAGUCUAUACCUCUCUCCUCGUAUCCCAGUCUAAAACUCUCUCGCUCUCACUGUAUCCCCAUCUAUAACGCUCUCCCUAUAUCCCUACCUCUUUGUUACUUAUUGAUCUCUGUCUAUCAUUUUCUUUCUGUAUCCCAGUCUAUAACUCUCUCCCUGUAUCUUCAUAUAACUCUCCCCCUGUAUCCCAGUCUAUAACUCUCUCCCUGUAUCUUCAUGUAACUCUCUCCCCGUAUCCCAGUCUAUAACUCUCUCCCCGUAUCCCAGUCUAUAACUCUCUCCCUGUAUCUUCAUAUAACUCUCUCCCCGUAUCCCUGUCUAUAACUCUCUCCCCGUAUCCCAGUCUAUAACGCUCUCCCUGUAUCCUCAUAUAACUCUCUCCCUGUAUCCCAGUCUAUAACUCUCUCCCUGUAUCUUCAUAUAACUCUCCCCCUGUAUCCCAGUCUAUAACUCUCUCCCUGUAUCUUCAUAUAACUCUCUCCCCGUAUCACAGUCUAUAACUCUCUCCCCGUAUCCCAGUCUAUAACUUUCUCCCCGUAUCCCAGUCUAUAACUCUCUCCCUGUAUCCCAGUCUAUAACUUUCACCCCUUAUCCCAGUCUAUAACUUUCUCCCCGUAUCCCAGUCUAUAACUUUCUCCCCGUAUCCCAGUCUAUAACUCACUCUCCCCGUAUCCCAGUCUAUAACCCUCUCCGUGUAUCUUCAUAUAACCCUCUCCCCGUAUCCCAGUCUAUAACUCUCUCCCUGUAUCUUCAUGUAACUCUCUCCCUGUAUCCCAGUCUAUAACUCUCUCCCUGUAUCUUCAUAUAACUCUCCCCCUGUAUCCCAGUCUAUAACUCUCUCCCUGUAUCUUCAUGUAACUCUCUCCCCGUAUCCCAGUCUAUAACUCUCUCCCCAUAUCCCAGUCUAUAACUCUCUCCCUGUAUCUUCAUAUAACUCUCUCCCUGUAUCCCAGUCUAUAACGCUCUCCCUACAUUUCUAUCUCUUUAUUGUUACUUAUUGAUCCGUUUCCACGGCCCAUAAAGCUCUGACCUUAUCUCUUCAGAUAAGAUCUUUUAAUUUGCUAACACUCUCUCCUCUCUCUCUAUGUUCUGGUUUCUACACACAGUGUCUUUCUCUAUUAUCAUUCUCACUCCCAUUGUGUCUCCUGCUCCUCUUAUCCCUUGUUCACUAUACCAUUUAAAAGCUCACUCCCCCAACCUGCUGUUUCUUUGCCAUUUCUUACUUUCUCUCUAUUUUCACUCUCCCUUUUUCUGCAAUCUCCCUUUCUUACUCCUUUUUCUCCAUCUCUCCCUCUGUCCAUCUCACAUCUCCCCCUCCUCUCUUCCUCUCUCAUUUCUCAUUCUCUUUGUAAUCCCUAGCUCCCUUCGGCGUGGGUGACAUCAAUGUGUCUCCUCCCCCCCCCCCGCUCCCUCUCUUGCUCUCUCUCUCCAUCUCUCUGUCGCUCUCUAGACUGCAGAAUCAAAUCAGGAAUCAUGCAGAUGCUGCGGCUCUCUCACACCUCAUCCCCGGGCUGGCUCUCUCAGCUGUUCCUGCCAGUCUGAUUCUGCUACUGGUGGUCUCACCUUCUCUGUGUUUCCACUCUUCCCUUCCAUAAUCUUACCAUCAUUCUUCUAUUUUGUUCCGCAUCCAUUCUUCUCUUUCUGUUCCCCUUCUCUCUAUCCAACCGUUCCCCCCACAAUCUGUCUAUUUGUUUUUCAUUGCCUGCCUUGUCUUAAUCUAUCCUUUCUCUUUUCUUCCUGUUGAAUCUCUUUGCUCUCCUCUUGUACAUCUUUUCAAUUUAUCAUUUCUUCCUCUAUCUCUCUGUUUGUUUUCUUCCCUAUCGCCAAUCCGCACUCUCCUUUACGCUUCUUUUCUCUCUUUAUUUCUGUUUGCCUCACAAUGCCUCCUUGUACCCCCAGUCUCCCAGGCCUCCUCCGUGUCUUCUGCUUCUCUCCCCCCCAAUAAUGUCUCCCCCUUUAGUCAUGUCUGUCUCUCUGUGCGUGUCUGUCCUGACGCUCUUGCUGUGUACUGCGGUCUCAGGUAAAAGAGCACUGCACGUGGGUGCUCUCUUCCCCAUGAGUGGGGGGUGGCCCGGUGGACAGGCCUGUCACCCUGCUGCACAGAUGGCCCUGGAAGAUGUCAAUAACAGGAGGGACAUUUUGCCGGAAUAUGAACUGCGGCUUAUACACCAUGACAGUCAGGUGAGCAUAGGGGUAACAUCUGGAAUGGGGGAGGGUUUUACUCUAUCAUAACAGGUUUCAUAACAUUUAGGUGUGAAAGUGGGGGCAACUUCUAGAAUGAGAAAUGUUCCUGCAAUGGAAUAAGUUCCAAAACAGCCAGGUGUGAAAGUAAAGGGAACAUCUGGAAUGCAGUAAGAAGUAUUACUGUGGUUUAUGGACCAUAACAAAUCAGUGUGAUGAUGGGUAUAACCCCAUGAAACAGAGCGAGGGUUACAACCAUAAUUUAGGUACCAUAACCACUACAAUGCAGAAUGAUUACAGGUAUACCUUAAAUACCAUAACACUGGAGGUAACUCGUGGUAUCACCUCUAAUGGGAGAUGGUAACAAGUGGGUACUGUUUGGUGAAGUAUCAACUUGAAUGGGUUUCUAAAAGGCAGGUGCAAUGUUGGUUCAGUGUGAGAAUGUGGGUAUCACCAGGAGUCUAAUUGAGAGUAAAGGCCUCAUGACAGCUAAGUAUGUAGAAGAGGCAGUUGGAUUUAUUGAUGAUAUUACAGCCAGGUGUGUGGUUGAUGCAUUUGGAAAUGUUAUUGAUAUUACAGCCGGGUCUGUGGAUGUUGCAGUUGGAAUAAUUGAUAAUAUUACAGCCAGGUUUGUGGAUGUGGCAGUUGGAGUUGUUGGCUAUAUUACAACUAGGAAUAUGGAUGGGGAAGUUGGGAUCAUUUGUGAUAUUACAGCCAGUCUUGUGGAUGGGGCAGCUGUGUAUUUGGGGUUUUCUACAUUACAGCCAGGUGUGAGGAUUGGGCUGUUAGGUCUUUCGGUUGGCUAUAUUACAGCCCGGCAUCAGGAUGGUGCAGUUGGGGGCAUUGGUGAUAUUACAGUCAGGUGUGAGGAUGGAGCAGUUGGGGGCAUUGGUGAUAUUACAGCCAGGUGUGAGGAUGGUGCAGUUGGGGGCAUUGGUGAUAUUACAGCCAGGUGUGAGGACGGAGCAGUUGGGGGCAUUGGUGAUAUUACAGCCAGGUGUGAGGAUGGUGCAGUUGGGGGCAUUGGUGAUAUUACAGCCAGGUGUGAGGAUGGGGAAGCUGUGUCUUUGGGUUGGCUACAUGACAACCAGGUUUGAGGUUGGGGCUAUUGGUGACUUUACAGCCAGGUGUGAGAAUGGGAUAAUGGAGCUUUGAGUUGACUACUUUACAGAUAGCUGUAAUGAUGGACCAGUUUGGAGCAUUGGUGAUAUUAUAGCCAGGUGUGAGGAUGGGGCAUCUGUGGGCAUUGGUGAUAAUAUAGCCAAGUGUGAGGAUGGGACAUCUGUGGGCAUUGGUGAUAAUAUGGCCAGAUUUUAAAGAUGGGGCAUCUGUGGGCAAUGAUGAUAAUAUAGCCAGGUGUGAGGAUGGGGCAUCUGUGGGCAUUGGUGAUACUAUAGUAAGGUGUGAGGAUGGAGCAUCUGUGGGCAUUGGUGAUAAUAUAGCCAGGUUUAAAGAUGGGGCAUCUGUGGGCAAUGAUGAUAAUAUAGCCAGGUGUGAGGAUGGGGCAUCUGUGGGCACUGGUGAUAAUAUAGCCAGGUGUGAGGAGGAAGCAGUUGGGGGUAUUCGUAAUGUGUUGGCGAUAUUACAGCCAGGUGGGAUAAUUUAAUGCUUUGGUCUUAGUCACCAAAUUAGCCAGGUGUAGAUAGUCAGCCUGAACCAGAUUGAAUGAUCAUUAUAACAGUGACCGCCAGGUGAGGAGGGGAGAAGGUAAUAAUUUGAAUUUGUUGAUCUCUACGCUUGCUUAAUGCACAUACAGUUAGGUUAGUCUGGGGAAGAGGGCAAAAAAUGUAAAUUGCCACCAUGACAGCCCGUUUAAGAACUAUCCAUGACUUUAUCCACAAAGCAGCACAUUAAUCAUGCCUAGCCACAUUGGCCUGACAUGGGUAUUGAGAAUAGCCUGGUAAUAUACUGUUAUGGGGGUAACAUACCUGUACCCACUGUAGUAAAUACAUGGCAUGAAGAGCUAUAUAGCUCAGGCAGGUAAAGGAUUGCAUUUGUAAGAGGUCCUGACAGAGUGGAGACGCAUUCAUUAGCACAAACUAAGGAAUAAUAAGGCUAUCAGAGAGUUGACAAGGGGUUAACAAAAUCAUUUACGCACCAGGACAGCCGGGCAGAGAUUUGGGAGGGGGGCAAUCGGUGAUUCAGUAGCUGGUAUCUAAUUUCCAUACCAAACUGGCCAUGCGAGGAAUUAGAAUGGAAAGCAUAAUAGAACAUUGAGGUGAGGGUGCUGGAGGAAGAAAGCAAAAGGGCAGGGGCGGGGGCAGAGAGUGGGUGCGGGUGCUGAAUACUGAAGUUAGGACUGGCAGAAAGUGUGUGGGGAGGGGGGCAGGCAGUGUGAAAGCGACAGACAGGAGGAAGGUGUAAGAGACAGCUUACUGAAAGGGGGGUGGAGGGGGUUGAUGAGAUAGACCACAGGGGGCAUAGACAGUGAGACUGACCUUUCAGGCAGAGUAUCUCUGAGGGGGGAGAAAGAGCGCAGGGGGUUCAGUCAGGCGCUCUCGCAGGAUUACCCCCUGCGCUCUCAUUAUUCCACUUAGCUCUCUCACUGUUACCACGGCAACGAUGGAAAGGGUAAAAUAUUCCAGAAAAGAGAGAUAGAUGGAGAGAGAGAAAUGGGCAGAGAGAGGGGGGAGAGAAAGAGACAGAUGGGGAGAGAGAGAAGAACAGGAGAGGGAGAACUGAAAGCAAUGGAAGAGACAGAUUGAGCCGUCUCAUUAUAUCUGUGUACUCAAUUUUAGGCACUGUCUCCUCAGUAAUAAACAGAUAACACAUGUCCAUUUAUGCUUUUCACAUACUGACUGUUUUUCUCUCUACUUCUUGUCUGUUUGUUUUUUGUUUUUUUUGCCUAUCCCCCAUACCGUCCCCUCUCUCCUCAGUGUGAUCCAGGCCAGGCGACACGACACCUGUAUGAGUUGCUGUAUAAUGACCCUAUUAAGAUAAUGCUUAUGCCCGGAUGUAGCAGUGUGUCCACACUUGUCGCAGAAGCCGCACGAAUGUGGCAUCUAAUAGUGGUGAGCGUCCGUCUUAAUGCUCUUUACUUCUUCUCUGUUGAUUGCGCUCACCACUCUGCUUCAUUUCUUUCUUUACCUUCUCUUCCUCAUCUUCUCAUUCGAUAUUUUGUAUUCCUCGCAGAUCCAAGCCAUCUUCCUGCCCCUUUUUUCUUCCCCCCUCCUUCUUAAAACACUAAUGCGACAUCAAUUCAGAUUUUCCGCUCUCCCUAUAUUUUCUCCUUAUUCUGCCACUUCACUAUAUUAUAUCAUUGUUUCCUCUCUCCUUCCUGCCCCCCUCCCUGUUUCUCCCUUAUUUCUAUUUAUCUGUUAUUCUUGCCACCAACCCACUGCCUGUGCUGAUUCACAAAAAAGCUAAAAAUUACCUAUUGUAUUGUCUUAUAAAUAGCAUCUGAUUAGCAUAUGCAGAUUAAAACAAUGACAUUGCGUAUUAACGCGAACCGCUAUUGGAAUGUUCAGCCUGUCUAGGCAAUGUGAUAAUAUGAGAAUAAGCUAAAUAUUUCAGUAUAUUCCAUAAAUGGGUCAGGGAUGUAUCUGUGGCUCAUUAUCUGUCCUUCUCUUGAUAUCAAUAUUACUCUCACUAGUCCUAUUUUUAUCAUACCCCUUGUCUGUUUUACUCUAUUAAUCUAAUUCCCUAUCUACCGUGUGUUACAUCUUCUAUCAUUCAGGGUUACCCAUUAAAUUGGGAACUGUUGACAAUUGACAAGGGAAUAGAACAAAAGCCAAAGUAGCUAAAUAGGAAAAAUAUUCUCCUUCUGGUUUUUCAUUUUUACUGUUUUUGCCUAAAAGUGUAUUCUAUUCCAAGUAUAUUGAAUAAUACUAGUAUAAUAUUAUAUUUUAUGUCUUUGUCUUCCCAAUGCUGUUCCCUUUUUUUGUGUUUCAUGCCUUUCUCUCAGCUCCCCUUUUUAUACAGUCAUUUGUUUUCUUCAUUUACAUAGAUUUUUGAGAUUAUUACAGUUCUUCUCUAAACCUUUUAGUUGUCUUACGGCUCCAGUUCUCCUGCACUCUCAAAUCGUCAAAGGUUCCCUACCUUCUUCCGCACUCACCCGUCGGCCACCUUGCAUAAUCCCACCCGUGUUCAGCUCUUCAAGAAGUGGGGAUGGACCAAGAUUGCCACCAUUCAGCAGACCACUGAGGUCUUCACCUCUGUGAGUGUCUUUAAGUGAAAAGAAGGGCCUUCAGAUAAUCUUAACAGAUUUUUACACAACAAAAAAAUACUAAGAAUAAAAUUGGUUAACCAUUAAAGGAAAAUUAUCGCAGAGAAAACUCCCUAAACAAAAAAAAAAAAAGUUUAAGCAGUUGAAGCUUUUCAUUGUGAUGAUGGUGGCUUGUCCUGAAUGAGGAGAUGACCUUAAAGUACUGAUCGGUAACAUGAUAUUCUUUGAGCAAUAUUAUUACAAAUACACAUUUUGUUUUCAAUCUAGUCAUUAUUUUUACAUUUAGUGUGUCUACAAUACUUUUCUUAGACGUUGUUAAAAUAUGUCAUAAAGUAAGUCACAAAUAAAGCUUUGGUGGCCAAGUGUAACACUAUGUUCUAGUGAGGUUGACUAGGUGACAUGUUUUAGUGAUCUAAACCAAAUUUUACCAGAUUCUUUUAUACUGUCAGAAUCUUGACCUCAAUAACCGUCCAACUGUGUUUUUUGUGCAUAAUACAGACACACUCAGUAUAUAUUAUACUAUGAAAGUGGGUCGUGGGACAUCGUGCCUCUCGGGAUUAUGUUAGAACAGCAAACACCAGUAAACUUUGACAAAAUGAUAGGCUUUGCUUCUACUCAAUUUUUGUGGACAUUAAGUGACCUGUUAAUUGAAGGCAGAUUUUACAAUCAGAUUGUUCCAUUUACACCUACUGGAUUUCAGAUAGUGAUAAAUAUAUUUUACUAGAGAAAGUCUCUUUGUAUUCCCAAGUCAUGAUUUUAAUUAUAUACUAACACACUUUCCAGAGGAAUUCAGAUAGGCGAAGAAAUGCUGUCAUAAAUUAAAUAUGCCUCAUGAAGUUCGGUGUACAUUAUGGCAUGAUGAGAUUAGCAGAUAUCCCAUAUGGGGCUAUUAAAUAAUGUCUGAAGUAGCUGCCUGGGCUUUUAUCUUCUCAAAAGUCAGCCGAGUAAUGACCCUUUUUUUUAGUUGGAGUUUACUGAAAGAUUCAUAGUCCAAGAGAGAGAUACAUUGAGCUCCAGAGAUAAACCUCUGGGACUAUUCAUUUUAUGAGACAGCCCAUUAUAUGGUAAAGUUCAAGAAUGAACCUUUAUAAGUUUAUAUCCAAUAUUCAAAGACGUAUUAAGGUAUGUAUCGUCUUCUCCCACAGACGCUGGAUGACCUAGAGGAACGAGUGAAGGAGGCUGGGAUUGAAAUUACAUUCCGGCAGAGUUUUUUCUCAGACCCCACUGUUCCAGUGAAGAAUCUCAAGGUAACUUUCCUGACAUUCCUUGAGUGCUUCUUAUCCAAUGCCCGAUGAUAGGAUUAGGUAGAUAUCCACACAGGGUAUGAAUUCCUUUUGUACACAUUACCAUUGAACAAAAUAGUGAAUAUAUUAUUUAUGGAGGGCCAAUUGUACAGCCUGGCAUUUUAAAAAAGCAGACCAGUGGGGCCUUUAAUUCAUCAACAAACAAUGACUUUUGUCUCUGCACGGUCUGCUUGGUGGUACUUGUGGUGAUCUGGUGCUGUGAAGUAUUUUAUUUCGGAUGGACGUCAAGUCCUGCAUCUUAACGAUUUCUUACCCAUGGUCGCUUCAGAUUAGCAGUCAAUGCACACAGAGCUUCUUUGUGAUACUAAUUGGGUUACCUCAUGUUACUUAACAUUUCUUUAAAAUGAAUCCAGCAACUGUCGAUGCAUGAAUGCCUCAUGAUUAUACAAACCUGAUCUUGUGUGCUAUAAAACAUUUGUUUUGUUAUUUCACACUUUCACUGUUUGUGUCAACCUUUCACCCUGUGCCUCCAUUCCUCUUUUUCAUUAGAAUUUUCUUAAUGAAUUCGCUUUUGAAACAUAUUUUUUUCCUUUUCUCUUGUAGAGGCAGGAUGCUAGGAUCAUUGUUGGAUUAUUCUAUGAAACUGAAGCACGCAAAGUAUUUUGUGAGGUGAGGAGAAUCUUUCAGUUGGCAUCUCGGCAACUGAACCUUUAAAUCCCUAACCAUAAAAUAAAUGGAUUGCCUGCAGUGCAGAUACGCCCUCCAUAAACCCAUUGUUUGUGUAAUCCCACCAUAGAGGUUUCCCAUAAACCCACAUGCCAGCAAUACUUUACAUCACAACAUGUCUUAAAUCUUCCACCAUAGGACCAUAUAACAUCCAGUUCGAUUACUCUGUUGCCUGUGGUAUUGCCCCCUACCACCAUAUAGGACAUUUGUUUGCCUCCUUCCCCCCCCCACUCCCAUUUUUUGUUUUGUUAGACUAAAAUUCCAGUUUCCUUUAAUUAAUGAUUGGUGGUUUAUUGUCUUUUGUUCUCCCCUUCUCCUAGUAAUAAUUUGUGUCCAUCCCAUGCAAAACAAAAACUCAGGAUCCACACAUGACUCCAGUUCUUGUGACCUUUUUAGAUUCUCUUCUUGGAAUUUGUACAUGUACGCUGAACAUCUUCUUUCAUGCUAUUAUCCCUCCUCACAGGUGUAUAAAGAGCGUCUCUUUGGUAAAAAAUAUGUCUGGUUUUUAAUUGGCUGGUAUGCAGACAACUGGUUUAAGACUCCAGACCCAGCCAUCAACUGCACAAUAGAAGAAAUGACCCGAGCCGUGGAAGGCCAUGUAACCACCGAGAUUGUCAUGUUAAACCCUGAGAAUACACGUGGUAUUUCCAACAUGGUAUGUGUGGCACCUAAGUAUCCCAAAAAUCCCAUGCAUAUGCUUUAACUUAUGCCGUCCAUCUCACUGUCUCUCACACACUGUUCUACCCUUUAUCUUUUUCACAGACGUCUCAAGAGUUCAUGGAAAAACUAGAAAGACGUCUAGGAACAAACCCAGAAGAGACUGGAGGUCUACAGGAAGCCCCUCUUGCCUAUGAUGCUAUCUGGGCUCUUGCCCUUGCACUCAAUAAGACUGCCCAUGAGCUGUCUAAAAAAGGACUACGCUUAGAAGACUUUAACUAUAACAACAAUAUCAUCAGUCAGGAGAUCUACAGGGCCAUGAACUCCUCCUCAUUUGAUGGUGUUUCUGUGAGUCUUUUUUUCUUGAUAAAUGUUAUUGUACCUUAUGGUCACACAUCCUUAUUGAUCGUACAUCCAUUCCCGCGGCCUGUAUUCUCUUCGUUCAUACAUCUCAUCACAGGUACACUUCUUUCAAAAGAACAGCACAGCAAUAUCGGUAUAUAGCCUCCUUACCUGUCGCCUCAUCUCCUUUCCUUUCAUUUCCUCUCUAAGUUGUUUCCGUGAUCUCAUUCUUAGAUCUUAUCCCUCUAGUGUAUGCCUUAUUUCUCUUAUCAGAAUUCUUGUUUGUUUUCCAUGGUCUGUGUUCAUUUCUCCAUCGCCAUAUCAUCUUUCCAUCACCCUCGUUUCUUUUCCAUAUGACAAACUCCACAAAACAAGUGAUCCAUCACUUUAUUCAUUCACUCACCUUGGUAUCAUCUAAUCUUAUCUGAAAUCAUUCUCCCUGGCUGCUUUCACUGCACAAUCUUGUAAACGUUGCACUGCUCAGUAGCACUUCAUAUAUUGCUUCCGUUAUUAGAUGUGGAAUGAUUGCAUUUUGCCAUCUUUCAGACAAGCCUGGGUGUAUAGUUUGUUUAUCCGACAGCUUUUGGACAGACCUGAGAGCAGUUUCUGCACAGAAUACGAGAACGAUUGAUGGCUUCUCUGGACGAUUAACUAUAAAAGAUAUUUUUGAAGGAGAAUUGGCUUAUUUUCUGUGUGCUGCCCAGCACGGAAUCUGUUAGCAAAGGAUCCUUACCCUUCAGUCCGUGGGUCCUUUCUUAAGGCUUUCAGAGUCAAGCAGCACACAAGAAUGAUUUUAGAGGGAGUACUCUGAUUGCUUAAGUUUUGGUACAUUCCAGUGAUUUCAGGGAUAUAUAUAUAUGUGUAUUUAAAACCUGCAACAGAAUAUAACUUGUCAUCUGGGUUAUACAUUAAAUAAGAAAUUAUGGCCAAACUAGUGGAGAUUGAUAGGAAUAAGAAUUCUGCCAGGAAAAUAACCGUCAAUGAAUUAUGAAUUUCCCUACGGAGCCUUUAAAAGUCAAGACCAGGGGUUGGUCUUUUAAUCCUCUCGUUAGCAAUGCUGAAGGAUAAGAGUUGACCUUUACAAGACUGCUUGGGAAUUUUGGAUGUGGCUAUUACCACCUCUGUCCUGCAAAGCAGCCCUAAGCUAUAGAACUGCUGGCAGAUCUCCUCUGCUCUCUGCUUGUUUAAAUAGUCCAGCGGUCCCCUGCCUCCAGGGCGUUGGAGAACGUCUAUGUUCAAAGCAGCUGUAGAUGAUUGUGAAUCUAUCUUAGCAGAUCACACAUUGCUUCCAAGGCUCUCUUUGCUUUUAACUCAGCUUGAGUGUCUAAGAAUCCUGCCCCAGGGAUAUUCCUUUAUGUGUUCUACUUGUUGGUUUGUGAGAACUUUGUGGUUAUGUAUUGUUAAUCAAUUGUUAGAUGGGAGAGAUAUCUUUUGCUUUAUUAUUCAUUGCUACAUUUAAAUCCUUCUCUUGUUAACCUCUUGUUAUUUGGUAUGGUACAACAGAUUUCACUUAGACCCUUUCUCCAGUAUAACGAAAUGUAGCUUGCUGAUUGUGUGGGUUUUGGGAAGGUGCCAGGUGCCCCGCUCCCUCCUGUCGACGUUAUUAGCAAGGAUAAUUCAAACUCUGUAUUGAGAAAGUUGAUGUAGAUCAUGUUUCGGGAAUCUCUGAGGAUGCUAAAUCUUUAUUUAUGGUAUAUUGUCUAUUUUAAAGUAACAGAGGAUGGUAGCAAUGAAUUAAGUUUUGUGGAAGCAUUUCUGUUUUGUUUUUUUGGGGGGGGGGGGAGGAAGUAUCGUUAGUUAGAUUUGAGAGCACAAGAACUGUUUGAGACACAAUACCCAUCCUUUCCAAAAACAGCAGAGGCCACAUCUUCCAUUUCAGAGAGAUUGUCUCUGAUAUAUGUUAUCAAAUAGUACAUGGUGAUCUGGAUUAAAAACACGGCCAACACUGCUUUAAAACAUUUCUUUUGUGUGAGGCACAGGCAUGUAAGGAACUCAUUAGAUUUGCUCGGUUUAUUGACUGGUAGAUUUUCUGCUGUUUUGGUAUCUGUCUCCUGGAUAUUAAAAUAUCCAUGGCAAAAAAUACAUGAGUUAUUUUCUUAAUCUGUAUAACGUAAUUUUCUUCACGUAGGUAAUUUAUCUAUUUGGCAAUAACAUGGUCUGUCCAGGUUGUCCUCUGCUUCCUUGUGAUAAUGGAUAAUGUCAUAAUCUGUUGAAUACUUCCCACCUUCAUCAUCUGCUCUAUUAUAUCUUCCAUUCACAAUCUACUGCAACUUUAUCUUCUACAAUGUCCUUCUACAAAUUUCCUUGAUAAUCUACUGGACCCCGAGUUUCUCAGAUGUCUUUCUAGAUAUUCUCUCCAUAAUCUACUGCACCCAGAGCUUCAUUCUAAAUCAUGACUAUCGGUGAUGUCCCUUCAUCUUUCUUUUAUAACCUAAUCUUUCCAAUGUGAUUUAACAUCUACAGUUGUUAAUCUUCUCUUGGAUCCCAGUGCUCUCCAUGUCCUCUAACAUGUAGGCUGUUGCAUGCAGUCUUUAUCGAAGUCUUCAUCUGUCAUCUCCUAACCUUGCCUAUUUUUUGGUUUUGUCCUUUGAUAGUUGUAUCAUCUUAUCUCUUCCAGGAUCCUCUCGUUCUUUAUGACUCACUGCUGCUUCUCUCUUCCUCUUUAUUCCAUCAUCUCUAGGGUCAUGUGGUUUUUGAUGCCAGUGGUUCUCGUAUGGCCUGGACCCUCAUUGAGCAGCUUCAAGGUGUGUGAUUUCAGUCAGCAAUCACAGAGUGGUUUCCUAGCUUUGCAGGAGAACAUUUAUAACAACAUAUUGUAAAGAUAAGAGAGUAGGUUCUACAAAUACACAAGUUAUUAUAGAACUCCUGAUAUUGGCCUGGGAUCAAACAUGCUCUCGUUGUAACAGAUGCAAUACUGAAGCAAUAAGCAUUAACUGUAAAGCUUGCUUUCUGAUUGGUGUCUUGGGCAAUGAAGUGCUUAUGGUACAAUGCAAGGGAAGAUCAGCGGCAGCCAUUGUUGGAUUUAGGGCGAUAAUUAAGCCUCAUUGCAAUUCCUCUUAGUGGUAACGUUGCAGUGAAAGGUGAUGGGGUUAGAUAAGUGGUUGGCUGCCUGAGGUAUGUGAGAGUUGCAGUUUGUAAGGAUCAGGUUUCAGGUCUUGCAGAUACUGGGCAGAGCGCACAGUGAUGGGUUAAUAGAUCCAGAGGUACAUGUUAAUUAGGAACCGUUACCCGCUAGAUCUCUCUCUCCCUGCCCACCUUUUCUCCCUGUCUCCUUGUCUUCCCAGCUCUCUAUUUCCCUCCUUUUCUAUUUAAUUCGAUUUUCUCUUGCUUUCACUGAUUUUCCUUCCUGACUCUUUUCUUUCUCUCUCUUCCCAGGUGGCAUUUACAAGAAGAUUGGGUACUACGACAGCACAAAGGACAACUUAUCCUGGUAUAACAAUGACAAAUGGAUCGGUGAGUGUGGCUUUAUAUAGAGUAUCAUUUCUCAAAUACUGAUACAGCACUCUCAUCCAGCAGUCUCGCUCCCCCUGCCCUUUUCUUAUUCCAGUCAAGGGCUGUCUCCUUAUCACUUGUCAUCCUCUUUCUUCUCUUGUUAAUGUCUUUCAUUUUUCCCCAUGCAUUUUAUACCAUAUCACCUGUAGUCUAUUUUUCAUCCUCAUUCACACAUUUACUACGCCUCAAUCUCUGUGUUCAACUGUCGUGCUCGGUGUUCUCGUCUCUGUUCUAAAAUCUGCCUUCUUUGUGUUUUUUUGCAUUUUGUUCUCAUUCCAGUAUUUUAAGUCCUUGUCCCCUUUAACAUUGCGUUGGUCUCUCCCAGGGGGGUCUCCACCCGCUGACCACACCAAGGUCAUCAUCACUUUUCGCUACGUGUCUCAGAAACUCUUUAUAUCCGUCUCAGUCCUUGCUGGUCUUGGGAUACUCUUGGGGUUCAUUUGUCUCUCAUUCAACAUCUACAACAGUCAUGUGAGGUAAGUGUCACUGUAGGUGCCUCUCAGGGAAACUCCAGGAAGCUAAAAUAGUUUGUAGGGUGCAAUUAAAAGAAAAAAAGAAUGUAUUCAUGUUCAAGAGUGAAAAACAGCCCUUAGACCCAAAGGGUGGAGCUUAAAGUGGGCAACAAGGUUAAAGCAGAACUGUCACUUUUAACCCUGUUUACUGGAGUGAGAAGUGUGAUAAAAGAAGCUAUAAAGAACAUUCUUACCUCUGCAACAUUUCACUGCUCCCUUCCCAUGAUGCUUUAAGAGUUUGCAUGCCUUCUCAGAUAUUCCUUCCAUGUUGUUGUAUAUGGUGUCAUUCAAGCAGUAGGCCUGUCCUGCUGUAAAGCUAGUCAGAAUGCAAGUUAGGAGUGAAUGAAUGACAGAGAGCGUCAGAAAGAUUCUGGUUUUUUUUAGACACACGAAUCAAACAUCACAAACUGAAAAAACAUCAAAAUGUAUUGUUAAUCCUAAUACUGAAAAGUAAACAUAUACUAGCUAAUGUCAAGAUUAAUUCAUAAACUAUAAAAUUUACGGAAUAGUUUUAAUGUGUUUUAUGGUGGACAUUUCCUGGUGGGGUCUAUCCACUAAACUGUCAACUUGCGAAACUUUAACCGCAAAUGGUAGGAAAAAAAUAUCAACCUAUUUUUCCAGUUUUACUCUUUUAGCCAAAGUUUUGUGUGUGGAUUAUUACUUCAAUAUUUAAGGAAUAGCCUCCAUGGUUAUAGUUAUGGCAUUACGUUCCACAAUGAAUAGGUUUAAUACCUAACUUAUUAACUUUAGUAAUUUUAAUGUAAUUAAAAAAACAAACAGUGUUGACAUGAUAAAUCUAUUAUUGCUCACUAGUUAAUAAGCAUUUCAUGUAAUCAGAACUGCGUUAAGUAGUGGUUGUAAUAUAAUUAGAGAGCAGCCAUUGCCCUACUUUCAAGCGUUCCUGCUCAGAGAAUGGUCUCGUGAAAGGCUGUCUCUUUCAGGUACAUUCAGAACUCUCAGCCCCACCUGAAUAACGUGACUGCUGCGGGAUGUAUCCUUGCUCUCGCUGCGGUGUUCCCGCUUGGUCUCGAUGGUCAUCACAUUGAAACUUGGCAUUUCCCUCUUGUUUGUCAGGUGAGAGACAGCACAACUAUAUAAUAAAAGAAAAUGGAAUCCUGGAAAAAUGACAUAGUGUAAGCAGGUAUUUCUAUAUAUGACUGUAGCAAAAACAACCAAUUUAUGAUAAAACCAGCUGUAUAACAAAACUAGCAAUAGUAUGAUAUAUAUCUUUAUAUGACAAAACUAGCUAUGGUAUAAUAAAACAGACAUAAUAUGAUAAAACUAGGUAUGGUGUAAUAAAACAUUCAUUAUAUGAUAAAACUAGAUAUGGUGUGAUAAAACAGCCAUAAUAUGAUAAAACUAGGUAUGGUGUAAUAAAACAUUCAUUAUAUGAUAAAACUAGCCAUGUUCUGAAAUAUGUCCUUAUAUUACAAAUACAGCCAUUAUAUGACAACACUAGCCAUAGUAUGAUAAUUUAAAUAAAUAUAUGAUAAAACUAGCCAUAGUGUAAUAAUAUACAUAUAUAUAUAUAUAUACAUCUAUUUAUUCGCUAAAACUAGCCAUAUGUGAUAAUAUAUAUUAUUAUAUGAUAAAACUAGCCACGUGUGAUAAUAUAUAUUAUUGUAUGAUAAAACUAGCCAUAGUAUGAUAAUAUAUAUUAUUAUAUGAUAAAACUAGCCACGUUUGAUAAUAUAUAUUAUGUGAUAAAACUAGCCACGUGUGAUAAUAUAUAUUAUUGUAUGAUAAAACCAUCCAUAGUAUGAUAAUAUAUAUUAUAUGAUAAAACUAGCCAUAGUAUGAUAAUAUAUAUUAUUAUAUGAUAAAACUAGCCACGUGUGAUAAUAUAUAUUAUGUGAUAAAACUAGCCACGUGUGAUAAUAUAUAUUAUUGUAUGAUAAAACUAGCCAUAGUAUGAUAAUAUAUAUUAUUAUAUGAUAAAACUAGCCAUAGUAUGAUAAUAUAUAUUAUUGUAUGAUAAAACUAGCCAUAGUAUGAUAAUAUAUAUUAUUGUAUGAUAAAACUAGCCAUGUGGGAUAAUAUAGCAUUAUAUAAACUAGCCAUGAUAUAAUAAAACUCUGUUUGGCAUAAAUAGCCACCAUAUUAUUAAUAAAUCAGAUGCUAUAUAACAGAAGCGCCCCCGAUAUACCAAAAACAAACACCCUUCUGCUUCUCGCUUUCCAUCAUUUUUCCCCCUUUCCUCUGUGGCUUUGUUUCCUGAUUCCUGUCUUUAUGUCCACAGGCACGGAUCUGGCUCCUGGGCCUGGGUUUCAGCCUGGCCUAUGGCAGUAUGUUCACUAAGAUCUGGUGGAUACACACCGCAUUUACUAAGAAGGAUGACAAGAAAGAGAGGAGGAAGGUAAGAUAUAACCUCUAUUCGAGUAAGAAACUAGAAAAUGAACACAAUGAGUAGAUGAAGAAUUAUUCAGAACAUUUCUUGUUUUGCAAUGUCUUUGCAUAUCCGAUAUAAUCUGCGUAGCGAAUUGUGAUAAAUGCUUAAUUGAACUUCAUUUUAUUCUGUCUUUAAAAAUCUAGUACAGAUCUUUUAAUAUGAGAUAGACGUCCUUUCUUUGCUUCUGUCAUUGCGUCAGCCUCCUGUCUCGCGUCAAUAUACCAAUGGCUCCUCUUAAUAAAGCCUCUCCUGUAAUAUGUCAUUGAAUUCUAUUAAGGGAAUCCUGGUUGUCCAGGCUAUAAAAUUCAUUCCUAGGGGCAGCAGAGAUAUCAAUGAAGUGCUGUUUCUGUAUUAAUCCUCAUUGGCUCAAGUUGAAAUCUGACUCUUUUUGUAUGAGUUUCUCUUACAUGUCUUAAGUAUGUGGGUGCCUAACGCAUGUCCUACAAGCACACGUUUGUGUUUCUAUACCAUAUUUCACGGGCGUGUAUCUACUUGUGUGUCCCUCCUACUUGUCUCUACAAGAUAAACUGGAGGCUCAUCUGAGGACCUUUACAACGAUGAGUAGUCAUAUAAUAAAAUGUGUGUGUGUGUAUAUAUAUAUAUAUAGCUAUAUCUAUGCUGUAUGUUUAUAGAUGGAAAUCUUGUGUACGAAAAGUUAAAACUUUAAAAGUUAAUUCUUUAAUUAACAUAUUAACUCAUGCCUCAUAAAUGUGCCGUUUAUUAGCAACAGUAUCUGCGUUGGGGCUCAAUCCCUCUGUCAGUGUGUCUUGAGUGCAUAGCAGAACUUACUCAAAGUGAAGAUUCUAAAAAGUGCCAUAGAUGUCAUGUAGACCGUGUCAAUAAGAUUCUUUGUUCUUCCGAAUUACAUUUUCAGUUACAUAGCUGGUUAGUAGUUGAUGAUCUAAAUUAAAGCAUUGUGGAAUAUUGCCACAUACUGGUCACAACCAUUGACACACCCUCUAAAACAAACGUGUUUUCUUUAGCCCCAAGAAAUUGUUGGGAGGUUUGUAUUAACCUAUAUUAUGAUCCUUGAAGGCACCAACAGUGGUGAAUUUGUCUUUGUAAGUAAUCGGUAUACACAAGAUGUUAUUUUGGGAUGUAUAGAAGCAUGAUUAAGGUCUCCUGCAUCCCCCAGUGGGAUGUACAGAAUCCUAGUUGUUUUAUUGUAUAUUUCAUUAGACCAACAUGCUCUACUUAAACACCAGCAGGGGGCGGUAUUACAGGGAUGGGGAUAUAGCUGUCAUUCAGAAUCUGCUAAGGAUGAGUCAUAUCCUGUCCAGCAGUGCGUCACAUGGAGGGGAUAAGAGCAGCGUUCACCCCUAAUCAUGUAGAAUGAGUCACCUCCUGUAGACAUGCGGCAGAGCUUCCUUUGGAGGGAGAUUGGGGCGUAAAACAAGUGGUGGGGGUCAAUUAUAAAGAGAGCCAGCUGGUAAUGAUGGAUAUAGAUGGUUUGCAAGGAGACAGCGAAAGCUAUGGUGACAGACUCGGAAAUAGAGGGGAAACUUGGGGAUCUGAGAACGAAUGAGAGAGACCUGGAGAGUAUUAGGCUGUGUGUAUUGUUUGUGAGCUAGUCGCAAGAACAUGGGAGAAAUAUUGUACUGCACAAUGGGACCCUUAGAACAUGGCUACAUUAAUCAGCUGUAAUAAAGAUUGUUCAAAAAGUGGAAUGUGUUCUUAUCGAAUGUACCUGGAAUGAUUAUUUUGUGAGCAAGAACUAUACCAGAGGAAGCUAGCAAAUAGCUCGCCAGCAGUUCAGGAACUGCAACUCCCACGAUCCUUUGCCGGGAUGCAGGGCUUGCAAAACAUCUAGGGAACUUUAGUUCUUUAACAGGAGCACUACCAAUUCUCUACUUCGAACCCUGGCUAUGCUGAAACUAAAAAAUUAUCUUUACAAUUUGGUAGUUAAUUGCUUUGAAUUUCAAGUUUUGCUAGCACUGCAUGCUGUGACAUCGCAGCUCUGCCACGUAAGCAAAUGAACUGCAGCGGGUAGGACCUUAAUUCAUUAGCUUACAAGGAUCGGUAGUGAUGACAUAAGGAGCCGACAGAUUGAAAGCCAUUUUUUUUUUGUAUUUCAUCUCCACCAAAUUGCCACCAAAUGUCUGUAACUGCAGGAGGGAUUAAGGCGGAGGGACGCUCUGUAGGAUGCAGUGUUGAGUAGAAGCUUUCGCAUUGGGUUACCAUAGCAACAGACAGCAACGCAAUGCAGAAACCCCAUAUCUGCACCUAUUAUUUCCCCUCCCCCUUGUAUUCUGGGCAGUAUAAAGUGAAAAAAACUAGGAUCAUAGCUCCUCUUAUUUAUAAUCUACGCCAAGCCUUAGCUAAAGCGGAACAACGUCUGCUCCAGUGAUAUUGUGGAUGUUGGCAGGUUAAAUGCAUUAUAUGCCGGCCAUGCAAGCACUGCAGUGGUUGCACAUUGAGAUUGGAUUGUGGCCUGGGUCUCAAUGUUCCCUCUAAGGUCAGAGAUCCCGGUGUGGUCUAAUAAGAAUCCUCUUUCAGCAUUCCUUGGAGGUAACAUAGCCAAGCUUAUACUUACCCAUCUCACUGCAGUAAUGGCCCCAAUGCCCAGCAAACCGGGUACGUCUAGUUAACAAUGUUUGCACAUGCCCCAAAUGGGAUGGCGAAUAGUUAACACAUUUGGGGGGUUGAUUCAUGGAAGAGCAAAUUGUAUUGCAUAGAUUUCUGAUUUGCAAAAUGUAUUUUGAAAUAUUUAAAGGUGAAAAAAAAACCUUGUCAGACCCAGCUACCUUUCCAAUGUAGCCGUUUUAGUUUAUAUCAUGGCUGGCUAUGGCUGUGACUGAGAGAGAACUAUGGGGGCUGUAGUCCAACAACACAUUUGCUUUAAAUGUUAUGAUUUGUGUGUCAAUUUAAUGCAAUUCAUUUUUUUUAGUUCCCUAAGGCAGUGGUGGCAAGCCCUGGCACUGCAUAGUUAUACAAACUACAUUGAAAAAAGACUGUCAUUCAUUUAAGUAAGAAUUGUGUCUUCCGAAUUCAGUCCAAAAUAGCCAACUAACAGAAUUUUUCAAAGUUGGCUAUUGCCGCCUACAUUUUUAAAAAAAUCCCUUUAAUUUCCCUACAGUAGGGGUAGACAACCUCCGGCAUUCCAGAUGUUGUGAACUACAUCUCCCAUAAUGCUGGCAAAGCAUCAGUGGAGAUAUAGUCCACAACAUCUGGAGUGCCGGAGGGUGCCUACCCCUGUCCUAUAGUGUAAUAAUAAUAAUCCCUAUAGUGAAUCCAACUCCUAUAUCGCGGUAUGGAUGUGUAAUGUACCUUUCUCCCGCUAACAUAGAAGUAAACUUUCUGAUUUCUUGUGAUAUAUAACUACAUAUCCCAUGAUACUCCUGCCAGGCACAUGGACGGUACUGCUGGUCCUGUGGCUUUGGAUUUUGAAGCAGAUCGAUUCCUACUGGUUAUAUAUCAUCCUGAGCAGACUGUUUCUGUCUUUUAUUUCCUGGAAUCAGAAAUGUUUCCAUAUCUCGUGCUUUACUAGUGUAUAACGUCAGCAGCCUUUGUCUCUAUAUUUUUCGGCAGGCUUUUUUUAGAACAGGGCGUAGCGAUUACCUAGUUUUUUUUCGUCAGAGCUGCACUUUUUACCUGUAUUGGUGUUCACACCCUAAAGUUCAAUGUGCUGGUUGCUGAUAAGUUUGAUUGUGUUGUUGGACGACAUUUCUUGCUUGUUUGUUUUUUUGUUGUUUUUUCUUUCUUUUUAUAAAAACCUGAAAACCCAGUUCUUAUUGUGACGCUAACCUGAUUCUCAGUCCCUGCAGUACAAUGCAAGGCAAGACCUGAUUCCUGGCACAACUAUGUUGUUAUUGAUGACUUUCUAAGCAGGGAGUGUCAACUUCUAGCUCUACCUGGGAAUUCUGGGAGUUUAGAGUGUCAGCGACCGCCAGUCUCCCAAUCCUCUCCUGUCCCUUAAUGUGGCCUAUGUUGCUACAGCUCAGAGUAUUUUGAGAAUUGUAGUCUUUUGUAGUCCAGCAAAAGCUGUAGAGCAACAAUGAACACCCCUGUUAAGCUUGCAGACCACUCACUUAUUGAACAACUCCCAGGAUGCUCAAACACCUCUUUCUUUUAGAGUGAUAGCUUAGCAUCAUGGGCCAUUUAUUUAUAUCUUCGAUGGGAGCUGCCUGCUGCUUCCUGGUCACAUAUCACAUAUACAAACUGAUGGUCUGUGCAUGAAAUGUGUUACCCUGCAUUGUGGCCCAUUCAUAUCAUACAGGAAGGUAAUUCAGUCAUUAAUCAUAGAGGGAUCCCACAGGGGCAGCCCUGACUAGGCCAUGGAAUUCUCUCUUGCGUCAUGUGGAUGCUACGUGCUACAGGGCAGAAUGUUUCAUGUGCAGCCCAUCACGGAGAUAAAGUAAUAGAAUGCUAGGGAAACAUGGCAGAUCUGGCAUUCUCAGUCUACUGGCUAUUGAAAUAAUAAAUCAGUAAUUUAACAACUUUAACUCUAUGUAAAUAUACACAGCUCCAAGCCAUGUAUAUAGUCAUCUACUUUUAUAUAGAAAAUCAAAACAAAUAUGUGGGAUACGGCUGGACAAAACUAAAAAAGGAACAUAAACAAAAUAUAGUGUAAUACAGUAAAUACAGUCAGUUAUGCGCCACACAUAAGUGCACUCAAGAUUGCGGUAAAUAAAGCGCUCACAAGGUGCCUCCCCCGAAGUUGUGGGGGGCUAUUUGUCCCACUCUCCACUAAGGUAGCAGAUGUUACACAGGACUCCAAUAGAUGAGAGUAAAAAAAUCAGCGAUUUUAUUUUGUUAAAAGGUGAACAAUCACCGUCAGCAUAGGAUAAAAUAAAAGAACAAUUGGUCCUACGCGUUUUGUUUCAAAAGGAACUUCCUCAGGGACCACAACAGCAUUAAAAUUGAUCACAGUAAUAACCUGUAUGAAAAAACAUAUCCUAAUACCCCCCAUCUAAAAGUCCCUUUAAAUAGGGCUAAUCCCUGUGUCCAUUGGUGGAUCCGUGGGCGUUUCCCUUUAUCCGCAGCCUCAUUGGUGUGGGUACAAUACCCUCUCAGGUGUCCACAAUCCCAGCGUCUUCAUGCCAAUCAAAAUUGGCGCGUCCAUGCUCAACCUGAACCGGAAGUCUGUUGCUCGGCAACACUGGGAUAUAUGGGUAUACUACCCUCGGGUGGUCACCCACUUUAUCUUUUACAGAAGCAUUAAUGGGCGGAAUGAAGUCCUCCUCUUUUGUAUCAGCAUCAGCACCCAAAAUACUAAGACUGGGGAUGUGCCAUACUAAAUGUCUUGGCAUUCUCAAUUUAAAGUGGAUCUGUCACCUCAAACUUACCCUUUUCAUAUUGUUUCCUCUUCUCUUCCUCUUCACAAUCUGUUCUUCUUUUCUUCUUCUAGGGACUACUUUGUCCUAUGUGCUUUACCUACACUUGGCAAUCUUGUCAAGCUAAAUAAGGACAAAGCUUGCCUUACACUCCACCCUUUGCUAAGAAUGCCAAGCAUAGAAAAAUACAUAAGCAUACUAGAUCAGAAAUGAAGGGAAGAUGAACAGUUUCUGAAAGGAGAAAGGCAAGUUUGAAGUGACAGAGCCACCUUAAUUGGCAUUAUUUUUUAAUAAGGGGAUCAGUUCCCUUUAAGCCUAUUUGACACGCCAGCUGUGUAAUUGAACUAAUUAAUUGCUGGUCCUAGUAUAGAUUCAUCCCGUUGGGAAUGUGUUCUGCUUCUGAAUUUCAUUUUCUGCAUCGCUCAGAUUAUUAUCCUUUAGGUUUAAUCACAACAUCCUCCAAUCGGCUGACUAGAAAGCAGGCGUUGCGAAUUCUUAAUUAUCAUUGUAUCAAAGAGCGAGACGGACUGGUUGGCCAGUUUCAUGGCUCAUGCCUCUUGCUAGGGCAGCUGUGGAGCCAGAUGUGACAGCGUACCUGGGAUGUGUUCUCUGAUCCCUGUGUGCUCGGCCUCUGUUAAGCCCGAGGCUGGCUCUGUCUGCAGAGAUACAGCCCCAGCAUAGUGAAGCUGUUGUGCUUGAACCUACCGUGAAACAAUCGUAACCCAAUUCUGUCAAUUCUCCUUGCUUUGUAAAACAAUCCGGGCAGCGAAUCACUUGCAUCCAAAAAAACAAACUGAUCUUUCCAGCUUCCUUACUUAUUAAUAGGAACUUUAACACCAGCAAUGAGAACUCUCCUUCAUUCCACCCCAAUAUAAAGAGAAAGCUAUUAUAUAAUAAGCUAUUCUUAAUUUUUAUACAGCCGAAACCAUACAGGCUGCAGAUCAGCGAUACUCAGUCACCUUCCAAUUGUUGGCAGACUGUAAGGCCCAUCAAGCUUGCCAGCUGGCUUCUGUGGUUUUUGGCUGCCACAGAGGAGUAGGGGUUUCUUGUUUUGUGUUAACAGCUGGAGAUUAGGUAUUUUACCUACCCUGGCAAAAGAGAUCUACCCUCUACGUGAGUAUCAUAAACGAACUCAGACAUACAAACCCUAAUGGAAACUUUGUGGGGCAUUUUUUAUUAAACCAAAUGUUGUGGAGUUUUGACAAAAAUUGGAAAACGUACCCAACUCAGCAGUUAUACCAGCUCGGCCGUAUUGGGUUAGAAUUUGCAAUUUCGUCAUCAAUCUUUUUUCACAAUUGUCAGUUCAUAGAAAAUAUCCCAGUUUAUAUUCUUUUAUAGAUUAUAUGCAAUUAAUUUGCUGUUGGCAGAAGGGCGGUAUAUAAAUAUUAUCUGUGACCUAGCAACAUUUUCAAAUCAGAACAACGUGCUUCUGAAUGGCGGUGGGGAAUGCAUUUGUUCCUCCGAGGCAUUCCCUUCAUCCGUGACAUUAUCCCCCUAACCUUUCUCUAUAACAAAAAUGUUCUUAAACUACAUUCCAGAUGUGUCUAUAAUGUGUUUAAAAAAAGAGAGAGAUUAUUUUGAUACACGUGUUACUUUUCUCCAAUGAUUUAACAAUGUUCAUGCAAGUGAGGGGCACACUUAAUUUGUAACGUAUCAUAGAGAAUUUAGGUGGAGGAGAAUAGGGAAGUGACCGUGAAAAAAGCUAGCUGGGGAGGAGAAAGUAUAAACUGAUGAAGAUAAGGAAUAGGACUGUAGUUAGAAUGAAAUCGACUGAUGUAGAGGGGAAAGAGAGACUAGCUGACAAGUAGUGGGAAGUGGCCUGUUGGGGGAAAAAACGGUCAACAAAGACUGAAAAGUGACAGAAAUUAAAGAAAAAAUGUGUGUAUAAUGGAGGACACGGGUAAAUGCAGUAUGGAAUAUGAAUAGAAAAUCAAUGAUAAAAGUGUAAGGGUGAAGUAAGAGAGACUGGCAAAGAUGGACCCUAGAGAGGUUUAAGAAACGGAUGGGAAGUGUAUGUGACGCACCCAAGGGGGCAGCAAAAUGGAUUUUUGCCUAGGGCAGUAAAAAGUCUUGAAUAGGCUCUGUUUAUGAGGCGUUAAUGGUGAUACUUUAUCCAGACAAAACAUAAAUAUAGCGUUCUAGCAUUGUAAGCAAAAAAAAAAAAACAUUAAGCAGGUCUGUCAAUUUAGUCUCUAUGGCUCUGAAGACAGACGUAGUACAGAAAUAGCCUUUCUGUUGCUAUAGGAACAAAGAGUCAGGCUUAGCCUGAAGAGCUCUGGCAUUGACGAGAUAGUUAUCUGGAGUAGGGUGCGCUGUGCCAACAGUGUGUCUUCACCUUAACACCCACCAUCAUCCACACACUUUGGCCAUUGUGGAGACUUUGCUCAUUUCUGACACCCCUCCACACAUGGUGAAGCCCAGACGAGAUGUAGGUAGAUUGGUUGGUACAUGAUGGGCUGGUCCAGAAACGGGGUCCUAGCUAGACAUAGCAGAUUGGUGAAGGUGCAGACUAAAAAGAAGGUGCAGACUAAAAAGGCCAAACAGGAUCAGGCUGGAUGCAUAGUCUGGUAAUGACUGGGUCAGUAAUGGAAUCAUGCUGGCCUACACAAGAACUGGGACAGAGACAUCGCAAUGUCCAUGUCAAAAUGGCCACACUGUGUGCUACAUUGUAAAGACAAGUACCUUGCCCUUUAAUGGACAAAUGUAUAAUAUCCAUCAUUGGACGUCACUGCUCCUUUAAUUCUUUAACUCGUCUACCACUUUAGCACGCACGAGGCACUGUGAAGCUGAAUCAAUAUGGAAGCAUUCAUUUCUGCGUGUUAUCUUUGAAGACGUUUUUCUGUAUUCAAUUUUUUUUUGUUUUAUCUCGCUACUAAAAUCUGCCACUGCUUAUUGUGUGCAGGAAAAUGACAAAGGAACUAAAAAUUAAAUUGAAGAUUAUUUUUUUUUUUUUUUUCGCUGCCAAGAAUAAGACAAUGAAGAAUCAAUCGGAAUAGGAAGAGCGACAAGAUUUUAUAAAGCACAGAAAUAAAAUAUAAAAAAAAAAGGCACAGAUCUCCCUGUGGAUAUUUGGGGGUUUGUUCACUAAACAGUGAGUUGUACUGAGCUGACAAUCAGUGUGUGUGUGUGCGUGUUUGUGUAUGUUGGUGGGGUGUUGAGAGAGAUUGUGACUACAUAAAAAAUUGGAGGCAACACAUCUCGAAGUGACUUGUUUGAUUUGAAUAUUUUAAAUGCAUUAUUUUGUACGUAUGUUUACACCUAAUGAUUAAGGAAUCCAUUACUCAUGUUUUGAUAUCGGGGGUGCCUGAGGCAGACGGGAGUUGGACUCUUUGAAUUUUCAUUUCUUACAAGUAAAGGGUAGUCUUGGCCUGCUUGUGUUUAUUACCCUGUACCUGUCUUUACUCCAAGUUGGAAAUGCCCAACUCCUUACACAACCUACCACUGCAAUAUACCAGGAGGGUUGUUUUAUUUAUUUUUAUUUUUAAUAUAAUCUUUAUUCAUACAGUCAGCUGAGUAUCUAUCAAACUGUUUUCCAAUGGAGAGGAUUGACUAAGAAAAAAAACAAAGACAAGUUCAAAUGGAAACUAAACACACUCUGCAGCGAGAUGAAUGCAAUGCGUAACACACUAGGAGAUUGCGUGCAGACAGGUUCCUGACACCUAUUGUCUAUAGGAAACUUCUAUAGUAACUAAACCUGCCUAAGGAUUACAUGAAUUUGUUUUACAUGUUUAGUGUAGCGUGGCACAAUCCCCAGAACAGCCCACACUAUAUACUUAGAGAAACAUCCCAAACGCCCACCACCCCUAUCCCCAUUGACUGUCUACAGGUUUCCCAUGAUCCCCUAUAUUGCUGUCUGAAUCCAUAACUGGGGUUACUGAGAUCUAUCCUAAAUCAUUUCCAGGCGAUGGCCCAGUGUUUCAGUAACCAUGUUUCAUUCAUUCCAGGCAAUGGCCCAGUGUUUCAGUGACCAUGUUUCAUUCAUUCCAGGCAAUGGCCCAGUGUUUCAGUGACCAUGUUUCAUUCAUUCCAGGCAAUGGCCCAGUGUUUCAGUGACCAUGUUUCAUUCAUUCCAGGAAAUGGCCCAGUGUUUCAGUGACCAUGUUUCAUUCAUUCCAGGCAAUGGCCCAGUGUUUCAGUGACCAUGUUUCAUUCAUUCCAGGAAAUGGCCCAGUGUUUCAGUGACCAUGUUUCAUUCAUUCCAGGCAAUGGCCCAGUGUUUCAGUGACCAUGUUUCAUUCAUUCCAGGCAAUGGCCCAGUGUUUCAGUGACCAUGUUUCAUUCAUUCCAGGCAAUGGCCCAGUGUUUCAGUAACCAUGUUUCAUUCAUUCCAGGAAAUGGCCCAGUGUUUCAGUGACCAUGUUUCAUUCAUUCCAGGCAAUGGCCCAGUGUUUCAGUAACCAUGUUUCAUUCAUUCCAGGCAAUGGCCCAGUGUUUCAGUGACCAUGUUUCAUUCAUUCCAGGCAAUGGCCCAGUGUUUCAGUGACCAUGUUUCAUUCAUUCCAGGCAAUGGCCCAGUGUUUCAGUGACCAUGUUUCAUUCAUUCCAGGCAAUGGCCCAGUGUUUCAGUGACCAUGUUUCAUUCAUUCCAGGAAAUGGCCCAGUGUUUCAGUGACCAUGUUUCAUUCAUUCCAGGCAAUGGCCCAGUGUUUCAGUAACCAUGUUUCAUUCAUUCCAGGCAAUGGCCCAGUGUUUCAGUAACCAUGUUUCAUUCAUUCCAGGAAAUGGCCCAGUGUUUCAGUGACCAUGUUUCAUUCAUUCCAGGCAAUGGCCCGGUGUGUCCAAACUCAAGGAAACAUGUUUCCGCAGCUAACCCAGAGUUCCUAGCUGGACAUGCAGAUGAGCAGCACAGACUGCCAUUGAGUUUUUGGCUCUUUUUGGGGAACUUUUCAUGAUUGUUACAUGUGUAUUUACACCAGUCAUUUAGAACAAUACCAAACUAUAUUUUAUGAAACUCCUUUCUUAACACACUUACUCCCGUAUCAUUACAGUAACUUUUACUGCUGUGAUACACACCACACAUUACUAGGAGAUAAUUAUUGUAGUACACUCGCAUACAUCACACCAAAUCCUCGGCAGCUGUGAUACACUCAGACACCCCACAUUAUUGUGAGCCCUUUGCUGUGAUAUGUAGUGGCCUCCCAGGGUAACAGUCACUUCUCAAACCAAUCUCUUACUUUCUCAGCUUAGUUAGUGGUCCACGUUCAGACUCUACUUCAUUCUCGCCUUCCAAUUCUUCUACUUCCCCACCUGUCACUCGGUUCCAAGCCCCCACACUGCCCUUCCUGUUGUUAUAAAACCCCACCUGCUCUAGGUUGUAAGCUCAUUCGAGCAGUGUCCUCAUCAGCCUACUGUUCUUCCCACAAUUUGAAAUAGUUUGUCUCAUUUGUUGUGAGAGUACCUUUUUAUUUAUGUUGUAAAAUGCUGUGGAAUAAGUUGGCGUUAUAAAAAUGCCAAUAAUAAUAAUAAUAAUAAUAUACACCACACAAGGAGGAAGAACCUUAAAGUAUAAAAGAAGAAGAGAGGUAUAUGGUUAUUAUAUAUUUGCAUGCAUAUUGACUCAUGAUCUUCCCAUUCCUGUAACUUGAUGUUGAGUCAUUUGAUUGUUUUCCAUAAGGAAGUUAUGGUUCGAUAGAAGUGUAUUGCAUUAUUGCCGAAGGGUUCCAUGGUUUGGUAGUUCUAGGUAUAUUGUGGUCUUACAGGACUCUAGGGCGGUUAAAGCUGCCAACACAACACAUUGCUAUAAGAUAUAUGAAGACCUUGGUCAACGGCAGUCACCGUGGCUCCAAGCACCCAACGCUCUGUAACCUAAGCAGAAAUCACUAGUAUUCAAGAGAAGAGCUGCUCGUGGAACAUCUUGACAAUUGACUGCAAAUAGUCAUCCACUUCCCUUUUGAUUUCUCUUAGAAAAUUGCCAGAUAUUUCAGAGUUCUAGUAGUGAAAGUCUGGAGUGGAUAAUAUAAUGAUGGAAAUGUUCUUCAGAAUACGAGGUGACCAUUGUAGACAGGCUAACAUAGCAAAGGCGGCUCUGGAUUGCCACUAAAAUAUGAUGCUUCUUUAUUGAGAACAAUUAUUUCUGCAGCUUUUUCAGACUCCCAAUCGCUUGAACUGAUUAUUUCUUAGAUCGCAGAACCCCUGGAGCCUGAGUGGAACUUGGCUGCUGAUGGAUCCUGUGCGACUUUAAAUCACCAAUGGGUUCCACCCACAGAACGCUUGCUGCAGCAAUGCAAAACUGUGCGUUCUAAUAAUAACGUCUGCGCGGAAAUCAAUCGCGGCAUUCAGUAGAAACAAUUGUUUUAUUCAGUAUCCGCAGCUGCUUUAUUCAGUAUCGACAAUUGCUUUAUUCAAUAUCGACAGUUGCUUUAUUCAGUGUUAAGAUAACGGGGGUCCAGCAGCCCCCACAUCUUCUUGUGUAUGGUUUGUUGUUCUAUUUUGAUAAAUAAUACAUACGAUUUAUGUUUUUGUGUGUGUGUGUGGGUGUAUUUAUAUAUACUUGUAUGUAAGUAUAUCUCUGCUGAAUUGCUGUUUCUUCUAAUAGCAUUUUUAUUAACAAGUAUUGUCCCUUUGUGUUGUCAGUGUGAAGCACACUGCAAGUCAAACUUUUUUCUACAGUUGUAUGAAACUGGUAAACGGGAGCAGGGUACUUUAGGCCCCCUAAUAUCAUUGACCCAUACAAGAAGCAUAAGUUGUUAUGGUGCUUGGAUUGUCCCUUUAACCCCUUAAGGACCAAACUUCUGGAAUAAAAGGGAAUCAUGACAGGGUUAAGGAAUGUUUCUAACACUUCUUAUGCCCCUAGUAAUUGGAAGAGGCUGCUACUGCAAGUUUGAUGGGUGUCCUAACUAAAAUGUUCACAGUAAUAUAAAGGAGGAACUGUCAAUUCACAUUAUUUUACUAUUUUAUUUACUCAUCGCCUCUAUUUAAUGAAUUUUUUUGGGGGGAGGUCUAAAAUAUAAAAUCAAAUGUAGAAAUCGGCACCGCUGCAUUUACCUUAACCCUCAAACUGUGUGCCUCCAUUUUGGCUCUGUGUCAAUUCACAGAGGGAGAAGAUGAGGCGAAAUACAAACAAUGUUUCUCUUCCUCCGAUGCAAUGUUUGCCAGGGCUGUGCCAGGACUGAACCGGAUUGUGAUGUCAUUUUUAAUAUACAUUUAAAAGAAAAUGUAUCACAAGUUACUAGUGAUCCUCCAUGUUUUAUAUAGUGCUGUAAUUUCCAGAGAAGUCACCGUCUCCCCCAUUAAGAGAGAUAUACUGGUGUAGUAUUGUAUUUUUUAAGGUAUUGAUUAUAUUGACUGCCUAUAUGUAAUCCAAAAGCCCUUUCACUGUGAAUUUAAAUCAGUCCGGACGCUAUAUAUGUAGAAGCUAAAGUAAUACUGCAAUCAAGAGCUUCGUUUUGUUGCUGUGAUGUAAUAUUUGGCAUGACAGGAGCCAUAUGUCCCUGCUCACUGCUUGAUUUUUCAGAGAUGACAGAUACGCCCCUGUGGGUGUGCUAAGAGUUUGCAAUAACUAAAGGUUAUCAGAAUAUGUAAAGCUCUGGCUGAAUGUCAGAUCGAUUGUAAUAAAAUUUCCUGGAAGUUUCUGAGCCGCAGGUUUAAGAGAAAACACAUUGGCCAAGAACUAGAAUUAGAUUUUCCCUUAAUAGGGAACCAAAACUUAAUUUUAAAUCAGAGGUGCAAUUUGUUCACAAUUACUGCUGUGGAUCCAGCAUUAGUAAGGACAACCCGGUAGGUGUUUAGAAUAGGAUAAUAAGAAACACGAAAAAAAACAACACAACUUUUAUCCUUUUCUUGAAAGUAGGUCCCUGCUGACACUACGCAUAAGAAAAGGAACAUUUAGCUUUUAAAGCGGCACUGUCAUGCCGAACUUGCCUUUCCCCAAUUUCUAUCUCGUCUCCUCCUCUCUCAGGAUCUGUUCUUCUUUUCUUCCUGUCUUCUUUAGUUUUCUUUAAAAUCAUAAGACUAAGUAGGGACUCUUUGCCUUAUUGAGGCUUCAUUUCCGCUGGUCAGAGCAAUUUUUCCAUAAUUCUUACCUUUCCUCUGUGAUCUCGCGAUGCUUCCUGUCAUUUUAGACGAAACUGCCGAAUUGCGUUCUAACUGAAUGAGAACAGUAUGUUCGUUUGUUUUAGAAUUCAAUUCGGCACUUUGUUCGUAUCGGAAUUUCAUUCGAAUGAAUGAAACUCGGAUUCAAUUUGUGCCGCGGCUGCAUCUUGCAGCCGCUUAGUACAUAACUACCGUGGGAAUUAUCUUCCUAAAAAUUACUUAGUAUUCGUAAAUGAUCUGCCCCUACUCGCUAUACCGCGAAUUGGGGCAUGUCUAGUAAACAGUGAGCAGUAAAAAAAAAAAACUAUUGGGGGCCAAUGGACAAUCGGGGGUGGGGGGACCUACUGUGCGGUGGAUGGGGACCAUAAAUUACAAUGGGGGGGGCCUACUGUCCUCCCCCCCCCCAGGCCCCCACCCUUGAGCGGUGGGUGGGGGCCAUAAAGAUAAUGGGGGGACCUACUGUCCUCCCGGCCCCCACCCCUGGGCGGCGGGUGGUGGCCCUAAGACAAAUUCGCCCCUAGUCUCCCACCCAAACAAAAAAGUUACCCCCCUCACCCCAAAAAAAUAGUGAGGGGGGAAUAAAAUAACCAUCAGAGUGCUUUGUGUCAUUUUACACAGCGUGGGAAAGUUAUUUGGAAUUUUCCCACGCUGUGUAAUUUGACUCAUAACACUCUGAUUGGUGGGCUUGGAAUCUAACCAAUCAGAGUGCUCUUUGUCAUUUUACACAGUGUGGGAAAAUUCCAAAGAACUUUCCCACGCUGUGUAAAAUGACACAAAGCACUCUGAUUGGAUGGAUUUCAAGCCACCCAAUCAGAAUGCUCUGUGUCAUUUUACACAGCCAAUCAGAGUGUUCCUUCCCCGCCCUUCAGAGCUCAGUCUGCGCGGAGCCCUCCAUGGGUGAAGAUGGAUUUUUUUUUUUGCACUCAGGUUUUUUCUGUUUCUGCGUUUUUUUUUAUUUAUUUUAAGUUCGAUGGGUAUGAUGGUUUUUUAUUUGGCCUUUUUGGGGGCUGAAAAAAGAAGACGUCAAAUGGUAAGUUUUUAAUUUUUCUUUACAGGUUAGUUAUUUUAUUCCCCCCUCACUAUUUUUUUAGGGUGAGGGGAGAGUAGGUAGGGAGUAACUUUAUUUAUUUUUUUGGGUGGGGGGGUGGGUGACUAGGGGCUUGGGGACCCCUAUUCACCUUUGAUGGGGUGAGGGGGAUUUGUCUUAGGGCCCCCACCCGCCGCCCACGGGUGGGGGCAGAGGGGAUGACAGUAGGUCCCCCCCAUUAUCUUUAUGGCCCCCACCCACCACUCAGGGGUGGGGGCUGGGGGGGGAGGACGACAGUAGGUCCCCCCCCAUUGUAAUUCAUGGCCCCCACCCACCGCGCAGGGGUGGGGCUGGGGAGGACAAUAGGUCCCCCCCCUUAUUGUUAUUUAGGGCUCCCACCCGUCGCGCAGGGGUGGGGGCCGGAUAGUAGUUUGUUGGGUUUUUUACAGUGAGCAGCCACAGGCUGCUUCCUAAGUGCUAAGUUUGCUUUAUUCUAUUUUUAAUUAUUUUUUACUUUAUUUACUAUUUUUGAUGCUGCUUGAGGUUCCCAUCAGUGUACAUUACGUCUGAAGGUGUUCCUGUGUGCUGCUAUGGUGGUAUUUUGUGAUGUGCUUCUCUAAUACCCUUUAUCUUGUAAGUGCAAUAUUUAUUAAAUACUUAUACUGUUUUUAGAAACUCUGCACUAUUAUUUCUUUAAAUUCCUCUCUCCCUGCAAUCUGAAAACAAGGAUACUAUACAUAUUAUUUGAUACGCCUUCAAUCAAUUUUGGGUUUCUGAGUGUGCAUUCUACUCAUUUUUAUAUUAUUUUAGCUACGGCAAUAUUGCCCUGUUUUUCUCUUUUUUUGCAUUGUAGUUACCUGGUAUUUCGUACUUUGUAUUCUGUGAUUGAGGGCUUGGAGGAGUCCUACUCUACAUGCAAUAUUUUAUUAGGGUAAAAGUACUUUUUUGCCCUUUUCUCCUUUUCCCACUUUUAAUCUCCCUUAUGCUAUUAUGGGAGUCAUAUUGACCCCCAUAGAGUGAGGGAGGACCUGGGGGGGUUUAGGAAGUGGCGGGGAGCACUGCUCCCUGCCGCUUCUAUCUUUACAUAUUACAAGGAGGGAGCUGGGCGCCGGUAGCUCCCUCCUUGUAAUAAACUGAACGAACAAACGAACACUGAUACACAGUGUUUGUUUGUUCGUCUGAUUUUUCUAUUCAUUCAUUCGUCUUUCUGACGAUUGAAUGAAUAGAUGAAAUUCCCGUUCGCAUGCCCUAGUGUUUAACUGGGCAUGUGCGGGAAUCUCAGUGCUAUCUAGUGUGGGAAGAUGACGUGUCCCACAGGGACUUCAUCGACCCACACAAAAUGGCGGUGCCCUGAAUAUAGAUCGGGGCACAAAAUAAAGAAUAAAAAUAGGUAAUCUGGGGGGUCUUAGGGGCAUUUAGGGAUUCCUAGGGUGUCAGUUAGAUGUAGUGGAGUCGGGAGAGGGGUUAAAAAAAAGGGAUUCGGCCAUGACAGUCCCGCUUUAAGUGGUAGUACGUACAUGGAGCAGCCUUCCAGUGGAAACUGUAAAUAUUAAUAAAGUAACGAUGAUGGAUAAAGUUAUGGUUAUCCUGAUGAACAAAUAAGUCUUUUGUAUCUGAUAACUUUGGUUAUUUCUGUGUUCUCUUUCCCUGAAACCUCCUUUAGUGGAAAAGAAGGGGGUGAUGCAGGGACAAGGGGCCUGGUCGCAUUCAUUUAAGUGCCUAGCCAAAAAGUACAGGAUCAGCUGAAAAGGAGUGAAGCUGCUACUAAUGCACACUCCAUGUGCUCAAUCAUGUACAUUUGGUGACUGUCCUUUGCUUUAUAAAGUCUUUCCAUUUGUCACACUUUGUCAUCAUCACAAUCUGGCCCCUAAAUACCUUAUGCCAAUAUGAAAUGUACUGUUUAUCGAACUGAAGGCUUGAUGCAGCCCUGCAAUUAACUGAUUGGGAUUUUUAUAUUUUGGAACGAUAUCCUUAUAGAACAUAUUGUUAUUAGGGCAUAGAAUGUUGUUGGUCCUUAAGGGGUUAAGACAGCAUGGUUUGAGUUAUUUAAUGGAUGAAAAUAUAGGAAUGUCAUUUCCAAGGGGAGCUGUUUUUUUUAUUAAUAUCCUGAAAGCCUUAACUUUUAUUUGCUUUUUUUUAUAAGGCCUUUUCCCAGUUUUAUAGCAUUCAGGCUGGCUGUAAACCCGCUAUUUAUUGAUCAGAGGAUUUUUCUGCACUUUAUAGCGGAUCCAAAGCAUUGAGUUAGAAUUGGAUUGUGAAUUGUCAUUUGUUUCUACGCAGCAUUGUUGUUUGUCUGUGGGUUGUUUUUUUAUUUUUUUACGUUUGCUUUGUUAGCUUGGCCAGGACUUCCGAAAUGAAUAAUGUUGGUUAUUUUCCACACUUUGAUUUUAAUAAAAAAACCAUAAAAGCCAAUAAUGUAGUUUAAGAUAAACUGGUGAUUUAAACAUCCUCUAGAUCAGGGUGCCAAAACGGUGAUCCCCAGAUGUUUUAAAACUACAGCUCCCAUGAGGCUUUGUCAUUCUAAAGGCAUGCAAAGGAUCAUGGGAGUUGUUGUUCUACAAAAUAUGGGGAUCUACCUUUUGGGCACCCUGGUCUAGAUUGUAGGCUCUUUUGAGUAGGCUUCUCAUUGUUUCUGUAACGUUUUUUAAACGUCUCAUUAGUAUUCAGUUUCCCCCUUUAUAAUAGUAUAAAGCGCUGUGGAACAGGUUGGCGCUAUAUAAAUGCCAAUAAUGAUUAAUUAGCACAUUUGUUUUUCCUUAUAAAGACGUGUGACAGUGUUCAGUGAAUUCUGCCACUUUUAACAUAUAACUUAUAUUUCUUUAAUUUGAUUUGAUUUGUUUUUAUGUUGCUGUUUAUUUUUAGUUCAGCUCCCUGUUAGUGACAGUUUCGGUAGGUAGCGUGUAUGUUCGAUUAUGGGAAUGAGACAUUUCAGCUUGACAUCAGAGAUGCAUUGUUUCUUUUUCUUAUUUAGUGAAGAUCCUCUAGGGGGCACUACAAUGGACAGGUUUUAUGUUACAUGUACAGAGAAUGGCAAAGUGUUUUUACAUCUUUCAUCAAGGCAGCCAGAGUUAACCACCUAGUUACUAUAGGACUGCAACUCCCAUGAUUACUUGCCAAAGUCUACCUGUUGUCCAUCCAUGUACUACAUACUGAUUAUUAUCGCAAUCAUUUUCUUUUCUCCAUUCUCUGUACUUACAGCAGUCACAGACUCUGGAACCCUGGAAGCUAUAUACUACUGUCUCGCUUCUCCUGGGACUGGAUGUAGUCACUCUUGGCAUCUGGCAGAUAGUUGACCCUUUGCAACGUUCUAUUGAGGUGAGAGAAAAAAGGCUGUUGUUUCAGAGCCAAAAUUAAGUCUGUCCGUAGUGCAAUCCUAAAGUCCACAUGUCGAAGAACACAUUUGACACAGACUACUCUCCCAAAUGAUCUCCCAUGUCUCUUACCCCCAUCUCCUGCUAGAAUAUAUCACAAUCCUUCCGUGACUGUAUCAGUCAAUAUAUAUAUUACAUUAUGUUAUAGUUCAUGUUCUGUUUACAUAUCAUUACCUUUUUGGUAAUAACGCUGUACAGUACUGCACCCAGGGACCAGAUUGCCAUUUGUGAAGAAUAAAUAGUAAUAAUAAAGCUAUGAAUUAUGUCCCGUGUUACGAAUGCCACACGUCCACAGGUCUCAUGAUCUGGAUUGCUGGGAAGGACACUGGGGGAUGGGUAGGUGACCUGGACAGAGGUUGUUACUAAAUGACACAAGCUGUUAUGAGAAUGGAAAUUCCACAUGAACAAAGAGGUUGACAGAUGUCUGUAAUAUGUAAUCUCUCAAGCAGGAACUUCCUAAGCCUUCCAAUCCCGCUAAGCACUUUGGGAUCAAAUGAAUAUGUUUGUUAGAUUGUAAGCUUAUGGGGUAAAUGUUUCUAAAUCGUUAUGGUUCUAUGAUAAUGACAUGUUUUUCUCUCCUACGUGUCCAAAUUCUGUAUCUGUUCAGCUCUGUGGUAUAUGAUGAUGACAAUAAAUGUAAUAAAGUUAUGCCUUCAUCCAUUGAUCACUGCCUUACUCAUUCUGUGAUUGGAAGAAAUAUAGAAAAAGUGGGAUAACGGUGGGAAGAAUCUGUGUAGUGCUCCCCACUCAUAACACUGUUAUGGUCACUGUCACAUUUGUGCUGCUGUUUCAUGACAACUUACAGCCAGGGCAUCAAUGUCUUUCGCAAUUGUAUUCCAAGACACAUAUUAAGUGUGUUCAACAGUAAGCCUGAUUAAACCAAGAGGGUUGCACCCACCUGAACAUGCAUACAUUAUAGGGUGCUGCUGGGGCCAAUAUAUACAAAAUACAGAAUCCAGUGCACUAAAUUAUUCACUAAACCAUGAUUUAAAAACUCACAGAUUGUAAUAGUUUUAUUUAAAAACGCAUCACCUUGGCAAAAAACAGUAAGCAUGAGCCUUGCCAACCAUUCGUGGUACCAAGAGCCCCAGCUAAAGUCAGCAAAGAGAAAUUGUUCUGUUUUGAGUUACUCAUUGCUGGGUUGAAAUCAGUAGGGACACUGAUCUCCGAACAGCCUCCUGAGGUCCCCUGACUUUGAAUUUAGGUUCAACUUGUUUUAUUAAUUGGUCAGCAAAACAAGAUCACAUAUUUACAGUACAGUAGCCACAAUGUCCUUUGGCCAACAAAAUGCUUCCACGUCAAUACGAAUGUAAUCUUAAGGCAGACAAACAUAACAGCAGAAAAGAAAAGGAACUGCUCCUACCUUACCCAAACUGUUGAAUGAAAGGCAGUAACUAAGUCACAGUUAUUUUGCCUAAAGCUGCGCUCCAGAAUUUAAAAACAUUACGGCAGAAAGUUGGGUAGUUGUCCUUCAUUCAUACACUCGAUGUACCAGUUAAUGAGUUUAACGAUGUUCCUUCGUGACUCUAUCAAGUUGUCUCUUUGAUUUGAGCAAAAUCAAUUGAAACAUCAGUGGCCAUAUUGGUGUUUUAUCAUUAUAAAUGGUGUUCAAAGACUAGUCAAGGGACCUACAGUAUGACCCUUAAGAACAUCAUGGUUCUGUGAGCUGAAGGUAUCUGGUGUGCAGACCUUUCCUUGGAAUUUAUCAAGUGGCAAGGGACCUUAAUGAAAGACAACCAAAUCCUGUGCAUAGAUAAAAUUAAAAACGAAUUGUUACCAAUGUAUUCAUUACCUAUUGCUAUAAAUGCUGUCUUUGUGUUUUCAGGAAUUCACAAAGGAGGAACCUCGCGGGGACCUGGAUGUCCUGAUUCUUCCUCAGUUGGAACACUGCAGCUCCCUCAAGAUGAACACUUGGCUCGGUGUGUUUAGUGUCACUCAUUCUCACAUUAGACCAAAUACACUCUCUGUGUGUUCUGUUUCAGAUCUUGUAUAUAGGUGUCUCGCACUGUCUCAUUCUCAUAGCUUUUGUCAUUUUCAUAUGUUUUUCUAUAUAUUUGACUUUCAAGCUUUUAAAGAUUUUGCUCUUUCUCCUUUGCCUGUUUUUUCUUCACACCCAUCUCAUUUAUUCUCAUUUCUCUCUAGGUAUUGUGUAUGGCUCGAAGGGUCUUCUGCUUUUGCUCGGUAUAUUCCUCGCCUACGAGACAAAAAGUGUCUCCACUGAAAAAAUCAAUGACCACCGUGCUGUAGGGAUGGCAAUCUACAAUGUGGCUGUGAGUACCAGGGAGAUAUCGGUAUACAGGGGAAUGGCAUGGACUAGUACAUAAUUUUUCAAUAUUUAAACAUGAUGACACAUAUCUCUUGGGGAACACAAAAGCAGAAAAUUAAUAUGGAUAAUGCUGAGCUUCUCCAGAUACUCCUUCACAUUUGCACCAGAUUCUCACCACUAGAAUUACUAUUUCUGAGAUUAUAAUCUGUAGGGAGAUUCAAACUAGAUAUAACUGGGAACGGCUGUAGGCCAGCUGGUAUACUGUCUGCUAGGGUUCCCUACAAAUUAUCUCUUUGAAGUUGCUCACUUUGUCUGGUAUCCCCGUGGGAUGGUAUCUUUCUAUGGGUGGUGGCCUUUAGAGCGAUGUUACCUCUAUUUUAUAUCCUAUCUUCAGGUCCUCUGUCUCAUCACUGCUCCAGUAACAAUGAUUCUCAGUAGCCAGCAGGACGCCUCAUUUGCUUUCUCCUCUCUGGCCAUCGUCUUCUCUGCCUACAUCACCCUUGUUGUGCUUUUUGUACCCAAGGUGAGUGGGAGAUCACAUGUAUUAAAGGUGGCUGCAAUAUGUGUGUGGUGACUUGGACCUAAUCAUCCUAUUGAUUUAGGGAUGCAGAGAGGUCUUGACUGGGUGAUGAGUGAAAGCAGAACUCGAUAAGACUACUCUUUAUAUCAUACAGUGUAUUAAGAAUUGUUUUAUGAUAAGUUAAAUAUUGAAUAUUAUAUCUGCGUGUACCUCUUUUUUUAAUGCAAAAAUAUUUUUUUUGCAGAUACUUGUCAGGAGAGCUUGUUAAGAUACAUAUAGUUAUUAUUUGGAAGCUCCAGCUUGUUGAAUUAUCACUCUUUCCUGUUAAACAGGUAUUUUCUAGUGCUUACAGGUGGCCUUUAUGUCUGACAUGUCAUUUUAUUGGCACUAGAAGAAAGGGAUCUAACACAGGGUCUCUUUGGUGGACCUGAGUGUCUCUGUAGACACCUAACGUCACGGACACCCCAAGGAUCAUGGCUACUCUGCGAUUAGAGUGAUCACUGCAGACUGUGUAAUAUACGUUCAUUAGACUUUUCAGGGAUAUUAAAGUUGACUCAUUGUAUGAUAAUCACCUUUAAUUUUAACUUAAUACAUGUAAUCCCUGCUCAGAGGUGAAUGAGGUUCGAAGUAAAAUAAACACAGAGUAAUAAUCCUUGUCCUGUGGUGUAGAGUCUGUGCCCCAAUUACUAUGUCACAUUUUAUUUUAGAUCCUUCUUUUCAAAAGUAUAACAUUUUGUCCAAGCUGCCGAACGUGUGUAAGGAUGUAUGAUACGGGUGAAUGGAUCAUAGGUUCUAAAAGUGAUGGAAAUAAAAUUUACAAUGAGACUUCCAGAGUUUAACUGGAAAUACGAACAAAUUAACUCUUUAGAUAGUCCUAUUCUAUAUAGACCGUGGGACUCUUUAUAUAGUAUCAUUUCAUAUAGACCAGGGAACUCUUUACAUAGUAUUAUUUCAUAUAGACCGUGGAACUCUUUAUAUAGUAUUAUUUCAUAUAGACCAUGGAACUCUUUAUAUAGUAUUAUUUCAUAUAGAUCAUGGAACUCUUUAUAUAGUAUUAUUUCAUAUAGAUCGUGGAACUCUUUAUAUAGUAUUAUUUCAUAUAGAUCGUGGAACUCUUUAUAUAGUAUUAUUUCAUAUAGAUCAUGGAACUCUUUAUAUAGUAUUAUUUCAUAUAGAUCGUGGAACUCUUUAUAUAGUAUUAUUUCAUAUAGAUCAUGGAACUCUUUAUAUAGUAUUAUUUCAUAUAGACCAUGGAACUCUUUAUAUAGUAUUAUUUCAUAUAGAUCGUGGAACUCUUUAUAUAGUAUUAUUUCAUAUAGACCAUGGAACUCUUUAUAUAGUAUUAUUUCAUAUAGAUCGUGGAACUCUUUAUAUAGUAUUAUUUCAUAUAGACCAUGGAACUCUUUAUAUAGUAUUAUUUCAUAUAGUCCAUGGAACUCUUUAUAUAGUAUUAUUUCAUAUAGAUCGUGGAACUCUUUAUAUAGUAUUAUUUCAUAUAGACCGUGGAACUCUUUAUAUAGUAUUAUUUCAUAUAGAUCGUGGAACUCUUUAUAUAGUAUUAUUUCAUAUAGAUCGUGGAACUCUUUAUAUAGUAUUAUUUCAUAUAGACCAGGGAACUCUUUAUAUAGUAUUAUUUCAUAUAGACCAUGGAACUCUUUAUAUAGUAUCAUUUCAUAUAGACCAUGGAACUCUUUAUAUAGUAUUAUUUCAUAUAGACCAUGGAACUCUUUAUAUAGUAUUAUUUCAUAUAGAUCGUGGAACUCUUUACAUAGUAUUAUUUCAUAUAGACCAUGGAACUCUUUAUAUAGUAUUAUUUCAUAUAGACCAUGGAACUCUUUAUAUAGUAUCAUUUCAUAUAGAUCGUGGAACUCUUUAUAUAGUAUUAUUUCAUAUAGAUCGUGGAACUCUUUAUAUAGUAUUAUUUCAUAUAGACCAGGGAACUCUUUAUAUAGUAUUAUUUCAUAUAGACCAUGGAACUCUUUAUAUAGUAUCAUUUCAUAUAGACCAUGGAACUCUUUAUAUAGUAUUAUUUCAUAUAGACCAUGGAACUCUUUAUAUAGUAUUAUUUCAUAUAGAUCAUGGAACUCUUUAUAUAGUAUUAUUUCAUAUAGAUCGUGGAACUCUUUAUAUAGUAUUAUUUCAUAUAGAUCGUGGAACUCUUUAUAUAGUAUUAUUUCAUAUAGAUCAUGGAACUCUUUAUAUAGUAUUAUUUCAUAUAGAUCGUGGAACUCUUUAUAUAGUAUUAUUUCUUAUAGAUCGUGGAACUCUUUAUAUAGUAUUAUUUCAUAUAGAUCGUGGAACUCUUUAUAUAGUAUUAUUUCAUAUAGACCAUGGAACUCUUUAUAUAGUAUUAUUUCAUAUAGACCAUGGAACUCUUUAUAUAGUAUUAUUUCAUAUAGUCCAUGGAACUCUUUAUAUAGUAUCAUUUCAUAUAGACCAUGGAACUCUUUAUAUAGUAUCAUUUCAUAUAGACCAUGGAACUCUUUAUAUAGUAUUAUAUAGAUCGUGGAACUCUUUAUAUAGUAUUAUUUCAUAUAGACCAUGGAACUCUUUAUAUAGUAUUAUUUCAUAUAGACCAUGGAACUCUUUAUAUAGUAUUAUUUCAUAUAGUCCAUGGAACUCUUUAUAUAGUAUUAUUUCAUAUAGAUCGUGGAACUCUUUAUAUAGUAUUAUUUCAUAUAGACCAUGGAACUCUUUAUAUAGUAUCAUUUCAUAUAGACCAUGGAACUCUUUAUAUAGUAUCAUUUCAUAUAGACCAUGGAACUCUUUAUAUAGUAUCAUUUCAUAUAGACCAUGGAACUCUUUAUAUAGUAUUAUUUCAUAUAGAUCGUGGAACUCUUUAUAUAGUAUUAUUUCAUAUAGAUCGUGGAACUCUUUAUAUAGUAUCAUUUCAUAUAGAUCGUGGAACUCUUUAUAUAGUAUUAUUUCAUAUAGAUCGUGGAACUCUUUAUAUAGUAUUAUUUCAUAUAGAUCGUGGAACUCUUUAUAUAGUAUUAUUUCAUAUAGACCAUGGAACUCUUUAUAUAGUAUUAUUUCUUAUAGACCAUGGAACUCUUUAUAUAGUAUUAUUUCAUAUAGACCAUGGAACUCUUUAUAUAGUAUUAUUUCAUAUAGACCGUGGAACUCUUUAUAUAGUAUUAUUUCAUAUAGACCAUGGAACUCUUUAUAUAGUAUUAUUUCUUAUAGACCAUGGAACUCUUUAUAUAGUAUUAUUUCUUAUAGACCAGGGAACUCUUAGUAUAGUCCUCUUUCAGUAAUCCCUUAAAGGGACACUAUAGUUACCCAGACCACUUCAGCUCAAUUAAGUGGUCUGGGUGUCAGGUCCCUCUAGGGUUAACCUUGCCUGAUGUAAACAUAGCAGUUUCUGAGAAUGCUUAGCAUGCUUAAACUCCUUUACUGUGUUAACCUCUACCACUACAGCUGGAAGGCUAUUCCAUGCAUCAACUACCCUCUCAGUAAAGUAAUACUUCCUGAUAUUAUUUUUAAACCUUUGUCCCUCCAAUUUAAGACUAUGACCUCUUGUUGUGGAAGUUUUUCUUCUUUUAAAUAUAGUCUCCUCCUUUACUGUGUUGAUUCCCUUUAUGUAUUUAAAUAUUUCUAUCAUAUCCCCCCUGUCUCGUCUUUCCUCCAAGCUAUACGUGUUAAGAUCCUUUAACCUUUCCUGGUAAGUUUUAUCCCGCAAUCCAUGAACCAGUUUAAUAGCCCUUCUCUGAACCCUCUCUAAGGUAUCAAUAUCCUUCUGAAGAUACAGUCUCCAGUACUGCGUACAAUACUCCAAGUGAGGUCUCACCAGUGUUCUGUACCAGUGUUCUACUGCUAAUACCUCUCCCUAUACAACCAAGCAUUCUGCUAGCAUUUCCUGCUGCUCUAUUACAUUGUCUGCCUACCUUUAAGUCAUCAGAAAUAAUCACCCCUAAAUCCCUUUCCUCAUAUGUUGAGGUUAGGACUCUAUCAAAUAUUCUGUACUCUGCCCUUGGGUUUUUACGUCCAAGAUGCAUUAUCUUGCACUUAUAUCCAUUAAAUGUUAGCUGCCACAACUCUGACCAUUUUUCUAGUUUACCUAAAUCAUUUGCCAUUUGCCUUAUCCGUCCUGGAACAUCAACCCUGUUACAUAUUUUAGUAUCAUCAGCUAAUACAGUUAGUAAAAUAUAGUACUAGGGGAGGGAGAGCACUCACAAGAUGGAAAUGAAAUGCAGUCAUGUCUCCCUCUCAAAUGGUUAAUUCAGAAUAGAAUGUCUUGCUUCAAUGGAUGUCUUGAAACCCUGAUAGGUUUUUCUACCAGCUAACAUUUCCAUGUAGUUCUAUUGUGAUACUUCUGACCAGCUCAGAGGCUUUAAAUCUAUUUUAUAAGCCUGUCUUGAAGCAGCAUGGUCAUAUCUCCAUUUGUGGAGAGAAAACCCUUUUCAAGCUUUACCGCCUAAUUGUUUUCAGAUGAGACGUCUCAUUACCCGUGGAGAGUGGCAGUCUGAGCAGCAGGACACUCUCAAGACUGGCUCUUCCACUAAUAACAAUGAGGAGGAGAAGUCUCGUCUGCUGGAAAGGGAGAACCAAGAGCUGGGGAGGAUCAUUGCUGAGGUAAGUUCACAAAUGAUAGAUUUCUGUAUGACUCGAAUAGGUGAACCUGCCUCCUUCCAGGUGUCUUCUACAGCUUGAUGGUAAUGGAAUUGUAGUCGGACAACAGCUGGUGGCUACAGGUUACCCAUUCCGUAUCAACUAUGUUCUGGUAGAGUUUUUUUGUUUGUUUUUUCACCAACGCUACAGUUCAGCCUUUUCAGAAUACUUUCUCUUUUUACCCCCUUUCCUUUCUAUCUCUGCCAUCUCACCUCACUUUCUCACUUACACCUUUCCUGCUUCUGGCUUCUCUCUUUCUCUCCUGCUUUCUCUUUUCAGAAAGAAGAGCGGGUUAUGGAACUUCGACAACAGUUGCGGUCUCGGAGAACACCGUCUGUCGCAACCCGAGAUAACUGUUCGGACAAUCACUACCCAAACUCCUCUGGGGCAGUUUCUUCUCUUUACCAGCCAGGCCUCCCUCUUGCUAGAUGCCUUGUAGCUGAGGGAGGGGACAAGCUGGGGAGGAACAGUUGUGAUGGGAGCCGAGUGCACCUCCUAUACAAGUAGGAUGAAAACGCGUGAGCUACAAGAGCACUCUCUUACUCGACAUAGCUGUAAAUACACUGUGUGGCCUCUCAUUCACCUCAUCCUGAAUGUCUCAUUGCGUCUAUCUGUCUGUCUUUUCUUUUGCUUUCUAUUUUUGCCACUAAUGCCAGUCUCUUGUCUGUUAUACUUUUUACUAUUUUGUCUUCCUGUCCAUCUGUCUGUCUACCUUCAUUCUGUUGAUUGCUCAGCCUCUUUCUUGCUCCCAGUUCUGAAUGUCUCAUUCAGUUUAGCACUUUAUAUUAUUUUUUCCAUUGAAUCACUUAAAACUCCAUUUUUUUUUGCUGGUAUUUGUUGUUGCACUAAAACCCAAAUUCCACUAGUAUUCCCCUGUCUCUCUGACUAUAAACUCGAUAUACUGCUGGGGUAUCUCCUUUCUACAAUUAUUGUCACUUUCACUGUUCCUGAAGCUGUCAGUACAGCCCCCACUAAAUCCCCCGCCUCAACCUGCUUCCCUCAGGGAUCAUUGUCUAUAUAUCAGUGCAUCUCUCACAAGUUGUUUUUUUAAGCUGUGAUUGACUGUUGCAAUAAAUAAACAAUAUAAGAAUUUUAUUGAUUGUUUUCAACAAGCCUGCUUAUUUCGUUUUAUUAUUUUUAGACCAAUGGUUAUAUUUUAUAGUAUAACCAAAAACUCAGACCAUGACGGACGGGCUGUCAUUUAGUAACCAGCAAUUAAUUAUUCUGUCUUUAUAAGAUAUAAUAACUAUAUAGGAUACAUAUACCACGGUGGAUUACAGUCAUUCGCAAUGUCACUUUGGUUGUAUCCUUUAGAAAAUGUAUUUAUUAGAAGUGGACCAUGUGGAAAAUCAGAUUAUAUCCAUCAUCAUUUUCAAGAUGGCUGCCUUCAUCCUAAUUUGAUUCAUAACGUGCUUCAGUAGACAAGACAUACAUUUAUAAACAUAAUAACAGAUUAGCUUUUGGUUUCACUUCCCUUAAACAUGUAGAUGUUCAUUUUUAAAAAUGUAUUAUUUAAAAAGCAGGUGUACCACUGUGUGCCUUUCCCUGGGACACAUUUCCCAUUGGUGUUGUAUUUUGUCCACAUGUCAUUAAUUAACUUUAAGAGAUUAAAUUAAUUUGGUGUCCGGAUUUCCUUGUGUGAGAUCUAAUGCCAGCAACCUAAGCUUCACACAGGGGAGAUCAGAUUUCAGUCAAACUGUUAGAGCACAGUGAUAACAAGCUGUAUCCCUGAAUGUAACUCUAGGCUAGGGUAUACUGAAUGAGUAUGAGUGAGGAAAAUAUUACUGCCAUGCAAUUAACACUUUCUGUUGGAUCUCAGUAGUCAAUGAUUUACUCAGGCAACAUGUGAAUUUUUCACAUCCUUGGCAGCACUAUUCAUGUUUUUUCCAACCAUGUAUGAAACAUAUUAGGGGCCACUUUAAGCACCCUAACCACUAGCUUGCUCUAAUAGUUAUAAAAUUAUCCAAUGGUUAUUGGCCAAACUACAUACCAAUGGCUUGAUUUAUACCAGUCUCUUUUGGAGGCUUUCAGUUCUUCGGAUCUAAACUGCUGUGAUAAAUUGGAAGCUUAAUUUCCUAUCAUACCAACUUGUACCAGGUAUUCAUUGGCAUCAAUAUAGAACUAUCAGCCAAUGAAAAUGCCUGCACUCUGUAGGAGUUGGUAUUAUGAUGAAGACGUAUGAACUUUGCUUUGUCAUAUCAACCCUGACUGGAAGGACUAGAAGGGCUAUGGGCUGCUCCCAGUACAAAGGAAGUGUCAAACUGUUUGUAAAUUUUAACUGGUACAAGCAGACAAGUUUGUAAAUGGUUUGACAGAUCACAGUUGGAUGGUGUCCGGGAAAUCCUGACACCAUAUUCAUCGCAGCACAAUUUAACAUUUGAAGAAGUGGACAGUUUAAUUGUUCAAGAGCGCCCUUAGACUUCUUUCGUAAAUAAAGUAAAAUAAAGUAAAUGUUGCAUAUUUGUGUGUAAAUAGAAUAAAGAAACGCUAACUGAAAGGGUGUCUGAGUUGGUGAAGUACUUUGCAAAAAACAGACUAUUUUCCUAACUCGUCUGCCUGAGUCACUAUUUAAUGAAUGCAACUGCGCAGCCAGAGCCGUUGAAAGGGAUUUGGGUGAAAUAGUGUAUUUGUUUAGUUAUUUAUUGUACUCUUUCCUCUGCGUCUAUUGACUCAUUGAUCUCUGAUAGCUGUUGCCACGUUUGUCAACUGAUAAAGAAAGAGGUAAUGCAAGAAAAAUAUGAAAUGUAUGUUGUUGGAAUUUAAAGGAAAUUAAAAUAUUCCUUAAUGCUGAAGGAAGUCUCCUCUUCGUGUUUGAUCAAUGUAAAAAGGUGUAUGUAUUUUCACUUUGGCACAGUUCCUGGUCAUAUGACCCAUGCUUGUACAAAGGUUUCUCGAUAUAAUAUGGCACAUGCUUGUAUAAAGGUUUCUUAAUUUUUUUUAUUCCAUCUUUUUCUCAUACUCUUUCUGGCUAAUCACAUGAAAGAAAGCCACUCAUCUUUUCAUUAUUAUUGAAAAUAAAAAAGACUCCAUGUCAUACAACCUCUUUUGUAUUAUUUUGCAAUCCAUACAUCGAAGUAUAUUUCCGUUUUCAUUGAGUUUCCCAACAUAAUCUUGCUCCAUGGUGGUGGCUAUCUUUACAUUUUAUUUGAUUGAAAGUAACAUUAAAGACCAUGCCCAAUAUGGAUGGCUGAAACAAGCUCAUAUUACCUAGACAGCAUUUGGCCAGAGCUUCUGGCCAAAGAUGCCUUAAAGAUGCCGGCUCUGCUAAGAGAAGCACCCAAAAAGUAAUUUACUUAUGUCUGCUGAUACUAUCAAACGGACUCCAAGAGAUGGAGAUCUAAAUAUACCAUGUUAAUCAAAAAACCCAUUUCAUUUAAUAAAAAAAAAUCAUCGGUUUGUGAAUAAAACGAGAACAUGUCUGACUGCUUCUUAAAACACAAUCUUUUACAUCACCUUUCCUAGGUGAGGAAAUGUUGGCUACAGCAUGAUUUGACUGUAUAUUAGUUUUUAUAUUAUUGUCCUCUAACAAGUCUUUUCAGGUUACAAAUGUACAAGACAGAGAUUUCUGGAUCACUCAGAACUGUUUUACAGAAUAAGCAAAUGUUUCUACUGACAUUUAUAUAUCUCAAAGUCCCCAAUGAAAGCCAGAGAAAUGAAAAUGUGAGAGUGCUCACCGAGUUAGUCAUACCGCUUUGCAUUAAGAAUCAAUUCCUUCUGGGGAUAAAGCAGACUUUUUUUUUUUUUUUUAAAGACAGACUUUAAUCUCCUGAGACAUGCUCUCUAAUGAGUGCGUGCAAUUCGGUGUGGAUGCCAUUGUCCAGUGACUGUCACCUACUUUCUUCCAACAUGUCAGAUUAGACUGUCCUUUAGUUGACUAAGAAAACCGGGUACCAUGUAAAUCAGAAGGGCCUUUUCCUUAGUGACCACCCUGGUUGACAGAAGUAACAUUCAUCAUUCCCGUUAAAUUGACAUUCCCAGUUCCUAAAGAAGUCCCAUUUUUAUUAUUCCAGGGAACCAGAUAAAAGAUGUACACACCAGCUAAGACAAGUGCGAUCGUCAGAAACACAGCCAUAGCUAUAGAGCCAUAGAAGAUGCAACCAGCCGACCUUAACAUAGACACCAGGUUUCUAGGUGAUCGUGGGUCAGGUGGAGGGCGUCCCAAGUCCACACUUAGGCUGACAGUGCUGAGCUGGAGAGAGUUAGUCUUUGGUACGUAUAAAAGUCCACGUUUUCUGCUAAAUCUCAGUGAAGGAAUUGGGCAGCUUGUUGCUUUACUAAUUUUUUUCAACACGUCUUCAUCUGUGGAGAGGGCUGGUGGACCCUUUUUGGAUUGUAACGAGGUAGGCAGUCGGCAUAUGGGGCAUGAAAGCGUUUCAGGUUGGGUUGACCCCACAGUGAUCCGAGAGAGGCAUUCAAGGCAGAAAACAUGGCCACAGGAGAGGUUCUUUGGGAGGUGGAAGAGAGUAUCAUAUGUAGUGAAGCAGAUUAUACACUCAAAGAGGCUCUCUCCAUCAGACCCUUGAUUGGGAGGUUCCUCAGACAUGGUGCAAAGGAUAUCAUCAGAGAUCUGGAUGGAGAGAAGAGGAACAAACAAAAGAAUUAGGU